AUGACGACAAAAGCGCCAACAUUCACGCAGCCGUUACAAAGUGUUGUGGCACUGGAGGGUAGUGCCGCAACCUUUGAGGCUCAUAUUAGUGGUUUCCCAGUUCCUGAGGUGAACUGGUAUCGGGAUGGCCAGGUUCUUUCUGCUGCAACUCUGCCCGGUGUGCAGAUCUCGUUUAGUGAUGGCCGCGCUAAACUGGUGAUCCCCACCGUGACAGAAGCAAACAGUGGAAGAUACACCGUACAAGCCACCAAUGGAUCUGGGCAAGCUACUAGUACAGCUGAGCUACUUGUCACAGCUGGAACAGCACCACCAAACUUUUCACAACGACUACAGAGCAUGACUGCAAGGCAGGGAAGUCAAGUUCGACUUGAUGUGAGAGUGACUGGAAUCCCUACACCUGUGGUGAAGUUUUAUCGGGAUGGAGUAGAAAUCCAAAGCUCCCCCGAUUUUCAAAUUAUACAAGAAGGAGACCUUUACAGCUUAAUAAUUGCAGAAGCAUAUCCUGAAGACUCCGGUACCUAUUCAGUAAAUGCCACAAAUAAUGUGGGACGUGCUACUUCAACAGCUGAAUUGCUAAUUCAAGGUGAGGAAGAAGCCGUUCCUGCUAAAAAGACAAAGACAAUUGUUUCGACUGCUCAGAUUUCACAAACAAGACAAGCCAGAAUUGAAAAGAAAACUGAAGCCCACUUUGAUGCCAGAUCUCUUACAAGUGUUGAAAUGGUCAUAGAAGGUGCAGCAGCCCAACAGCUCCCACAUAAGGCACCUCCACGGAUGAUUCCUAGACCUACAUCAAAAUCACCAACCCCACCAGUAAUUGCUGCAAAAGCACAAAUGGCACGACAGCAGUCACCAUCACCUGUUAGACAAUCACCGUCACCUGUAAGACAUGUCAGAGCACCAACACCUUCACCAGUAAGGUCAGUUUCUCCUGCUGGAAGAAUCUCCACCUCACCUAUUAGACCAGUGAAAUCUCCAUCUCCAAUCCGUAAAACACAUGUAGUGACAACAGCUGGGGCCGAUGUCCUUCCUCCUUGGAGACAGGAAGGAUAUACUGCAACCACAGAAGCCCAGAUGACAGAAACAAGAGUAUCUACAAGUGCUACCCAAAUAAGAACUGAAGAAAGAUGGGAAGGAAGAUAUGGGGUCCAAGAACAAGUUACCAUUAGUGGUGCCGCUGCUGGGGAUGUUACAGCUGGUGCUAGAGAGGUGAGAAAGGACAGUGAAAAAACAGCAGCUGUUGCUACGGUUGUUGCUGCUGUGGAUCAAGCCAUGGUGAGAGAACCAGCUCCAAGUAUUGUAGAGCAAACUACUAAAAGGACAGCAAUGACCGCAGUCCACGUUCAGCCUGUUCAGGAGCAGAUGAGAAAGGAGGCAACAGUAGUAGUUACCACUGAUAAAGCCACAAAACAAACAGUAAUAUCAAGAACUAGAGAAGAAAUUGUUACUUCAGAAGAACAAAGGCACAUCUCUCAUGAAAAGGUAACAAAACAACCAGAGAAAACUCCAGUACCCACCGUAGUUAUUGCCACAGACAAAGCCAAAGAACAAGAAAGAAUAUUAAGAGCUAGAGAAGAAGUAUCUACCAGACAUGAGCAAGUGCAAAUUGCUCAUGAAAAGAUAAGAAAGGAAGAGAUGAAACCUUCUGUACCUAAGGUAGUAAUUACUACUGAUAAACCUAAACCACCAGUCAUAAUAUCAAAAAGUAAAGAAGGAAUUGCUACCAAACAAGAACAAGUGAGCAUAACCCAUGAAAAGAUUAAAAAGGAAGCUAAGAAAACUACUGUAGCUCCGAAAAUAUUUGCCACUGAUAAAACCAAAGCACCAGUCACAGUGCCCAGAACUAGAGAAGAAGUUACAGCCAAGCAAGAACAAAUUCAUCUAGCUUAUGAUCAGACUGAAGCUGGGAAAAGGGCUGAAGCUGUAGCUACAGUUGUUGCCGCAGUUGAUCAGGCACGUGUUCGAUCACCCUGGGAACAACAACAAGCGGAUGAAGCUUAUGUAAAGCAGAAAACUUUGGAAUAUGGCUAUAAAGAGCAAGUAACAGACCGGGUUGCUGCUGUGACAGACCGGGUUGCUGAGGCCCCAGCAGAACGUCAUGUUGUCACUAAAGAAGUUAAAACUGUUUAUGUUCCUCCUGAGAAACAUAUCUCUGCUACUGAAAAGAAGGAAGUUCAGAUAUCAACAGAGAUAAAAAGAGCAACAGAAGCUAAGACAGAGAAAACCAUUCAUGUUGAACACCCACGACCUCGCACAGCAAGUCCUCACUUCUCAGUCUCCAAAAUUGCUGUUCCUAAACCAGAUCAUACAUAUGAGGUUUCAAUAGCUGGAUCUGCCAUGGCUACUCUCCAAAAAGAGUUAUCAGCUACUUCUGCUGUGCAAAAGAUCACCAAGCCUGUGAAGCCACCUCAGCUAAAGCCUCAUGAAGUCAAGAUAAAAGCAGAGCCAGUUGCUCCUCCACAGUUUCCUUUUGGAGAAGCUGCUGAGGCUUAUAAAAGUCACUAUGAUGUUCAGACUAAAAAGGAGAUAGGUGUAAGCGUUAAAGGUGAAGCAGUGCGGGAAGAACACUUGAUGUUACAGAAAGAAGGUGAAGCAAAGGUGACAGAAACUGCCAGAGUUCCUGUGCCUGCAGAAAUUCCUGCUACUCCACCCACCUUAGUCUCAGGCCUCAAAAAUAAGACUGUGACUGAAGGAGAGUCUGUCACUCUGGAAUGCCAUAUCUCUGGUCAUCCUCAGCCUACUGUAACGUGGUACAGGGAAGACUACAAGAUUGAGAGUUCAAUGGACUUCCAGAUAACUUUCAAAGCAGGCCUUGCUCGCCUUGUGAUUCGUGAAGCUUUUGCAGAAGACAGUGGAAGAUUUACCUGCACUGCUACAAAUAAGGCUGGGAGUGUCAGCACAUCUUGCCACUUAUAUGUCAAAGUUUCAGAGGAAAUUGAGACUCGGGAAACCAUUUCUGAAAAGGCUGUUAGAGAAGAGAAACGCUACAUGGAGACAAAAGACAUUGUAAUGGAAGAUGUCUCUGCUGCAGUAGAGGAAGUAUCUGGAGAACCUAUACCUCCUUUCUUCAUAAGAAAACCCAUGGUACAUAAAUUAAUUGAAGGUGGGAGCAUUAUUUUUGAAUGCCAAGUAGGGGGCAACCCAAAGCCACACGUCUACUGGAAAAAAGGUGGAGUUCCUCUAACGACUGGCUACAGAUACAAAGUGAGUUACAAAAGAGAAACCGGGGAAUGCAAACUUGAAAUUUCUAUGACCUUUGCCGACGAUGCCGGAGAAUACACUAUUGUUGUUCGUAAUAAACAUGGCGAAGCUUCUGCAACGGUCUCCUUACUAGAAGAAGCUGAUUAUGAAGCCUACAUAAAAUCCCAACAAGAAGCAAUGUAUCAAACUCAAAUGACUGCAUAUGUUCAGGAACCUCAAGUGGCUGAGGUAGCCCCAGCUAUUUCAUACGGUGACUUUGAAAAAGAAUAUGAAAAAGAACAAGCCCUAAUUAGGAAGAAAAUGGCAAAAGAUACAGUGAUGGUCAGAACUUUUGUAGAUGAGGAAUUCCAUAUUUCUUCUUUUGAAGAAAGACUUAUCAAGGAAAUUGAACUCAGAAUUAUUAAGACCACUUUAGAUGAACUUCUUGAAGAAGACGGAGAGGAGAUGAUGGUUGAUAUUUCUGAAUCUGAAGCUAUAGAAGCAGGAUUUGAUUUAAGAUUAAAGAAUUACAGAACUUUUGAAGGAACAGGAGUUACUUUCCAUUGCAAGACAACUGGAUAUCCAUUGCCAAAGAUUGCAUGGUAUAAAGAUGGUAAGCGCAUAAGGCAUGGAGAGCGCUACCACAUGGAAGUUCUGCAAGACGGCAGUGCUAGUCUCCGUUUGCCUGUUGUUCUACCUGAAGAUGAAGGAAUUUAUACUGUUUUUGCCAGUAACAUGAAAGGAAAUGCCAUUUGCUCAGCAAAACUCUACGUUGAGCCAGUUGCACCCACAGCAACUCCAGGUUAUAUGCCAGGACCAGAGGUUAUGAGAAGAUAUAGGUCUAUUUCUCCACGAUCUCCAAGCAGGUCUCCUGCUCGCAGUUCUCCUUCUCGUUCUCCUGCCCGCCGAUUAGAAGAAACUGAUGAAGGACAACUAGAGAGACUAUACAAACCAGUUUUUGUGCUGAAACCUACAUCAUUUAAAUGUUCACAGGGGCAGACAGCAAGAUUUGACUUAAAAGUUGUUGGCAGACCUAUGCCAGAGACAUACUGGUUCCAUAAUGGUCAACAAGUGAUUAAUGACUACACCCAUAAAAUAGUGAUCAAAGAAGAUGGCACCCAGUCAUUGAUCAUUGUUCCUGCUAUGCCGGAGGACUCUGGAGAAUGGGCUGUAAUUGCUCAGAACAGGGCAGGCAAAGCCUCAGUCUCAAUGACACUGACUGUGGAAGCCAAGGAAGACCUAGUCAGACCACACUUUGUGGAAAGGCUGAGGAAUGUUAGUGUAAAGGAAGGCUCUAGAUUGGAGAUGGCAGUGAAAGCUACUGGUAACCCUAAUCCUGACAUUGUAUGGCUGAAGAACAGUGACAUCAUUGUACCUCAUAAAUACCCCAAAAUAAAGAUUGAAGGAACCAAAGGGGCAGCUGCCCUUAAAAUCGAAUCUACCGCCAGGCAAGAUGCUGCAUGGUAUACUGCUACUGCUAUCAAUAAAGCUGGGCGGGACACUACUCGGUGCAAAGUAAAUGUUGAAGUUGAACAUGCAGAACCUGAACCAGAAAGGAGAUUAAUCAUUCCAAAAGGAACUUACAAAGCCAAGGAGAUUGCAGCACCAGAGUUAGAGCCUCUCCAUUUGCGUUAUGGUCAAGAGCAAUGGGAGGAAGGAGAUCUCUACGACAAAGAAAAGCAACAGAAACCAUUUUUUAAGAAGAAACUUACAUCUUUAAGGCUCAAACAAUUUGGACCAGCACAUUUUGAGUGCAGGCUUACACCAAUUGGUGACCCUACCAUGGUGGUGGAGUGGCUGCAUGAUGGCAAACCCCUGGAAGCAGCUAACAGACUCCGCAUGAUCAAUGAGUUUGGGUACUGUAGCUUGGACUAUGGAGUAGCCUAUUCCAGAGAUAGUGGAGUUAUAACUUGCAGGGCAACCAACAAAUAUGGUACAGACCAUACAUCCGCUACUUUGAUCGUCAAGGACGAGAAAAGCCUUGUGGAAGAAUCCCAGUUGCCAGAAGGCAGAAGGGGGCUGCAGCGAAUUGAAGAGUUAGAAAGAAUGGCCCAUGAGGGUGCUCUUCCUGCAGUUGCAAUGGACCAAAAAGAAAAACAAAAACCAGAUAUUGUUUUGGUUCCUGAACCUGCAAGAGUCCUGGAAGGAGAAACAGCACGAUUCCGAUGCCGUGUGACUGGCUAUCCUUUGCCCAAGGUCAACUGGUACCUCAAUGGACAGCUCAUCCGUAAGAGCAAAAGGUUUAGACUCCGUUAUGAUGGAAUCCACUACCUGGAUAUCGUGGACUGCAAAUCAUAUGACACAGGAGAGGUGAAAGUCACUGCAGAGAAUCCAGAAGGCUUUAUUGAACAUAAGGUGAGACUUGAGAUCCAGCAGAGGGAAGACUUCAGAUCUGUUCUUCGUCGUGCACCUGAACUCAAACAUGAGCCUGUACUGCCAGAGCCUGGAAAACUUCUCUUUGAGGUACAGAAGGUAGACAGACCUGCAGAGGCAACAACCAAAGAAGUGGUGAAACUGAAAAGAGCUGAAAGAAUCACUCAUGAGAAGCUUUCAGAAGAAUCUGAAGAGCUGCGUAGUAAAUUCAAGCGUAGGACGGAAGAGGGCUAUUAUGAAGCCAUCACUGCUGUGGAACUUAAGUCUCGCAAAAAAGAUGAAUCAUAUGAAGAAAUGUUGAGAAAGACAAAAGAGGAACUUCUUCACUGGACCAAAGAGAUCCCAGAAGAAGAGAAGAAAGCACUUCCUCCUGAAGGCAAAAUCACUAUUCCAACUUUCAAACCAGAGAAGAUUGAGCUUAGCCCAAGUAUGGAGGCUCCCAAGAUACUUGAGCGCAUUCAGAGUCAGACUGUAGCCCAGGGAGCAGAUGCACACUUUCGUGUGAGAGUAGUGGGAAAACCAGACCCUGACUGCCAGUGGUUCAAAAACGGUGUGCAGAUUGAAAGGACUGAUCGUGUGUAUUGGUACUGGCCUGAAGACAAUGUUUGUGAAUUAGUAAUCAGAGAUGUGACUUCUGAUGAUUCUGCCAGCAUCAUGGUGAAAGCAGUCAAUAUAGCUGGUGAAACUUCUAGCCAUGCUUUCCUGUUAGUACAAGCCAAGCAGUUAAUCAGCUUUACCCAGGAGUUACAAGAUAUUGUUGCUAAACAGAAAGACAUCAUGGCAACAUUUGAAUGUGAGACAUCAGAACCCUUUGUCAAAGUGAAAUGGUUUAAGGAUGGAAUUGAGAUUCAUUCUGGAGAGAAAUACAGGAUGCACUCGGACAGAAAGGCUCAUUUUCUUUCUGUACUGGCAAUUGAAAUGUCUGAUACUGAUGACUACAGCUGUGCACUGAUAGAAGAUGAAUCCAUAAAAACUACUGCAAAGCUUACUGUUGAAGGUGCUGUGGUUGAGUUUGUUAAAGAACUUGAGGAUAUCGAAGUACCAGAAUCCUUUUCAGGUGAACUUGAAUGUGAGGUUUCCCCAGAAGAUGCAGAAGGGAAAUGGUAUCAUGGCAAUGUUGAACUCACUUCUAAUCACAAGUAUGUGAUCACAUCCCGCCGUGGUCGCCAAGUCCUCACUAUUAGAGAUGUUACUAAAGAUGAUCAAGGAGAGUACAGCUUUGUUGUUGAUGGGAAAAAGACUCAAUGCCAACUGAAGAUGAAGCCUCGUCCCAUGGCUAUUCUUCAAGGACUUACUGAUCAAAAAGUCUGUGAGGGAGACAUUGUACAACUUGAAGUUAAAGUCUCCCUAGAAAACGUGGAAGGUGUCUGGAUGAAAGAUGGUCAAGAAAUUCAAUCAAGUGAUCGUAUUCACAUUGUGUUGGAUAAACAGUCACACAUGUUGCUUAUAGAAGAUGCAACAAAGGAAGAUAGUGGAGCUUACUCUUUCAGUGCUCCUGGUCUUGGACUGUCAACUACUGGACAGAUCACAGUAUACAGUGUGGAAAUAGUUGUGCCACUAAAAGAUGCUCAUGUAGUCGAAGGAACAAAAGCUAUCCUUGAAUGCAAAGUUUCAGCACCUGAUGUGACUUCCUCCAAAUGGUACCUAAAUGAUCAUCAGAUAAAGCCUGAAGAACGUGUGCAAGCUGUAUGUAAAGGCACUAAACAGAGGCUGGUGCUUACCAGAACCUAUGCAUCAGAUGAAGGACAUUAUAAGCUAAUGGUUGGCAAAGUUGAAACAAGUUGCAAUGUCACUGUUGAAAAAAUUGAGAUUAUUAGAGGUCUUCAUGACAUCACCUGCACUGAAACUCAGAAUGUAUCCUUUGAGGUGGAGCUCUCCCAUUCAGGCAUUGAUGUAAUCUGGCAUUUCAAAGAUCGGGAAAUAAAGCCUGGUCCUAAAUAUAAAAUUGAAGCACAUGGCAAAAUAUAUAAAUUGACAGUGGUGAAGAUGAUGAAAGAUGAUGAAGGAGAGUAUGUAUUUCAAGCUGGAGAAAAGAAAACAUCUGGAAAGCUUAUAGUAGCAGGUGGUGCCAUUUCAAAGCCUCUCACAGAUCUGACCGUGGCUGAGUCCCAGACAUCUGUUUUUGAAUGUGAGGUGGCAAAUCCUGAAUCAGAGGGCCAGUGGCUAAAACAUGGUAGACCAUUAGCUAUGACAGAUCAGUACCGUGCUGAAUCAGAUGGUGUAAAGAGAAGGCUCAUUAUCCCUGUUACAAAAAUGGAUGAUAUGGGUGAAUAUAGCUAUGAAAUAGCAAGCUCAAAGACAACUGCCAAACUGAAGGUUGAAGCUGUUAAAAUAAAGAAGACACUAAAGAACUUGACUGUGACAGAAACACAGGAAGCAGUUUUCAGUGUAGAACUGACCCAUGCUGAUGUGAAAGGAGCUUUGUGGAUUAAAAAUGGUGUUGAACUUGAAUCAAAUGACAAAUAUGAAAUUACAGUGAAAGGAACUGUUCACACACUGAAAAUUAAACACUGUGUUGUCACUGAUGAGUCUGUUUAUAGCUUUAAGCUUGGAAAGAUAGGAGCAAAUGCCAGACUUCAUGUGGAAACUGUCAAGAUCAUCAAAAAGCCAAAGGAUGUGACUGCUUUGGAAAAUGCUGUUGUCUCCUUUGAACUGAGUGUAUCCCAUGAUACUGUACCUGUCCGAUGGUUCCACAAAAACAUUGAGCUUAAACAAAGUGAAAAAUACAAGAUGAUCUCUCAGAGGAAAGUUCAUAAACUUAUGCUGCAUAACAUAUCUCCUGCUGAUGCCGGGGAAUACACAGCUCUUGUUGGGCAAAUUGAGUGUAAAGCAAAACUGUUUGUGGAAACUAUACACAUCACGAAGACCAUGAAAAAUAUUGAGAUCCCUGAGACCAAAACCGCCUCUUUUGAAUGUGAAGUUUCUCAUUUCAAUGUGCCUGCUGUCUGGUUGAAAAAUGGUGUGGAGAUUGAAAUGAGUGAAAAGUUCAAAAUAGUGGUCCAGGGAAAACUCCAUCAGCUCAAUAUCAUGAACACAAGCAGUGAGGAUUCUGCAGAAUACACCUUUAUCUGUGGAAAUGACAGAGUCAGUGCAACCCUGACAGUAAAACCCAUCCUGAUUACCUCCAUGCUAAAAGACAUCAAUGCUGAAGAGAAAGAUACGAUUACAUUUGAAGUUACUGUUAACUAUGAAGGUAUCUCAUAUAAAUGGCUAAAGAAUGGGGUAGAAAUAAAAUCAACUGAUAAAUGCCAGAUACGAACGAAGAAGCUCACACACUCCCUCUCCAUAAGAAAUGUGCAUUUUGGUGAUGCUGCAGAAUACACCUUUGUUGCUGGAAAAGCAGCUUCGUCAGCCACUUUAUAUGUGGAAGCUCGUCACAUUGAAUUUAGGAAGCAUAUAAAAGACAUCAAGGUUGUGGAGAAGAAGAGGGCUAUUUUUGAAUGUGAAAUUUCAGAACCUGACAUUCAUGUCCAGUGGAUGAAAGAUGGACAAGAACUCCAGAUUGGUGACAGGGUGAAAAUUCAAAGAGAGAAAUAUGUUCAUCGUCUCAUCAUUUCUUCCACAAGAAUGUCUGACGCUGGUCAGUACACUGUGGUAGCAGGUGGAAACACAUCCAGUGCCAAUUUGAUAGUGGAAGGCCGUGACAUUCGUAUCAGAAGCAUCCAUAAAGAUAUUCAGGUCCUUGAAAGACAAAGAGCUGAAAUUGAAUUUGAAGUCAAUGAAGAUGACAUUGAACCACAGUGGUACAAGGACGGUAUUGAGAUCAACUUCCAGUAUGAGGAAAGAUACAGUUAUGUCGUAGAAAGGAGAAUUCAUCGAAUGAGUAUCUUUGAAACUACUUACUCUGAUGCUGGAGAAUAUACUUUUGUUGCAGGACGGAAUAGGAGUUCUGUUGUUCUCUAUGUGAAUGCUCCAGAACCACCCAAGAUUAUUCAGGAACUAGAGCCAACCACUGUGGAGUCUGGCAAGCCUGCCCGCUUCUGUGCUAUGAUAUCAGGCAAACCCCAGCCCAAAAUUUCCUGGUACAAAGAUGAUCAACAGCUUUCUUCAGGUUUCAAGUGCAAAUUUCUUCAUGAUGCACAAGAAUAUACUCUAUUGCUCAUUGAAACGUUCCCUGAAGAUGCAGCAGUGUACACCUGUGAAGCAAAAAAUGACUAUGGAGUUGCUACAACUUCAGCUUCACUUUCAGUAGAAAUCCCUGAAGUUGUUUCUCCUGAACUAGAACUGCCAGUGUAUCCACCUGCUGUCUUAAUGCCACUACGGGAUGCUGUUACAUCUGAGGGACAGUCUGCUUGUUUUCAGUGCAGAGUUACAGGGACAGAUCUGAAAGUCUCUUGGUACAGCAAAGAGAAAGAGAUCAAGCCAUCACGGUUUUUUAGAAUGACUCAGUUUGAAGACACUUACCAGCUGGAGAUUGCUGAAGCUUAUCCAGAGGAUGAAGGAGUCUAUACCUUUGUGGCUAGCAAUUCUGUAGGCCAAGUGACAAGCACUGCUACUUUGAAAUUAGAAGCUCCUGAAAAAAUGGUUCAUGAGAAGGUAGAGGAAGAGAUUGAAAUGGAAGUGAAAGUUGCACCAAUCCUGAGGAGAAGGCUCACACCAGUGGAGGUGGCUGUAAAUCAUGUGGCCAAGUUUACCUGUGAGGUAGAGACUGCACCCAAUGUCAAGUUCCAGUGGUACAAAGCUGGCCGAGAGAUAUACGAUGGGGACAAAUACUCCAUUCGCACCUCCAACUAUCUCUCCACGCUUGAGAUUCUGAGGCCCCAGGUCGUUGACUGCGGAGAGUAUAGCUGUAAGGCUUCCAACCAGCAUGGCAGUGUAAGCUCUACAGCCCUUUUGACAGUGAGUGAAGCAUUACCACCAACGUUUCUUACCAGACCUGAAUCUAUCACUACUUUUGUGGGCAAAAGUGCCAAGCUCCUGUGUACUGUUUUGGGCACUCCAGUCAUCGAUGUCGCCUGGCAGAAAGAUGGCACAACCAUUUCACCUUCGGACCAUCACAGAAUCUCCAAAGUGGAAAAUAAACAUGUGCUAGAAAUUUCCCUUCUCACCACCAGUGACAGAGGGGUUUACAGUUGCAAAGCUUCCAACAAGUUUGGGGCUGACAUUUGCCAGGCUGAGUUGAUCAUUAUAGACAAGCCUCACUUCAUUAAAGUGCUGCAGUCAGUGCAGUCAGCAGUCAAUAAAAAAAUACGCCUUGAAUGUCAGGUAGAUGAAGACAGGAAAGUAACAGUAGGGUGGACGAAGGAUGGAAACAAAAUUCCUCCGGGCAAAGAUUAUAAGAUUUACUUUGAAGACAAAAUAGCCUCACUGGAGAUUCCUUUGGCUAAGCUGAAGGAUUCAGGCCAUUAUGUGUGCACUGCCUCAAACGAGGCAGGAAGCAGCUCCUCUUCUGCCAGCGUCACAGUCAGAGAACCACCAUCAUUUGUGAAGAAGGUCGAUCCAUCUUAUUUACUGACUCCAGGUGACUCUGCACGCCUUCAAUGCAAAAUCAAAGGGUCUCCUGAAAUACAGGUUACUUGGUUCAAGAACAAUAAGGAAAUCCAUGAAAGCAACACACACAGGAUGUCCUUUGUCAAUUCUGUAGCUGUGUUAGAUAUUUUGGAGGUGAAAGUUGAUGACAGUGGGAGCUACUCAUGUGAAGCUGUAAACGAGGUUGGAAGUGACAGCUGCACCACCGAAGUAGUUGUCAAAGAGCCUCCAUCUUUCAUCCGAACACUUGAACCAGCAGAGGUAGUAAAGGGAACAAACCCCGUUCUUCAGUGUGAGGUUGCUGGUACUGGACCAUUUGAAAUUAGCUGGUACAAAGACAAGAAACAGAUUCGAAGUAGUAAAAAAUACAGGUUGACCUCUCAGAAAGCUGUAAUUUCUCUGGAAGUGUCCUCAUUUAAUAGUGCUGAUGUUGGUGAAUACGAGUGUGUGAUAGCUAAUGAAGUCGGGAAGUGCAUAUGCAGUGCAACGUACAUCUUGAAAGAACCACCAUCUUUUGUUAAGAAAAUUGAAAAUGUAACAGCUCUGGCUGGAGAUAGUGUUACAUUACAGGCUGUGGUGAAAGGGUCAGAGCCUGUUUCUGUGAUAUGGAUGAAGGGAAAAGACAUUAUUCAAGAUGAUAACAAAGUGAGAGUGACAUUUGAACAUGGUCUAGCAACACUGCAAAUUACCGGUGUCCAGCUGAGCUCUGGUGGGAAGUACACCUGUGUGGCUGAGAAUGAUGCAGGAACUCAGUCCUGCUUUGGUGAACUGUCAGUGAAAGAGCCUGCCAAAAUCAUUGAAAAAUCUGAAAUGAUACAGGUAACAGCAGGGGAACCAGCCAUUUUGGAGUACACUGUUACAGGCACUCCAGAGCUAAAAACUAAAUGGUUCAAAGAUGGAAGACCACUACCUGCCAGCAAAAAAUAUAGAAUCAGCUUUAAAAAUAACAUUGCUCAGCUCAAGUUUUAUGCUGCUGAACUGCAGGACAGUGGCGAGUACACCUUUGAGAUAUCCAACGAUGUGGGCAUCAGCUCUUUUACUACCAGCUUCACAGUGCUAGAUCGCAUUCUCCCUCCCUUCUUCACUAAACCCCUGAAGAAUAUUGACAGCAUCAUUAACACAUCAUGCCGCCUAGACUGCAAAAUUUCAGGCUCUCUUCCAAUGACUGUCUCUUGGUUUAAGCAGGACAUUGAGAUCACUUCAAGUGCCAAGUACACAGUACACUUUGCAGAAGGCUCUGCAUCUUUGGAAAUAAAACACCUAGAUGCAAGUGAUGCUGGGGUCUACAUUUGCAGAGCCACAAACUCUGCUGGUAGCAAAGAGAGCAGUAGCACUUUGUUUAUAAAAGAGCCACCCAGCUUCAUUGUAGAACCAGAGUCCCAAGAUGUACUGCCUGCAUCAACCGUACGUUUCAAAGGCACAUUUAAAGGCACAACACCACUGAUGGUGAAAUGGUUUAAAGGUGAAACUGAGCUGGUAACAGGAGGAGCCUGCUACAUCAUGACAGAAGCGUUAGCAAGUUACAUGGAACUUUACGCAGUCAAACCAACAGACUCAGGAAGAUACACCUGCAAAGUCUCCAAUGUAGCUGGUUCAGUAUCAUGCAGUGCAAACUUGUUUGUAAAAGAACCUGCUGCCUUCAAGGAGAAGCUAGAGCCAACCCAUCUGGUAAAGAAAGGUGGAUAUGCAGAGCUGACCUGUGAAGUCACUGGUACUCCAGAGAUUAGAAUCACAUGGUUCAAGGAUGAUAGAGAGCUAAAAGAGAGUGACAAAUAUAGAAUGUCUUUCACAAAAUCCCUGGCGGUACUUCAUGUUAUAGAGGCUGAGACUGAAGACAGUGGGGAAUACAUUUGUGAGGCCAGAAAUGAUGCUGGCAAAGAUAUUUGCAGUAGUGUUGUUACGAUCAAAGAGUCACCUUAUUUUAUCAAGGAGUUUCAAUCCAUGGAAGUCUUGAAGGAUUCCGAUGUGGUUUUGGAGUGUGAGGUGCUUGGCACACCUCCAUUUGAAGUUUUUUGGGUGAAAGAUGAUAAACCCAUGCGUAGCAGUAAGAAGCACAGAAUAAGCAUUGAGAAAUCUUUGAUUAGCCUCCACGUUUUCAGGUUUGAUGCUUCUGAUGUUGGCGAGUAUCAGUGUAGAGUAACAAAUGAUGUCGGGAGCUGCUUCUGCAGUUCAGAGGUUACACUGAAAGAGCCCCCACAGUUUGUAAAAAGGAUAGAAAACAUUAGUUCCCUUCGCGGGGGAACGGUUGUGUUUCAGGCUGCUAUUAAAGGCUCCUUGCCCAUCACUGUGUCCUGGCUGAAAGACAAUGAUGAAGUGAUUGAAGAUAACAAUAUAAAAAUGACUUUUGUCAACAAUGUUGCCACUCUUCUGGUGAGGUCUAUUGAACUGAAACAUGAUGGGAAAUAUUUCUGUCAGGCUAAAAAUGAGGCAGGAAUUCAGAGAUGUUCUGCUCUGCUGACUGUCAAAGAACCUGCUACAGUCGUGGACAAGGCUGUGUCAAUAGAUGUGACUGAGGGAGACCCAGCAACCUUGCAGUGUAAAUUUUCAGGAACAAAACCUAUUACAGCCAAAUGGAUCAAAAAUGGCAAGGAACUGACUUUAGGCCCAAAAUACAAGAUCAGUGUUACAGAUACUGUCUCAGUCCUAAAGGUGCUUCAUGCAGAAAAGAAAGAUAGUGGAGAAUACAUUUUUGAGGUUCACAAUGAUGUUGGGAGCAGUAGCUGUUCCGCCAGCAUUAACGUCCUAGAUCUCAUUAUACCACCUAAAUUCACCAAAAAGCUCAAGAAAAUGGACAGCAUUAAGGGCUCUUUUGUCCAUUUGGAAUGCAUAGUGUCUGGUUCACAUCCCAUAAGUAUCCAGUGGUACAAGGAUGGCCAAGAAAUAACAGCAAGUGAAAAGCACAAAUACUCUUUCCAUGAUAAUACUGCAUUUCUGGAGAUCAAUAAACUGGAAGGAACAGACAGCGGCUAUUACACUUGUGAAGCAACCAAUAAGGCGGGAAGUAACCAGUGCAGUGGGUUCUUAACAGUCAAAGAGCCACCAUAUUUUGUAGAGAAACCCCAGUCCCAAGAGGUUGUGCCCAAUGCUAGGGUUCAGUUCAAAGCACUGGUGAAAGGCUCUACUCCUCUGCAGAUAAAGUGGUUUAAAGACAGCCAAGAGCUCCUCUCUGGAGCCAAUCGAUCUGUCUGGAAGGAUGACACAUCUAGUGUACUGGAGCUCUUCUCAGCUAGGACAUCUGACUCUGGGAACUACACUUGUCAGAUAAGCAAUGAUGUGGGGACUGCAACUUGCAAAGCAACUUUGUUUGUAAAAGAGCCUCCCAGGUUUAUUCAGAUGCCAACUUCCAUAAUAGCUUUGCGUGAAGGACAGUCCACCACUUUCGAAUGCCAAGUAGUAGGCACACCAGAGAUCCACAUAACAUGGUACCUGGAUGGUAAUGAAGUGACUGACCAUGUUAAGUACGGCAUCUCCUUCAUAGACGGUUUAGCCACUUUGAAAUUAACUCAAGCCAGAGUGUCAGAUAGUGGGAUUUAUGUUUGUGAAGCCCACAAUGAUGCAGGUAGUGAAAGCUGCAGCAUCGAGCUGAAAGUAAAAGAGCCUCCAACAUUUGUUCGGGAGUUGCAUCCCACUGAGGUAGUGAAGGGUUUGGAAGCCGUACUUGAGUGUGAGGUGACUGGUACUCCUCCAUUUGAGGUGAAGUGGCUGAAGAACAAUAAGGAGAUGUUCAGCAGCAAGAAAUACGCCAUCUCUACCAAAGAAUCAGUAUUUACUCUUAAUGUGACUAACUGUGAUGUCUCAGAUGUUGGUGAAUAUCAGUGUAUUAUAUCAAAUGAAGGUGGGAGCUGUUCUUGCAGCACAAGGCUCAGCUUGAAAGAACCACCAUCCUUUGUCAAGAAGCUGGAGAAUGUCACUAGCAUUUUGAAGGGUACUGCAUUCUUCCAGUGUGUUGUAGCUGGUGCUCAACCCUUAUCUGUGUCAUGGAUAAAAGAUGAGAAAAUACUAGAAGAUGAUGAGCACCACCAUAUCACCUUUGAGAACAGAGUGGCCAUACUGGAACUUACCAAUAUUGACCUCAGCCACAGAGGAAGAUACACUUGCCAGGCAAAGAAUGAAUCUGGCAUGGAGAAAUGUUUUGCUUUGCUUUUUGUACAAGAGCCUGCACAAAUCAUAGAAAAGGCUAAAUCACUUAAAGUCACUGAAAGAGACCCUGUGACUUUGGAGUGUACUGUGGCUGGAACACCAGAGCUCCGAGUAAGAUGGUACAAAGAUGGCAAACAACUCCUACCCAGUAGAUACUACACAAUGAGCUUUGAAAACAAUGUGGCCAGUUUCAGGAUUGAACCUGUAUCAAAGGAGGAUAGUGGUACAUACAGUUUUAAGGUUGAAAAUGACUUUGGAAGUAGCACCUGUGAAGCUGUUCUGACUGUCCUAGAUCAAUCAAUUCCUCCUGCAUUUAUCAAGAAACUAACCAAAAAGGAUACUGUUCUGGGAUCUUCUAUCCAAAUGGAGUGCAAAGUUUCUGGGUCACUCCCCAUUACUGCAAAAUGGUAUAAGGAUGGAAAAGAGAUAACUGACAGUGCAAAAUAUAGAAGCCUAUGCCACGAGAACACUAUGUCACUUGAGAUUGCUAAUCUAGAACUGGCAGACAGUGCAAAUUACACAUGCAGUAUCUCUAAUGUUGCUGGGAGCGAUUCUUGCAGUGCCGUCCUGACUGUGAAAGAACCACCAAGCUUCUUAGUAAAACCUGAAAGCCAGCAAGCCAUCCCAGAUUCCACAGUGGAGUUUAAGGCUACACUAAAAGGAACACCACCCUUUACAGUAAAGUGGUUCAAAGAAGACUUAGAACUUGUAUCUGGUCCAACCUGUUUCAUUGGGAUUGAAGGGUCAACUGGGUUCUUAACCCUCUAUUCAGUGGAUACUUCUAGGAGUGGGUGCUACACUUGCCACGUUUCAAAUGAUGUUGGCAGUGACUCUUGCACUACAAUGCUGAUGGUAACAGAACCACCCAAGUUUGCUAAGAAGCUAGAGGCAGCAAAAGUCGUCAAGCAGGGUGACUCAGCCCGGCUUGAGUGCAAAGUAAGUGGAUCUUCAGAGAUGAAAGUAGUGUGGUUCAGAAAUGACCGUGAAAUUGUUGCCAGUGAAAAAUUCCGGACAUCAUUCAUUGACUCCGUGGCUGUGCUUGAAAUGAAUUAUCUCAGUACUGAUGACAGUGGUGACUACAUCUGUGAAGCUCACAACCCUGCCGGCAAGGCCAGCUGUAGUACUAAAGUCACAGUGAAAGAACCUCCUGUUUUUAGCAGGAAGCCCUCUCCAGUAGACAUGCUCAAAGGAACUGAAGUUAGCCUGGAAUGUGAGAUUUCAGGGACACCACCAUUUGAUGUUACCUGGUACAAAGACAGGAGGCAAAUCCGCAGUAGUAAGAAGUAUAAGGUUGCAGCCAAAAACUACCACACCAGCGUUCGCAUUCUUAAUGUUGAAGCUGCAGAUGUGGGUGAAUAUCAGUGCAAAGCACAGAACGACGUAGGAAGUGACACUUGUUUUUGCACUGUGAAGCUGAAAGAACCACCAAAAUUCUUGACUAAAAUAAACAGUGUGACUGUUGUGGUUGGUGAACCAGUAGAGUUACAAGCAAGAGUGGAGGGCUCCCAGCCAAUUUCUGUGCAGUGGCUUAAAGACAAAGAGGAAAUUAUUAGAGAGAGUGAAAACACGAAGAUCAUGUUUAUGGAAAAUAUUGCAACUUUACAACUUCUGCGCACAGAGACAAGCAGUGCUGGAAAAUACAUCUGCCAGAUCAGAAAUGAUGCUGGAAGUCGAGAGUGCAUGGCUACCUUAAGUAUUCUAGAGCCUGCAGUCAUUGUAGAGAAAGCAGAACCAAUGAGAGUUACUAUAGGAGAUGCCUGUACUUUGGAGUGCAAAGUGGCAGGCACGCCAGAGCUUUCCACUGGGUGGUUCAAGGAUGGCAAAGAGCUGACCAGCAGCCAGAAAUACAGAAUUACUUUCCUCAAUAAAGUAUCUACGCUUAAAAUUAUGGAUGCAGAAAAGGAAGAUGCUGGACUGUACACUUUUGCAGUGCAGAACGACGUGGGGAAAAGCAGUUGCACAGCAUCAGUUGAAGUUUUAGAUCGAAUCAUUCCUCCUUCUUUCACAAGAAAAUUGAAGGAAACUCCUUGUGUCCUGGGUUCCUCAGCAUUGCUGGAAUGCAAAGUGUCGGGUUCACCUCCUCUUUCUGUGGCUUGGUUCCGAAAUGGACUUAAGUUAGUUAGUGGGGAAAAACAUCAAAUCUCCUUUUCAGAUAACCUUUGUAUUUUGGAAGUGAAUUCACUGAGUGAUUCAGAUGGUGGAACUUACACCUGCAAAGCUACCAACAUAGCUGGUUCAGAUGAAUGCAGUGCUGUAUUGACCGUACAAGAACCACCUUCUUUUGAGAGGACACCAGAGGCUCUGGAUGUUUUGCCAGGCACAAGCGUCACUUUUACAUGUGUUAUCAGAGGAACCCCACCUUUUAAGGUGAACUGGUUUAAAGGGUCCAAUGAGCUUGUGCCAGGAGACAAAUGCAGUAUCUACUUGGAGGACUCUGUUGUGGAGCUUGAGUUAUUUGACGUAACUCCACUCCAAAGCGGAGAAUACACUUGUCUAGUGACUAAUGAUGCUGGCAGGGCAAAUUGUACAACACACCUUACAGUAAAAGAACCAGCAGUCUUUGUGAAGAAACUGAGUGAUCAGUAUGUAGAGCCUGGCAAGGCCAUCAUCCUGGAGGGAACUUACACAGGCAGCCUGCCUAUCUCUGUGACAUGGAAGAAGAAUGGCCGCACCAUCACUCAAUCUCAGAAAUGUAGUAUCACCACCACAGAGAAAUCCUGCAUCCUGGAAAUACUUGACAGCACCAAAGAGGAUGCAGGAGAAUACACCUGCCAUGUUGAAAACGAGGCAGGAAGAGAUGUUUGUGGGGCUGUAGUCUCUACUCUAGAACCUCCCUAUUUUGUUACACAUUUGGAAUCUCUUGAGGUGUCAGUUGGGGAUUACACAUCAUUGCAAUGCCGUGUUGGUGGCACACCAGAAAUCACUGUGUCUUGGUACAAAGGUGAUACAAAACUCAGGUCUACUCCUGAGUACAAAGUGUUCUUUAAAGACAACGUUGCUACACUUAUUUUCAACAAAGCAGUUAGCAACGACAGUGGAGAAUAUAUCUGCAAGGCGGAAAACAGUGUAGGAACUGCAUCUACAAAGGCUCUCUUGACAGUUCAAGAGCGUAAACGACCACCUUCCUUUGCAAGAAAAUUAAAGGACAUCGAGCAUCCUGUUGGAUUACCCCUUAAAUUCAUGUGCCGACUCAAUGGCUCAGAACCCAUUACUGUGGCUUGGCAUAAAGACGGUGUGCUGCUAAGCGAUGACCACAAUGUGCACACAUCCUUUGUAGAUAAUGUUGCAGUGCUGCAACUGGUACAAACCGAGAUGAAUCAUACUGGGCAGUACUCCUGCACUGCCACCAAUGCUGUGGGCACUGCCACUUCGAGUGCUAGGCUCACAGUGGCAGAACCCAAGCAAGCACCUGUGUUUGACACCAAGCCAGAAUCUAUUGACGUGCUUUUUGGAGAAAGUGCUGACUUUGAAUGCCAUGUUACUGGAGCCCAGCCAAUACAUAUCACCUGGUCCAAGGAUGGUCGGGAGAUUCGAACUGGAGGAAAUUUCAAUAUUACAUUUGUAGCCAACACAGCUCACCUUCGUGUGCUCAGAGUGGGUAAAGGAGACUCUGGCCAAUAUACUUGCCAAGCUAGUAAUGAAGUUGGUAAAGACUUUUGCUCAGCCCAACUCUGUGUCAAAGAACCUCCCAAGUUCAUCAAGAAGCCUGAAUCUUUGCGGUUCGUGAAGCAGGGGGACACAGUUCAACUUGAAUGUAAAAUCAGUGGCACACCAGAGAUCAGAACUGUGUGGUACAAAAAUGAUCAGGCACUCCAGGCAAGCGACAGGUUCCACAUGUCCUUUGUAGACUCCACGGCAAUAUUAACCAUCUUGGAUGCCAACACUGAGGAUGCUGGUGACUACAUAUGUGAAGCCAAGAACUCUGCUGGCACAGCCAGCUGCAGCACUUCAGUCACAGUGAAAGAACCACCUGUUUUUAGCAAGGUGCCAAGCCCUGUUGACACACUUAAAGGCUCAGAUGUUAUUCUCCAGUGUGAGAUAGCAGGGACUCCACCCUUUGAGGUUGCUUGGUUCAAGGACCGGAGGCAGGUCAGAAGCAGCAAGAAGUUCAAGGUGACAGCAAAACACUCCAUUGCCAGUCUUCAUAUUCUCAGUCUGGAAGCUCAAGAUACUGGAGAAUAUCAGUGCAAAGCUAUGAAUGAGGUGGGAAGCGACACUUGCAUUUGCCCAGUGAAAUUCAAAGAACCUCCACGCUUCUCUAAGAAGCUGAGUGACACUGCAAUCUUCAUUGGGGAGCCAACAGCCCUGCAGGCAGUGGUGGAAGGAUCCCCACCAAUUUCUGUUGUCUGGCUUAAGGACAAGGGCGAAGUUAUUAGGGAGAGCGAAAAUGUCCAAAUGUGGUUUAUGGACAACAUUGCAACUCUUGAGAUUGCCAGUGCAGAAGGAGCUGAUGUUGGGAAGUACAUCUGCCAGAUCAAAAAUGAUGCUGGUAUGCGGGAGUGCUCUGCCUUUUUACAGGUCCUAGAACCAGCAGUCAUCUUAGAGAAGACUGAGCCAAUCACAGUAAUGGCUGGCAAUCCUUUUACAUUGGAGUGCAAAGUAGGAGGAACACCUGAACUUAUCACCAAGUGGUACAAAGAUGGCAGAGAACUAAGGAGUGACCGCAAAUAUCAAAUUACCUUUUUCAACAAUAUAUCCACUUUGAAAGUCUUUUCUGCAGACAGGGAAGACAGGGGCUUGUAUACUUUUGAGGUGCACAAUGAGGUGGGGGACAGCAGCUGCAUUUCUUCAGUUGAUGUUUCAGAUCGCCUUGUUCCUCCUUCAUUCUCAAGAAAACUAAAGCAAACAAAUGGGGUGCUGGGAUCCUCAGUGCUUCUGGAGUGCAAAGUGUCUGGCACAUCCCCCAUAACUGUGUCCUGGUAUCAGGAUGGGAAUGAGAUCGUUAGUGGAGAAAAAUAUGAAAUCUCAUUCUUGGAUAAUGUUUGUGCUUUGAAACUGAAUGCCUUGGAUGUCACAGAUACAGGGCCAUAUACCUGUGUGGCAAACAAUGUGGCUGGAUCUGAUGAAUGCAGUGCCUUCUUGACUGUACAAGAACCACCUUCUUUUGUGAAGAUACCUGAUCCCCAGGAAGUUUUGCCCAGAUCAAGUGUGACAUUCAGCACCUAUAUUAAGGGCAGUACCCCCUUCAAAGUCACCUGGUUCCGAGGCAUCAGGGAGCUGGUGCCAGAUAGCAACUGCUCCAUCUCACUGGAUGAGUCUGUGGCAGAGCUGCAGCUGUACAACGUGGAGCCCGGCCACAGUGGGGACUAUGCCUGCGUUGUCACAAAUGAUGCCGGUAGUGCCUCAUGCACAACCCAGCUCUUUGUGAAAGAGCCUGCAGUAUUUGUGAAGAAAUUAAGUGAUUUCAGUGUGGAGCAGGGGAAGUCCAUUGUGCUGGAAAGCAGCUAUACAGGCACCCCUUCUGUCUCUGUCACCUGGAAAAAAAAUGGCAUGCCCAUUGCUCAGUCUCCACGCUGCAGUGUUACAACUACUGAAAAAUCUGGAAUUCUUGAAAUCUUCAACAGCACCAAGAGUGAUGAAGGCGAAUACACCUGUGAGGUGGCAAAUGAGGCAGGUGGAGAUGUUUGCCACAGCUUUGUAUCUGUCUUAGAACCACCCUAUUUUGUCACACACUUGGACCGUGUGGAGGUGAAGGUUGGAGAGCCCUUGAUCUUAAAAUGCCAGAUUGGUGGUGCACCAGAAAUCAAGGUGUCCUGGUACAAAGAUGACACCAAGCUCAGAUCAACACAGGCUUACAAAAUGCACUUCAAGAAUAAUGUGGCAACACUGGCAUUCUCCACAAUAGAGGACAGUGACAUUGGAGAAUAUAUCUGCAAAGCAGAAAACAGUGUUGGCUUCGCCACCUCCACAGCUCUGCUUGUUGUUAAAGAACGGCAGCUUCCCCCUACAUUCUCCAGAAAACUGAAAGAUAUUCAAGAGGCGGUUGGUGCCCCAGUGACAUUUGAUUGCCGCAUAAAUGGCUCAGAGCCUAUCCAGGUGUCUUGGUACAAGGAUGGGGUUCUCUUAAGUGACAGUGAUAACAUGCAGUCAGCCUUCUUGAAUAAUGUUGCAACUCUCCAGAUCUUGCAAACAAGUAUGUCUCACUGUGGCCAAUACACUUGCUCAGCCAAAAAUGUUUUGGGGACUGCAUCUUCUAGCGCCAAACUUCUCCUCACAGAACAUCUGCAACCUCCCUUCUUUGACAUCAAGCCAGUAUCUGUUGAUGUAGCACUAGGAGAAAGUGCAACUUUUAAGUGUCAUGUGACUGGCUCUGCUCCCAUGAAGAUUACUUGGACGAGAGACAACAGACAAAUUCGCCCAGGUGGCAACUACAAGAUGACAUUGGUGGAAAACAUGGCCAGCUUGACAGUCCUAAAAGUUGGUAAAGGGGAUGCUGGACUCUACACAUGUACUGCCAGCAACAGUGUUGGAAAGGAUGCGUGCGCAGCUGAGCUGGCUGUACAAGAACCACCAAGAUUUAUUAAGAAACUAGACUCCUCAAGACUUGUGAAACAACAUGAUUCCACUAAGUAUGAAUGCAAAAUAGGUGGAUCUCCAGAAAUCAAAGUCAUCUGGUACAAAGGUGAAAUUGAGAUCCAUCCCACUGAAAAAUACCAAAUGUCCUUUGUGGAUUCAGUGGCAGUUAUUGAAAUGUACAACCUCAGUGUUGAAGACAGUGGUGACUACACUUGUGAAGCUCACAAUCCGGCGGGUAGUGCAAGCACCAGUACCUCACUGAAAGUAAAAGCACCCCCCAUUUUUACCAAGAAGCCCCAUCCAAUCGAGACCUUGAAAGGGUCUGAUAUUCACCUAGAAUGUGAGCUUCAGGGUACUCCUCCAUUCCAGAUUUCUUGGUACAAAGACAAAAGAGAAAUUCGGAGCAGCAGGAAGUAUAAGGUCAUGUCUGAGAACUACCUAGCUAGUAUUCACAUUCUCAGUGUGGAUACUGCCGAUGUUGGUGAAUAUCACUGUAAAGCUGUAAAUGAUGUGGGAAGUGACUCCUGUAUUGGCUCUGUAACACUAAGAGCACCACCAACCUUUGUGAAGAAGCUGAGUGAUCUCACUGUUGUAGCUGGGGAGUCGAUUGAACUACAGGCUGCAGUAGAAGGAUCACAGCCCAUUUCUGUUCUGUGGUUAAAAGACAAAGGGGAAAUCAUCAGAGAAAGUGAUAAUCUUUGGAUUUCUUAUUCAGAAAACAUUGCAACUAUGCGGAUUGGAAAUGCAGAACCAGCCAAUGCUGGGAAAUAUGUUUGUCAGAUAAAGAAUGAUGCUGGAGUUCAGGAAUGCUUUGCCACACUGAGAGUUCUAGAACCUGCAGUCAUUGUUGAGAAGCCAGGCCCAGUCAAAGUUACAGCAGGAGACUCGUGUACUCUGGAAUGCACAGUAGAUGGCACACCAGAGCUUACUGCUAGGUGGCUUAAGGAUGGGAGUGAACUGUCCACUGACCAUAAAUACAAAAUCAGUUUCUUCAAUAAAGUAUCUGGGCUUAAGAUUCUCAAUGCAAGACUAGAAGACAGUGGAGAAUAUACCUUUGAGGUGGAAAACAGUGUUGGUAAAAGCAGCUGCACUGCUUCAGUGCAUGUCUCAGAUCGUAUUAUACCUCCUUCUUUCACAAGAAAACUGAAAGAAACAUAUGGUCAGCUGGGUUCUUCUGCUGUACUGGAGUGCAAAGUUUAUGGAUCACCACCUAUUCUUGUUUCCUGGUUUCAUGACGGAGAGGAAAUUAUCAGUGGAGACAAGUAUCAGGCUACUCUUACAGACAAUACCUGUUCUCUGAAAGUGAAUGGACUUCAGGAAUCUGAUAUGGGAACUUAUUUGUGCACAGCUAGUAAUGUAGCUGGGUCUGAUGAGUGCAGCGCAUUUUUGAGUGUUAGAGAACCACCAUCUUUUGUGAAGAAACCUGAACCACUGAAUGUUUUAUGUGGGGCAAACAUAACCUUUACCAGUAUCAUAAAAGGUUCCUCUCCAUUGGAAGUUAAAUGGUUUAGAGGUAGUGUUGAGCUAGCACCAGGACACAGAUGCAAUAUCACCUUGCAAGAUUCAAUUGCAGAACUGGAGCUAUUUGAUGUACAUCCGCUUCAGAGUGGAGACUACACUUGCCAGGUCUCUAACGAGGCAGGGAAGAUUUCUUGCACAACACAUCUUUUUGUCAAAGAACCAGCCAAAUUUGUGAAGAAGGUGAAUGAUUUAAGUGUAGAGAAAGGAAAAAAUUUAAUCUUGGAAUGUACAUACAUGGGUACUCCACCAAUUUCAGUGACAUGGAAGAAAAAUGGAGUAAAGCUAAUACACUCUGAAAGGUGUAGCAUCACCACUACAGAAACAUCUGCCAUAUUGGAAAUACCUAAUAGCAAACUAGAAGAUCAGGGGCAAUAUUCUUGUCAUAUUGAAAAUGAUUCUGGACAAGAUAAUUGUCAUGGUGCAAUAACAAUACUAGAACCACCUUACUUCGUUACACCCUUGGAGCCAGUGCAGGUGACUGUUGGGGAUUCUGCAUCCUUACAGUGCCAGGUUGCUGGAACACCAGAAAUGAUUGUAUCAUGGUACAAAGGUGACACAAAGCUGAGAGGAACUGCUGCUAUGAAAAUGCACUUUAAAAACCAAGUUGCCACUCUGGUUUUCAGCCAGGUAGACAGUAGUGACAGUGGGGACUAUGUCUGCAAAGUAGAAAAUGCUGUUGGUGAGGCUGCUUCAUCAUCUUUGCUGACAGUUCAAGAGCGUAAACUUCCUCCUUCUUUUACGCGAAAAUUAAGAGAUGUCCAUGAAACUGUUGGCUUACCAGUUACAUUUGAUUGUGGCAUUGCUGGUUCAGAACCUAUGGAAGUAUCUUGGUUUAAAGAUGGUGUACAUAUAAAAGAGGACUACAAUGUUCAUACAUCCUUCGUAGAUAAUGUAGCAACUCUUCAGAUUUUGAAAACAGAUAGGAGCCUUAUGGGGCAAUACACCUGCACAGCUACCAAUGCAAUUGGGAAAGCUUCUUCUAGUGGCAGGCUUGUCCUUACAGAAGGGAAGACUCUUCCAUUUUUUGACAUCCCAAUUACACCUGUGGAUGGUAUUAUUGGAGAAAGUGCUGACUUUGAGUGUCACAUCUCUGGAACACAGCCUAUUAAAGUUACUUGGGCAAAAGAUAACCAAGAGAUUAGAACAGGAAGAAACUACCAAAUCAGUUAUGUAGACAACACAGCCCACUUGACCAUCUUGAGAGUUGAGAGGGGAGACUCUGGUCAGUAUACAUGCUAUGCUAGCAAUGAAGUUGGAAAGGACUCUUGCACAGCUCAGCUGACUGUUAAAGAACGAAAAUCUCCACCAACUUUCACUAAGAAACUGUCUGAAGCAGUAGAAGAAACAGAAGGGAAUGAACUUAAACUUGAGGGCCAUGUUGCUGGCUCUCAGCCUUUAACUGUUGCUUGGUAUAAAAACAAUCAGGAAGUUCAUUCAAGCCCUCAUUGUGAAAUAUCUUUCAGAAAUAACACAUUAAUUUUGCACAUAAAGUGUGUAGAGCAAUCAGACUCUGGUUUAUAUACCUGUAAAGUGUCCAAUGAAGCAGGAAGUGUGUUGUGUACAUCUUCUGUUGUUAUCAGAGAACCCAAAAAGCCUCCAGUUUUUGACCAGCCUAUUCAACCAGCAGCAGCAGAGGAAGGUGAUACUGUACAGCUCAGCUGCCAUGUCCAAGGAUCACAGCCAAUCCGGAUUCAGUGGCUGAAAUCAGGCAGAGAAAUAAGAGCUUCAGAGAGAUGCAACUUCAGCUUUGCUAAUGGAGUAGCUCUUCUAGAACUUGCUGCAAUUACCCAAUCUGAUUCAGGAGAAUAUGUAUGCAAAGCUUCAAAUGCAGCUGGCACUGACACUUGCAAAUCUAAAGUGACUGUUAAAGAAAAACCAGCAGCUGCACCAGCAGCUAAGAAAGCAGAACUGGAAGGAAAACUUUAUUUUGUGUCAGAGCCUCAGAGUAUCAAAGUCAUGGAAAAAACUGUUGCAAAAUUUAUUGCAAAAGUUGGAGGAGACCCAAUUCCAAAUGUUAAAUGGAUGAAGGGAAAAUGGAGGCAACUCAACCAGGGAGGUCGCAUUACAAUUCAGCAAAGCGGAGAUGAAGCCAAACUAGAAAUAAAGGACACAAUAAAAACUGAUUCUGGCAUGUACAAAUGUGUAGCUUUUAACCAACAUGGUGAAAUUGAGAGGAGUGUAAACCUACAAGUUGAAGAAAGAAAGAAAGAAGUUGUUGAAGGGGAUCUCAGGGCAAAACUAAAAAGCACUCCAAAAAGGAAGGAAGGAGAGGAAGAGCAACCUAUUGAUAUCUUGGAACUUCUCAAAAAUGUAGAUCCCAAGGAAUAUGAGAAAUAUGCUCGCAUGUAUGGAAUUACAGAUUUCCGUGGCCUCCUGCAAGCCUUUGAGUUACUAAAGCAAACCCAAGCAGAAGAAAGCCAUAGACUGGAAAUUGAGCUUACAGAAAGAGCUCAAAGAGAAGAUCAGGAGUUUGAUGAACUUGUAGCUUUUAUUCAACAACGACUCUCACAAACAGAGCCUAUUACUCUGAUCAGAGACAUUGAAAAUCAGAUGGUUUUAACAGAUGAGGAUGCUAUCUUUGAAUGUGAAAUUAAAAUUAACUAUCCAGAAAUUAAACUUUCAUGGUACAAGGGAACUCAGAAGCUGGACUUCAGUGACAAAUAUGAAAUUAGAAUUGAAGGUGAUCGCCACAUACUGAGAAUCAGGAACUGCCAACUUGAAGAUCAGGGAAAUUUCAGAAUAGUGUGUGGACCACACAUUGCUAGUGCCAGGCUAACUGUGAUUGAACCUGCAGUUGAGCGGCAUCUCCAUGACACUACUUUCAAGGAAGGAAACACUUGCACGCUGUCCUGUCAGUUCUCUAUCCCAAAUGCCAAGUCUCAGUGGUAUAGAAAUGGGAGACCCAUUAAGAUAGGAGGGAGAUAUUCAACACAAGUGUCUGACAAAGUACACAAACUCAUCAUCAAGGAUGUUAGAACAGAAGACCAGGGACAAUAUACCUGCAAGCUUGACAAUCUAGAAACAACUGCAGAUCUGGCCAUUGAAGCAGAACCAAUUCAGUUCACUAAGAGCAUACAGAACAUUGUAGUGAGUGAACACCAGUCUGCAACCUUUGAGUGCGAAGUGUCUUUUGAUGAUGCAGUUGUGACGUGGUAUAAAGGCCCCACCGAGCUGAGAGAGAGUCCCAAGUACAGCUUCAGAAGUGAAGGUCGCUGUCAUUAUAUGACCAUUCACAAUGUUAAUGCAGAAGAUGAAGGUGUAUACUCUGUAAUUGCUCGUCUUGAGCCAAGAGGAGAAGCAAGAAGCACUGCAGAGCUCUAUCUGGUAACCAAAGAAAUUAAACUGGAGUUGAAGCCACCAGAUGUUCCUGAUGCCAAGGUUGCAGUACCAUCUCAAAAAGCAGCUGAAGCUGCCCCUAUUCCUAUUCUUCUACCUCUUGUUCCACCACCAGAGGAGAAAAAGCCAGCAGAAAAAAAGGUUCCGUUAAAGAAAGUCUCCAAAAAGGUGGCUAAAAAAGUUCCUGAAGAAGUCCCACCACCAAAAGUUCCUGAGGUGCUGCCAGAGAAGCCUAAAGAGAUAAAAAUAACAUCCAUGGCAAGGAGAGAAGAGAUUCAUGAAGAAAAGAAGGAAAUAUAUGAAGAACCCAAAGAACCUUAUGAAGAAUGGGAAGAAGAUUAUGGAGAAGACCACGAAUAUUAUGUCAAGGAAGAAGGCUAUGAUGAAGGCGAAGAGGAAUGGGAAGAAGCUUAUGAAAAAAGAGAAGUGAUUUAUGAAGAAAAACGAGUAAUUCAUGAAGAAGUUGUUGAAGUUCCUAAGAAGCCUGUGCCUGAGAGAAAACCACCAACAAUCACAGCUGAAAAGAAGGAAAAGAAAGACGUAACCAUUCAUAAAGUGCCUGAAGUGCCCAAGAAAGUUCCAGAAAAGAAAGUACCUAUCCUUGUACGUAAAAAGCCAGAACCUGCACCAGCCAAAGUGCCAGAAGUGCCCAAGAAAGUCCCAGAUGAGAAAAUACCAGUGGUGGAGCCCAAAAAACCAGCAGUUCAACCAGCUAAAGUGCCUGAGGUACCACAGAAAGUGAUGCCAGAAGAGGUUUCAGUUAAAGUACCGAAGAAACCAGAACGUCCACCAACUAAAGUGCCUGAGGUGCCCAAGAAAGUUAUUUCGGAAGAAAAAGUACACAUUGAAGUUCCUAAAAAAACAGAGCCUCCACCACCUAAAGUUCUUAGAAAGGAAAAAGAAGAGGAAGAACCUAAGCCAGAAAAAGAACCUAAACCAGAAGUUAAACCAGUACCUACACCAGUAGAAAAAAUUAAGAAACCUGAAGUCCCAGAGGUUCCUAAGAAGAAAACUGAGAUGCCUGAAAUAAAAAAAGAAGAGAAAUAUGUGCCCAAACCACCAAAAGAACCUAAGCAAGCAGCUAUCCCACUUCCUGGGUCUGAACCUAAACCUGCAGUGGCUCUAAAAUCUCCAAAACCAGCAGCAGAACCAGCACCAGCUGUUACUACUCCAGUGACAGUCCCAGUGGUUGGAAAGAAAGCAGAGGCCAAGACACCAAAAGAAGAAACUCCAAAGGGUAUCAGUCCAGUCAAAGCCAAGAAGACACCUUCACCAGCAGAUGCAGAAAGAAGGAAACUCAGGCCAGGCAGUGGUGGUGAAAAACCUCCUGAAGAGCCUCCAUUCACUUACCAACUCAAGGCUGUACCACUGAAGUUUGUCAAGGAGAUGAAAGAUAUAGUGCUAACAGAAGCUGAGUCUGUUGGGUCUUCUGCAAUCUUUGAAGUCCUUAUUUCACCAUCUACUGCAAUUACCAGCUGGAUGAAAGAUGGAAGUAACAUACGAGAGAGCCCAAAGCACAAGUUUAUUGCUGAUGGCAAAGACAGGAAGCUGCAUAUUAUUGACGUCCAGCUGUCAGAUGCUGGUGAAUAUACUUGUGUAUUACGACUGGGCAACAAAGAGAAGACCUCUACAGCCAAACUCAUUGUUGAAGAACUCCCAGUGCGGUUUGUGAAACCUCUUGAAGAAGAAGUCACUGUGAUUAAAGGCCAGCCAAUGUACUUGACAUGCGAACUUAACAAAGAAAGAAGUGUGGUCUGGAGAAAGGAUGGGAAGAUCAUCAAAGACGUGCCUGGGAAAUUUGCUCUGGGCAUUAUUGGUUUGUCACAUACCCUCAUGAUCACUGAUUCAGAUGAUGCUGAUGCCGGCACUUACACUGUUACCGUUGAAGGCACUGAGCUCUCAUGCUCAUCUUGUGUUAAGGUAGUAGAAGUGAUAAGAGACUGGUUAGUAAAACCCAUAAGAGACCAGCAUGUGAAACCAAAAGGAACAGCUACAUUCACCUGUGACAUUGUCAAGGAUACACCAAACUUUAAAUGGUUUAAAGGAGAUGAGGAAAUCCCUGCUGAACCCACUGAAAAGACAGAAAUCUUGAAAGAGGGAAAUAAAAUUUUCCUGAAAAUCAAGAAUGCUGGCCCUGCUGAUGUUGGGGAAUAUUCAGUGGAAGUUGAAGGUCGCAGGUACCCAGCAAAACUGACCCUUGGAGAACGUGAAGUUGAACUUCUGAAACCAUUAGAGGAUGUUACCAUUUACGAAAAAGAAACAGCAAACUUCGAUACAGAAAUAUCUGAGGAUGAUAUUCCUGGUGAAUGGAAACUAAAAGGAGAAAUCCUGAGACCCUCACCUACAUGUGAAAUCAAAGCUGAAGGAGGAAAACGCUUCCUAACCUUGCACAAAGUAAAGUUAGAGCAAGCUGGUGAAGUCCUUUACCAGGCACUUAAUGCAGUUACUACAGCUAUCCUGACUGUGAAAGAAAUUGAACUGGACUUUGCUGUACCCCUAAAAGAUGUUACCGUCCCUGAGAGGCGUCAAGCAAGGUUUGAAUGUGUCCUUACCAGAGAAGCCAAUGUUAUAUGGUCAAAGGGCACCGAUAUACUCAAGAUCGGAGAAAAAUUUGACAUCAUUGCAGAUGGAAAGAAGCAUAUUCUUGUAAUCAAUGAUUCUCAGUUUGAUGAUGAGGGAGAAUACACUGCUGAAGUUGAUGGCAAGAAGAGCACAGCAAGACUGUUUGUGGAAGGUGUGAGGCUGAAGUUCAUCUCACCUCUACAGGAUCAAACAGUGAAAGAAGGGGAAACAGCUCACUUUCAGUUUGAGGUUUCUCAUGAAGAUAUACCAGUGAAAUGGUACAAAAAUGACAAGAGGCUCCACACAAGCAGAACAGUUUUCAUGACUUCAGAAGGCAAAGUUCAUAAACUAGAACUUAGAGAAGUAACACUUGAUGAUAUCUCCGAAAUAAAGGCCGUAGUCAAGGACUUGAACACACAAGCAAACCUGAAAGUCUUAGAGGCUGAUCCAUAUUUCACUGUGAAAUUACAAGACUACAGCGCUGUGGAGAAAGAUGAUAUUACUCUGGAGUGUGAACUUAGCAAAGAUGUGCCAGUAAAAUGGUACAAAGAUGGUGAAGAACUAGUAGCUUCCAGCAGAAUUUCAAUGAAAACGGAUGGCUUGCGCCGUAUCUUGAAGAUCAAGAAGGUUGCAGAGAGCGAUAAGGGUGUUUAUGAUUGUGACUGUGGAACUGACAAGACAACUGCUAACGUCAGCGUUGAGCCUCGCUUAAUCAAAGUGGAGCGCCCACUUUAUGGAGUGGAGGUAUUUGUUGGUGAAACAGCACGUUUUGAAAUUGAAAUUUCUGAGACUGAUGUCCAUCCUAUAUGGAAGCUAAAGGACGAAACACUAAUACCUUCACCUGACUGUGAAAUCAUUGAAGAUGGGAAGAAGCAUACUCUUGUUCUUCACAACUGCAAACUUGAUAUGACUGGAGAAGUAUCUUUCCAAGCUGCUAAUGUUAAAAGUGCUGCUAAUCUGAAAGUGAAAGAAUUGCCUCUCAUCUUUAUCACUCCACUAAGUGAUGUGAAGGUCUUUGAGAAAGAUGAAGCGAAAUUUGAAUGUGAGACGUCCAGAGAACCUAAGACUUUCCACUGGUUGAAAGGAACAGAAGAGAUCACUCCAGAUGAAAGAUGUGAAAUUAUUUCAGAUGGAACAAAGCAUGCUCUAAUUAUUAAAUCCGCUGCCUUUGAGGAUGAAGCUAAAUACAUGUUUGAAGCUGAGGAUAAGACAACAAGUGCCAAGCUAAUUAUUGAAGGUAUCCGCCUGAAAUUCAUUACUCCUCUCAAGGAUGUAACAAAAAAGGAACGAGAAACUGCAGUGUUCACUGUGGAACUCUCCCACGAAAAUAUCACUGUUGUCUGGUUCAAGAAUGACCAGAGAUUACAUACAAGCAAGGUGGUUUCAAUGACAGAUGAUGGCAAAUUCCAUUCACUCACAAUCAAAGAUCUUACUAUUGAUGAUACUUCUCAGAUUAGAGUGGAAGCUAUGGACAAAUCAUCAGAAGCUAAACUCACUGUUCUUGAAGGAGACCCUUACUUCACUGGGAAGUUGCAGGAUUACACUGCUGUAGAGAAAGAUGAAGUAAUCUUACAAUGUGAAAUCAGCAAAGCAGAUGCUCCAGUGAAAUGGAUGAAGGAUGGCAAACCAAUUACUCCAUCAAAGAAUGUUGUUAUUAAGGCUGAUGGUAAAAAACGAAUCCUUAUCCUCAAGAAAGCAUUGAAGAAAGACAUUGGACAGUACACUUGUGACUGUGGUACUGAUCAAACCUCUGCGAAACUCAAUAUUGAAGACCGGGAUAUUGAAAUUAUACGUCCACUAUACAGUGUGGAGGUGAUUGAGACAGAGACUGCCCGUUUUGAUAUUGAAAUCUCUGAGGAAGGCGUCCAUGGCAAUUGGAGGUUAAAAGGAGAACCCCUGACUGAAUCAGCUGAAUGUGAAAUCAAGGAGGAAGGCAAAAAGCACUUCCUUACACUGUACAAUGUACGCUUAGAUCAAGCUGGUGGAGUAGAUUUCCAAGCAGCAAAUGCCAAAUCUGGUGCUCAUCUCCGAGUGAAACCUCGAGUAAUCGGCUUGCUGAGACCCCUCAAGGAUGUAACAGUGACAGCUGGGGAAUCAGCAACCUUCGACUGUGAACUCUCUUAUGAGGGAAUUCCAGUAGAGUGGUUCCUGAAAGGAAAGAAACUGGAGCCCAGUGAAAAGGUCGUGACACGUGCUGAAGGGAGAGUUCACACACUUAUUCUAAGAGAUGUCAAGUUAACAGAUGCAGGAGAGGUAUCACUGACAGCAAAAGAUUUCAGAACUCAAGCAAAUCUUUUUGUGAAAGAACCCCCAGUUGAAUUUACUAAACCACUUGAGGACCAGACUGUUGAAGAAGAGGCCACUGCAAUUCUGGAAUGCGAAGUUUCCAGGGAAAAUGCAAAAGUUCAGUGGUUCAAAAAUGGUGAAGAAAUUCAUAAAACAAAGAAGUAUGAUAUAAUUUCUGAUGGAAGGGUCAGAAAACUCAUUAUCCACGGCUGCACACUGGAUGAUGCAAAAACAUAUACUUGUAAAGUUAAGGAUUUUAAGACAUCCUGUUUCCUCAAUGUAGAACCUAUUCGUCUUGAGUUCCUGAAACCCCUAACUGAUCUUGAAGUGAAAGAAAAAGAAUCUGCUCGGUUUGAAUGUGAAAUUUCCCGUCCAGGUGUCAAGGUGAAGUGGUUUAAAGAUGGCAUUGAAAUUAGAAAAGGCAAAAAGUAUGACAUCAUUUCCAAAGGAGCAGAACACAUUCUUGUUGUCAAUAAAUGUGCCUUCGAUGAUGAAGCUGAAUAUGCCUGUGAAGCAAAAACAGCUCGAACUUCAGGACUACUUACAGUGAUAGAGGAAGAGGCUGUUUUCACAAAAAAUCUUCCUGAUCUUGAAGUGAAUGAAAAUGACACUGUAAAAUUGAUCUGUGAAGUUUCAAAGCCCAAUGCUGAAGUUACUUGGUUUAAAGGAGAUGAGGAGGUGCCUGAUGGUGCUAGAUUUGAACACAUUUCUGAUGGCCGAAAGAGAAUUCUUCUCAUACAUAAUGCUCAUCCAGAGGAUGCUGGCAAAUAUACUUGCAAGCUCCCAAGCUCUAGUACAACAGGAAAACUUACUGUACAUGAACUUACACCACAAUUUCUUACCAGACCACAAAAUCUUGAGGUUCUUGAAGGAGACAAAGCUGAAUUUGUCUGUUCAGUAUCCAAAGAGGCAAUUUCGGUACAGUGGCUGAGGGAUUACACAGUCCUGGAGCCUGGUGAUAAGUACGACAUCAUUUCAGAUGGCAAAAAGAGAACACUUGUAGUUAAAGACUCUAUUCUAGGAGAUGCAGGAGAGUAUACUGUCACGGUUGGCGAAGCUAAAGCUACAGCGCGUUUAACAGUGAUUGAGAAACUCAGGAUUAUAACUCCCCUUAAGGACCAAGAAGUUAGUGAGGGUCAAGAAAUUAUCUUCAACUGUGAAGUCAAUAAAGAAGGUGCCAAAGAGAAGUGGUACAAAAACGAUGAGGCAAUAUUUGAUAGUGCAAAAUACAUUAUUGUUCAUAAGGAUUUAGUUUACACUCUCAGAAUCAGAGAUGCACAGCUGAAAGAUCAAGCUACCUAUACCAUUGCACUGUCAAACCAGAGAGGUGAACAUGUCAAAAGUUUUGCUGCCUUAACUGUAUUAGAGGAGGAUCUCAGAAUUGUUGAGCCCCUUGAAGACAUUGAGACAAUGGAAAAGAAAACUGUCACAUUCUGGUGUAAAGUCAAUCGCCUCAAUGCAACCCUCAAAUGGACAAAGAAUGGUGAAGAGAUUACAUUCGACAGGCGCAUUUUGUACAAAAUUGAUAAAUACAAACACUCACUCAUCAUUAAAGACUGUGGGUUUAUAGAUGAAGGUGAGUACACUGUCACUGCUGGACAAGACAAAUCUGUUGCAGAGCUCCUCAUCACAGAGGCACCAGCAGACUUCAUAGAACAUCUCCAAGACCAGACCGUCACAGAAUUUGAUGAUGCUGUCUUUACAUGCCAACUUACCAAAGAGAAAGCCAGUGUAAAAUGGUACAGAAAUGGAAGAGAAAUAAAAGAAGGCAAAAAAUACCAGUUUGAAAAAGAUGGAAAUCUGCACAGAUUAAUCAUUAAAGACUGCAGACUAGAUGAUGAGUGUGAAUAUUCCUGUGGCGUAGACGACAGGAAAUCUAGGGCAAGACUUUUUGUUGAAGAAAUCCCUGUUGAGAUCAUUCGACCACCACAAGAUAUUUAUGAACCUCCGGGUACAGAUGUCAUCUUCAUGGCUGAGUUGAACAAAGAUGGUGUGGAGGUCAAGUGGUUGAGAAACAACAUGAUUAUUAUCCAAGGUGACAAACAUCAGAUGAUGAGUGAAGGAAAGGUCCACAGGCUGCAGGUGUGCGAUAUAAAGCCACGUGACCAAGGGGAAUACAGAUUUAUUGCCAAAGAUAAGGAAGCUAGAGCUAAGCUUGAAUUAGCUGCUGCACCCAGAAUCAAGACUGGUGAUCAAAACCUUGUGGUUGAUGUUGGGAAACCUUUAACUAUGACUGUUCCAUAUGAUGCCUACCCAAGAGCAGAAGCUGAAUGGUUGAAAGGGGAAGAAAAUCUGCCUACAACAACUGUUGAUACAACAACUGACUGUACUACCUUCAAAAUUUAUGAAGCAAAGAAAUCAGAUAAGGGAAGGUACAAGGUUAUACUUCGAAACAAACAUGGCCAGGCAGAAGCAUUCAUCAACGUAAAGGUCAUUGAUGUUCCAGGUCCAGUUAGAAACUUGGAAGUCACUGAAAUUUAUGAUGGUGAAGUUGGCCUUGCCUGGCAAGAACCAGAAAGUGAUGGUGGAAGUAAAAUAAUAGGCUAUGUUGUUGAAAGACGUGAUAUCAAGCGCAAAACCUGGAUUAUGGUCACUGAUCGUGCCGAAAAUUGUGAAUACACUGUUACUGGACUACAAAAAGGAGGUGUUGAGUACCUCUUCCGUGUUAGCGCACGGAACAGAGUGGGCACUGGUGAGCCCGUUGAAACAGAUACACCUGUGGAAGCUAAGAGCAAAUUUGAUGUUCCUGGACCUCCGCAGAAUGUAGAAGUUACCGAUGUGAACAGGUUUGGAGCUACACUUACCUGGGAACCACCUGAGUACGAUGGAGGAUCUCCAGUCACUGGCUAUGUUAUUGAACUGCGUAACAGAGCUUCCAUCAAAUGGGAGCCAACUAUGACCACUGGAGCUGAUGAACUGUCAGCCGUCCUGACUGAUGUUGUGGAAAAUGAAGAAUAUUUCUUCAGAGUAAGAGCUCAAAACAUGGUUGGAGUUGGCAAACCAAGUCCUGCUACACGUGCAGUAAAAAUUAUGGACCCAAUCAAGAGACCAAGUCCUCCCAUUAACCUUGAUCAUUCAGAUCAAACUAAGUCCUCAGUGCAGCUCACAUGGGAACCUCCUCUCGAUGAUGGAGGAAGUCCAGUCUUAGGCUAUAUUGUUGAAAGGCAAGAAGAAGGAACAGACAAGUGGAUUCGCUGUAACCCAAAAUUAGUACCUGCUCUUACUUUUAAGGUUACUGGAUUGAAACCAGGAUCCAGUUAUUACUACAGAGUCUCAGCAGAAAAUGCAGCUGGUGUGUCAGACCCAGCAGAGGCUAUUGGACCAUUAACUGCAGAUGAUACUUUUGUUGGACCUACAAUGGACCUAAGUGCAUUUAAAGAUGGGCUGGAAGUUAUUGUUCCGGAGCCAAUCAAGAUCCGUGUUCCUAUCACUGGCUACCCUGUGCCAACUGCCACAUGGUCUUUUGGUAACCAGGUCUUAGAAGAGGGUGAUCGUGUAACAAUGAAGACAACUGCUUCCUUUGCAGAGCUUGUAAUUACUCCAAGUGAACGUCCAGACAAGGGAAUUUAUGCCUUAACAUUAGAAAACCCUGUGUCAUCUGUUUCAGGAGAAAUUAACGUUAAUGUAAUCGCUCGUCCAAGUGCACCAAGAGAACUCAAAGUUUUAGACAUAAUCAGGAACACAGUACUGUUGUCAUGGGAACCUCCAGAAGAUGAUGGUGGAAGUCCAGUUACUGGCUAUAUAAUUGAAAAACGUGAAGUAAGCCGGAAAACAUGGAGCAAAGUUAUGGAUCAUGUUGUUGACCAAGAGUUCACUGUACCUGACCUCAUCCAAGAAAAAGAAUAUUUGUUCAGAGUUUCUGCAUGCAAUAAAUGUGGCCCAGGAGAACCUGCAUAUAUUGAUGAACCAGUAAAUAUGUCAGUACCAGCAACGGUGCCUGAUCCACCAGAGAAUGUUAAAUGGAGGAACCCAACAUCAAAAGGAAUCUUCCUAACAUGGGACCCUCCUAAAUAUGAUGGUGGUGCCCGCAUUAAAGGUUAUCUGGUAGAAAAAUCUCAGCGUGGUACAGACAAGUGGGAGACUUGUGGGGAACCUGUUGUUGAAACAAAGAUGGAAGUAACAAAACUCAAGGAAGGAGAGUGGUAUGCAUAUCGGGUUAAGGCUUUGAACAGAAUAGGAGCUAGCAAGCCAAGUAAGCCAACAGAUGAUAUUCAAGCCAUUGAUGCAAAAGAGGCUCCAGAAAUUUUCUUAGAUGUGAAGCUUCUUGCUGGACUUACAGUGAAAGCUGGAACUAAAAUUGAGCUGCCAGCUAAAGUGGUUGGAAAGCCUGAGCCACAGGUUACUUGGACCAAGGCUGACAAAAUUUUGAGGCCUGAUGACAGAAUUACCAUUGAAACCAAACCUAAUCAUUCUACAGUCACUAUUACAGACAGCAAGAGGAGUGACAGUGGAACCUAUAUUAUAGAAGCUGUAAAUACCAGUGGGCGUGCUACUGCUGUUGUUGAAGUUAAUGUUCUUGAUAAACCUGGGCCACCGGCUGCAUUUGAUGUAUCAGAAAUCACAAAUGAAUCCUGUCUUCUGACAUGGAAUCCUCCACGAGAUGAUGGGGGUUCUAAAAUUACUAACUAUGUCCUUGAGAAAAGAGCUACAGACAGUGAAAUAUGGCAUAAGUUGUCAUCAACUAUAAAGGAUACAAAUUUCAGAGCUACCAAUUUAACUCCUCGUAAAGAAUAUGUGUUCCGAGUUAGCGCCGAGAACAUGUAUGGCAUUGGGGAGCCAGUAGAGUGCAGCCCCAUCAUUGCAAAAUAUUCAUUUGAUCCACCAGGCCCUCCAACAGGUCUCAAGCCUACAGAGGUCACCAAAGACUCAGUCACCCUAACAUGGAAUGAACCAGAUGAAGAUGGUGGCAGCCCCAUAACUGGCUACUGGGUUGAAAGAUAUGAUCCUGAGCAGGAUAAAUGGAUAAAAUGCAAUAAAAUGCCAGUGAAAGAUACAACAUUCAAAGUUAAAGGUCUUACAAAUAAGAAGAAAUAUAAGUUCCGUGUCUUGGCAGAGAAUCUUGCAGGACCUGGAAAACCAAGCAAGGAAACAGAGCCGAUCUUAGUGAAAGACCCAAUUGAUCCACCAUGGCCUCCUGGAAAGCCAACUGUGAAAGAUGUUGGCAAGACAUCAUUAUCCCUUAGCUGGACAAAACCAGAACAUGAUGGAGGGGCAAAGAUCGAAUCUUAUGUCAUUGAACUAUUAAAGACUGGAACAGAUGAGUGGGUGAGAGUGGCUGAAGGAGUUCCCACAACUGAACACUUCCUUAAAGGGCUUAUGGAGAAACAAGAAUAUUCAUUCCGUGUAAGAGCUGUGAAUAAGGCUGGUGAGAGUGAGCCCAGUGAGCCCAGCGACCCUGUGCUGUGCAAGGAGAGGCUCUAUCCUCCUUCACCACCUCGGUGGCUUGAGGUUAUUAAUAUUACUAAAAACACAGCAGAUCUUAAAUGGACAGUACCAGAGAAGGAUGGAGGUUCCCCAAUUACCAACUACAUUGUUGAAAAGAGAGAUGUAAGGCGUAAAGGCUGGCAGACAGUUGAUACAACAGUGAAAGAUACCAAGUACACAGUGAGCCCACUGACUGAAGGCUCAUUGUAUGUGUUCCGUGUGGCUGCUGAAAAUGCCAUUGGACAGAGUGAUUAUUGUGAAAUAGAAGAUUCAGUGCUUGCUAAAGAUACUUUCACAACUCCUGGUCCUCCAUAUGCUCUUACAAUAGUUGAGGUGACAAAAGGUCAUGUGGAUUUGAAAUGGGAACCACCUAAGAAUGAUGGUGGCAGACCAAUUCAAAGAUAUGUUAUUGAAAAGAAAGAAAAACUAGCCACUCGCUGGGUAAAAGCCGGCAAGACAGCUGGUCCAGACUGCAAUUUCAGAGUGACUGAUGUCAUCGAAGGUACAGAUGUACAGUUCCAGGUUCGUGCAGAAAAUGAAGCUGGCUGUGGUCACCCCAGUGAACCAACUGACCUCAUUCAUAUUGAAGAUCCAACAAGUCCUCCUUCACCUCCUCAGGAUUUACAUGUCACAGAUGCAGGUCGAAAGCAUAUUUGCAUUGCAUGGAAACCACCUGAAAAGAAUGGUGGAAGCCCUAUUAUUGGGUAUAAUGUUGAGAUGUGCGAAGCAGGAACAGAAAAAUGGAUGCGGAUCAAUUCUCGUCCAAUAAAAGAUCUAAAAUGUAAAGUGGAGGAAGGUGUUGUUCCAGACAAAGAAUAUGUGCUGAGAGUCAGAGCUGUCAAUGCUGUUGGAGCUAGUGAGCCAUCAGACAUCUCAGAAAAAGUUGUUGCCAAGGACCCAGACUGUAAUCCAACCAUUGAUCUACAAACUCGUGACAUUGUUGUUGUUAAAGGACAGAAAUUAAGUAUUCCUGUACCCUUCAGAGCUGUUCCAUCGCCAACUAUCACAUGGCACAAGGAUGGCAAAGAGUUGAAAGCUGGUGACAGAACAACAAUGAAGAGUGAUUACAACUCUGCAUUGCUUGAAGUCAUAGAUAGUGUUCAUGCUGAUGCUGGUGUUUAUACCAUCACAUUGGAGAACAAGCUGGCAUCAACAACUGGUUCAGUCAAUGUCAAAGUCAUAGGUCCACCUGGACAGUGUAAAGACAUUAAGGCAAGCGAAGUAACUAAGAAUUCUUGCAAAAUAUCCUGGGAACCUCCAGACUUUGAUGGUGGCACUCCUAUUCUACAUUAUGUUCUGGAGCGCAGAGAAGCUGGUCGUAGAACAUAUAUCCCAGUUAUGUCUGGUGAAAAUAAGCUUUCAUGGCAAGUCAAAGAUCUUAUCCCAAACAGUGAAUAUUAUUUCCGUGUUAAAGCUGUCAAUAAGAUUGGAGGAGGUGAAUAUCUUGAACUAAGAAACCCAAUCAUUGCAGAAGACCCGAAGCAGCCUCCAGAUCCUCCUGUUGACCUUGAAGUCCAUAAUCCAACAUCAAAAUCAGUAACACUUACAUGGAAACCACCCCUGUUUGAUGGUGGAAGCAAGAUUAUGGGCUACAUAAUAGAAAAGCUCGCUAAGGGCAAGGAGAGGUGGGAGAGGUGCAAUGACUAUCUGGUACCCCUGUUAACUUAUCCAGUGAAAGGUCUUGAGGAAGGAAAGGAAUAUCAGUUUCGUGUUCGUGCUGAGAAUGCUGCUGGCAUUAGUGAGCCUUCUCGGAUUACUCCUUUUGUGAAAGCUGUGGAUCCUAUUGAGGCUCCAAAAGUCUUCCUAGCUGCAAACCUACAGUCUGGCCUUGAGGUGAAAAGAGGUGAUGAGAUCAUACUUGAGGCACAUAUUUCAGGGUCACCUUAUCCAUCUAUCACUUGGCUGAGGAAUGAUGAAGUUGUCACACCAGAGGAAAUCAAAAAGAGAGUACAAACAUAUACGAGGAAGAAGAAGGAUGAAGCUGAAGAAGAGAAACCUUUCCAGCUUUCACUGCCAGAACGUAUGAGUAUUGACAACCAUAAAGAAGGAGAGUCUAUACUAUCAAUUCGUGACUCCAUCAGAGCUGACCAUGGCACAUUUACAAUUAAAGUGGAAAAUGAUCACGGUGUUGCAAAAGCCUCAUGUGAAGUCAAUGUUUUAGAUACCCCUGGGCCUCCAAUCAACUUUGUAUUUGAAGAUGUCAGGAAAAAUUCUGUCAUUUGCAAGUGGGAGCCUCCCCUUGAUGAUGGUGGAAGUGAAAUCCUAAACUAUGUACUGGAAAAGAAAGACAAUACCAAAGCUGAAAUGGGCUGGGUCACUGUCAGUUCAACACUCAGACAUUGCAAAUUCCAUGUAACAAAACUGAUUGAAGGAAAAGAAUAUCUCUUCCGUGUAUUUGCAGAAAAUAGAGUUGGAUCAGGGCCACCAUGUGUUUCAAAACCAAUAACAGCAAAAGAUCCUUUCUCUCCACCAGAUCCACCUAAUAAGCCUGAUGUGGAGGAUGUUACCAGCAACAGUAUGUUGGUUAAAUGGAAUGAACCAAAAGACAAUGGCAGCCCAAUCAUAGGAUAUUGGAUUGAAAAACGUGAAAUUAAUAGUACUCAUUGGGCUCGGGUCAACAGGAGCCUUGUGAAUGCUCUGGAAAUAAAAGUUGACGGACUAUUGGAAGGCUUAACCUACAUCUUUAGAGUAUGUGCUGAAAAUGCAGCUGGUCCUGGGAAAUUUAGUCCCCCAUCAGAUCCAAAAACUGCACAGGACCCAAUAAUGCCACCUGGUCCACCGAUUCCAAGGGUUGCUGAUACAAGCUCAACUUCGAUUGAGUUAGAAUGGGAGCCUCCUGUGUAUAAUGGUGGUGGAGAUAUCACCGGUUACCAUGUAUAUAAACAACUGGUGGGAGUAAACGAGUGGUCACGUUGCACAGAGAAACCCAUUAAGGUCCGAGAGUAUACUGUUAAAGAAGUCAGAGAAGGUGCAGACUAUAAACUCCGUGUUACUGCACUUAAUGCAGCUGGUGAAGGACCACCUGGUGAAACCGAGCCCACAACAGUUGCAGAACCUAAAGAGCCUCCCACAGUUGAGCUGGAUGUUUCUGUCAAAGCAGGCAUUCAGGUCAUGGCUGGACAAACUAUUAAAAUUCCUGCUACUGUGACAGGACGCCCUACUCCCACCAUUGUAUGGGCUGUGGAAGAGGGUGAAUUAGACAAAGAUCGAGUUGUUAUUGAAAAUGUUGGCACAAAAUCUGAAUUAACCAUUAAGAAUGCAUUAAGAAAAGACCAUGGAAGAUACCUAAUUACUGCUACCAAUAGCAGUGGCUCCAAAUCUGCAGGAACCAGAGUAGAAGUAUUUGAUGUUCCUGGGCCAGUCCUUGACCUAAAGCCAGUGGUCACAAACAGAAAGAUGUGUUUGCUGAACUGGUCUGAUCCUGAAGAUGAUGGUGGCAGUGAUAUCACAGGCUUUAUUGUUGAGCGGAAGGAUGCCAAAAUGCAUACAUGGAGACUAGCUGUAGACACAGAGAGAUCUAAAUGUGAUAUAACAGGUCUAGUUGAAGGGCAAGAAUAUAAAUUCCGUGUUAGUGCCAAGAAUAAGUUUGGUACUGGUCCACCUGUUGAAAUAGGACCUAUUCUCGCAGUUGAUCCAUUAGGUCCUCCAACAGCACCUGAGAGGUUUAUGUACACAGAGAGGACAAAGUCAAGCAUUACACUUGAUUGGAAACCUCCACGUAGUGAUGGUGGCAGUCCAAUCUUAGGAUAUAUUGUUGAGAAGAGGAGACAUGAUUCUAAAGACUAUGAAAGAGUUAAUGCAAGGCUCUGUCCAAAAACAUCUCUUCUUGUUGAUAAACUUGACGAACUUCAUAUGUAUGAAUUCCGUGUCAAAGCUGUCAAUGCUAUUGGAGAAAGUGAACCAUCAUUGCCUCUCAAUGUAGUUAUACAAGAUGAUGAAGUACCUCCAACUGUUACAUUACGCUUGGCUGUGAGAGGAGAUACUAUCAAAGUGAAGGCAGGAGAACCAGUUAAUAUUCCUGCUGAUGUGACAGGUCUGCCAAUGCCAAAGAUUGAAUGGGACAAGAAUGAAGUUUUAAUUGACCAAACAUCCGAUGCACUUAAGAUAACCAAGGAAGAAGUAUCUAGAAGUGAGGCAAAAACUGAACUUUUCCUGCCUGCAGCAGUGAGGGCUGAUAAAGGCACUUACACUGUGAGAGCUUCCAAUCGUCUUGGCACUGCAUUUCGCAAUGUGCAUGUUGAAGUGUAUGAUCGUCCUUCUCCACCAAGGAAUCUUGCUGUUUCUGAUAUUAAAGCAGAAUCAUGCUAUUUAACAUGGGAUGCGCCUCUUGAUAAUGGUGGUAGUGAAAUUACCCAUUACAUUAUUGAGAAGCGUGAUGCUAGUAGGAAGAAAGCUGAGUGGGAAGAAGUCUCCAAAAGUGUUGUUGACAGAAGAUUUGGGGUAUGGAAUCUUGCAACAAAUGAAAAAUAUCAAUUUAGAGUCCGGGCUGUAAACAAAUAUGGAAUAAGUGAUGAAUGCCUCUCAGAAAAAGUUGUUAUUAAGGAUCCCUAUGGCCUUCCUGGACCCCCCGGCAAGCCAAAAAUUUUAGAUCGCACCAGAUCAUCAAUGCUGGUGACUUGGGAGCCUCCUUUGAAUGAUGGUGGCAGCCCAAUAACUGGCUAUUGGUUGGAGAAAAGAGAGGUGGGAGGUGUCUACUGGUCACGUGUUAACAGGGCUCCAGUAACAAAGCCAUCAGUAAAAGGUCUACAGUACAAUGUGCUUCGUUUGGCUGAAGGUGUUGAAUACCAGUUUAGAGUUAUGGCUGAAAAUCUUGCUGGAAUUGGUCCUCCCAGUGAACCAUCUGAUCCUGCCUUAGCAGCAGAUCCCAUAUUUGUUCCUGGUCCACCAUCUUGCCCAGAGGUCAAAGAUAAAACCAAAUCAUCUGUAGCUCUUGCAUGGAAGCCUCCACAAAAGGAUGGUGGCAGUCCUAUAAAAGGAUAUAUUGUUGAAAUGCAAGAUGAAGGUAGUUCUGACUGGAAGAAGGUGAAUGAAGGAGACAAACUCUUUCCUACUUGUGAAUGUGUUAUUCCCAACUUGAAAGAGCUCAGAAAAUAUCGAUUUAGGGUGAAAGCUGUAAAUGCUGCUGGAGAAUCAGAACCAAGUCCUGCAACAUCAGAAAUACCUGUCCAAGAUAUUCUAGAGGAACCAGAAAUCUUCCUUGAUAUUGGAGCACAGGAUUUUCUCUCUUGUCGUGCUGGCACAACAAUUAAAAUCCCAGCUGUUAUCAAGGGUCGUCCAGUUCCAAAAACAUUCUGGGAGUUUGAAGGAAAAGCAAAGACAACAGCAAAGGAGGGUGGUCAUAAUAUACCUGAAGAAGCUCAGGUGGAAGCAACUGAAACACAUUCAGCGAUUAUCAUCCCUGAGUGCAACAGAAGUCAUUCUGGACGAUACAGCAUCACAGCAAAGAACAAAGCAGGACAAAAAACUGUGCAUGUCAGAGUCAAUGUGCUUGAUGUCCCAGGUCCACCAAAAGACCUAAAAGUAAGUGAUAUCACAAGAGGUAGUUGUAAACUUUCAUGGAAGAUGCCAGAUGAUGAUGGUGGAGAUAGAAUCAGAGGCUACGUUAUAGAAAAAAGAACUAUCGAUGGGAAGGCCUGGACUAAAGUCAAUGCAAAUUGUGGAAGUACUUCCUUUGUUGUACCUGAUCUCAUAUCUGGCCAAGAGUAUUUCUUCCGGGUACGUGCAGAAAACCGUUUUGGUGUUGGCCCUCCUGCAGAAACCAUUCAACGGACCACAGCCAGGGAUCCAAUCCAUCCUCCUGAUCCACCUAUUAAACUAAAGAUUGGCCUUGUAACUAAGAACACAGUGAGUUUGACAUGGAAACCACCAAAGAAUGAUGGUGGGGCUCCUGUUACACAUUAUAAUGUUGAAUGUCUCCGCUGGGAUCGUACGGGAGAAGUGAAGGAGACUUGGAAGCAAUGCAACAGACGUGACGUGGAAGAAACGAAGUUUACUGUUGAGGACCUUGUCGAAGGUGGAGAAUACGAAUUCAGAGUCAAAGCUGUAAAUAUAGCAGGUCCUAGUAGGCCUUCAGCCACUGUUGGCCCACUUGUUGUCAAAGACCAGACAUGCCCACCAUCUAUUGAACUCAAAGAAUUCAUGGAGGUUGAAGAAGGAACAGAUGUCAACAUUGUGGCCAAGAUAAAGGGUGUACCCUUUCCCACAUUAACAUGGCUAAAAGCUUCUCCAAAGAAACCAGAUGACAAAACACCAGUGAUGUACGAUCAACAUGUCAACAAGAUUGUUGGUGAAGAUAGCUGCACUUUAUUAAUUCAACAAUCUCGGAGAAAUGAUACAGGCUUAUAUACUAUAACAGCUGCAAAUAAUCUGGGAACUGCUUCAAAGGAGAUGAGACUAAACGUUCUUGGCCGUCCUGGACCUCCAGUAGGACCUAUUAAAUUUGAAUCCAUUUUGGCUGAUAAAAUGACAAUAUCAUGGCUUCCUCCAUUGGAUGAUGGUGGUUCUAAGAUUACAAACUAUGUUAUAGAGAAAAAAGAAGCAAAUAGGAAGACAUGGGUACCUGUUACUAAUGAGCCUAAGGAAUGCUUAUUCACUGUUCCCAAGUUGAUGGAAGGCCAUGAAUAUGUGUUCCGUAUUAUGGCACAAAACAAAUAUGGUAUUGGAGAACCUUUGGAUAGUGAACCAGAAACAGCACGAAACCUUUUCACUGUUCCUGGACCUUGUGACAAGCCAACAGUUAGCAGUAUAACACGUGACUCAAUGACUGUAAACUGGGAAGAACCAGAACAUGAUGGUGGCUCUCCUAUUACUGGUUACUGGUUGGAGCGCAAGGAGACUAGUGGAAAGAGAUGGACCAGGGUUAAUCGUGAUCCUAUCAAACCUAUGACACUAGGAGUUUCAUACAAAGUUACAGGUCUUAUUGAAGGCUCAGAAUAUCAGUUCCGUGUUUCAGCUAUCAAUGCAGCUGGUGUUGGCCCACCAAGCAUGCCAUCUGAUCCAGCAGUUGCUAGAGAUCCUAUUGCCCCACCUGGCCCUCCUAUUCCAAAAGUUACUGAUUGGACAAAGUCUUCUGUGGACUUGGAAUGGUCUCCACCACUAAAGGAUGGUGGUUCCAGGGUCACUGGCUACAUUGUUGAGUAUAAAGAGGAAGGAAAGGAAGAAUGGGAACGGGUAAAAGAUAAAGAAAUUAGAGGAACAAAGUUUGUUGUGGCGGGAUUAAAAGAAGGAUGUUUUUACAAAUUUAGAGUUAGAGCAGUGAAUGCUGCUGGCAUCGGUGAGCCUGGAGAAGUUACAGACAUUAUCGAAAUGAAGGACAGAAUUGUGGCUCCUGAUAUUAAUUUGGAUGCAAGUGUCAGGGACAGAAUUGUUGUUCAUGCUGGAGGAGUAAUUCGAAUCAUAGCAUAUGUCUCAGGAAAACCAGCUCCAACAGUGACGUGGAGUAGGGAUGACCAAGCUUUACCAGAAGAAGCCAAAAUUGAAGAAACAGCUAUUAGUUCUUCUUUGGUUAUCAAGAAUUGCAAGAGAAGCCAUCAGGGUCUAUACACUUUACUUGCUAAAAAUGCUGGUGGUGAGCGGAAGAAGAAUAUUAUUGUUGAUGUGCUAGAUGUGCCAGGCCCAGUUGGAAUGCCAUUCCUUACUGAGAACCUGACCAAUGACUCUUGCAAAUUGACAUGGUUUACACCAGAAGAUGAUGGUGGUUCUCCUAUUACCAACUAUAUCAUUGAAAAACGUGAAUCUGACCAUAGAGCUUGGACUCCAGUAAGCUACACAGUUACAAGACAAAAUGCUACUGUUCAGGGACUCAUUGAAGGGAAAGCUUACUUUUUCCGAAUUGCAGCUGAGAAUAUAAUUGGCAUGGGUCCAUUCACAGAGACUACCAAAGAAAUUGUUAUUAGAUCUCCUAUAACUGUUCCUGACCGUCCAGAAGACCUGGAAGUAAAAGCAGUUACCAAGAACUCUGUUACAUUAACUUGGAAUCCUCCAAAAUAUGAUGGAGGCUCAGAAAUCACCAUGUAUGUUCUAGAGAGCCGUCUCAUUGGAAAAGAGAAAUUCCACAAAGUUACAAAGGAGAAAAUGCUUGAUAGGAAAUACACUGUAGAAGGCUUGAAAGAGGGUGACACCUAUGAGUAUCGUGUGAGUGCUUGCAAUAUUGUGGGGCAAGGCAAACCAUCAUUUUGCACAAAACCAAUCACCUGCAAGGAUGAAAUUGCUCCUCCAUCACUUGACCUUGACUUCAGAGACAAGCUUAUUGUUAGGGUUGGUGAAGCUUUCAGCCUGACUGGACGUUACUCAGGCAAGCCCACACCAAAGGUUACUUGGCUAAAGGAUGAUAUUGUUGUAAAAGAAGAUGACCGUACAAAGAUCAAGACAACUCCUACAACUCUUUGCCUGGGGAUUGUAAAAUCUGUCCGUGAAGACUCAGGCAAAUAUUGUGUUACUGUGGAAAACAGCACAGGAUCAAGAAAAGGAUUUUGUCAAGUUAAUGUUGUUGAUCGCCCAUCACCUCCAGUAGGCCCAGUUAUAUUCGAUGAAGUUCAUAAAGAUCACAUGAUAGUUUCCUGGAAACCUCCAUUAGAUGAUGGAGGCAGUGAAAUUACAAAUUACAUUAUUGAGAAGAAGGAUACACACAGAGAUUUGUGGAUGCCAGUUACAUCAGCCACAGUAAAGACCACAUGCAAAAUUCCUAAACUGCUUGAAGGAAGAGAAUAUCAAAUUCGAAUUUAUGCUGAAAAUCUGUACGGCAUAAGUGAUCCUCUCAUCUCUGAUGAGAUGAAAGCCAAGGACCGUUUCCGUGUUCCUGAUGCACCUGAGCAACCAAUCAUUAAGGAUGUUACCAAAGACUCUGCAGUAGUGGUUUGGAAUAAACCAUAUGAUGGAGGCAAACCAAUAACAAACUAUAUUGUAGAAAAGAAGGAAACAAUGGCUCCAAGAUGGGUCAGAGUUACCAAAGACACGAUUUUCCCUGGUACUCAGUUCAAAGUACCUGACCUCCUUGAAGGCUGUCAAUAUGAAUUCCGUGUUUCAGCAGAAAACGAAAUCGGUGUUGGUGAUCCUAGUCCACCAUCAAAGCCAAUUUUUGCUAGAGAUCCAAUCGCAAAACCAAGUCCACCCAUUAAUCCAGAAGCAGUAGAUAAAACUAAAAAUUCAGUUGAUUUAUCUUGGCAACCACCACGUCAUGAUGGUAAUGGCAAGAUAAUUGGCUACCUUGUUGAAUAUCAGAAGGUUGGAGAUGAAGAAUGGAAAAAGGCUAAUCUUGCAGCAGAUUCUUGUCCUGAAACAAAAUACAAAGUCACUGGCCUUACUGAGGGUUUGACCUAUAAAUUCAGGGUCAAGGCAGUCAAUGCAGCAGGUGAAUCUGAACCAGCCUAUGUUCCUGAUCCAGUAGAAGUAAAGGACAGACUUGAACCUCCUGAGCUGAUACUUGAUGCUAACAUGGCCCGAGAACAGCAUGUAAAAGCUGGAGAUACCCUGAGACUUAGUGCUGUUAUUAAAGGCGUUCCAUUCCCAAAAGUUACGUGGAAGAAAGAAGAUCAUGAGGUCUCACCCAAAGCUGACAUUGAGGUUACAGGAGUUGGCAGUAAGCUUGAAAUUCGUAACACUGUCCAUGAAGAUGGUGGAAUUUACUCCCUGACAGUUGAAAAUCCAGCUGGUUCAAAGACUGUUUCAGUAAAAGUUGUGGUCUUAGAUAAGCCUGGACCACCUAGAAAUCUGCAAGUCAGUGAAGUUAGAAGCGAUUCUUGCUAUCUCACAUGGAUGGAACCAGAAGAUGAUGGUGGCUCUGUCAUUACCAACUAUGUGGUGGAAAGAAAAGAUGUAGCUUCUGCACAGUGGGUAGCCAUCUCAUCAUCCUCCAAGAAACGUAGUCACUUGGCUAAAUAUCUGAUGGAAGGUACUCAGUAUGUCUUCCGAGUUGCAGCUGAGAAUCAGUAUGGUAGAGGUCCAUACGUGGAAACGCUCAAGCCUAUUAAAGCUAUAGAUCCACUCCAUCCUCCAGGGCCACCAAAGAAUCUGCAUCAUGUAGAUGUUGACAAGACUGAAGUUUCCCUUGCUUGGAAUAAACCAGAUCGUGAUGGUGGUGCUGAGAUAACUGGAUAUUUAGUGGAAUACCAAGAAGAUGGUGCAGAUGAGUGGACAAAGUUCCAGACAGUCCCUAUGCUAGACUGUGUUGUUACAGGCCUGCAAAAAGGAAAAAUAUACAAAUUCCGUGUGAAAGCUCAGAAUAUCGUUGGUCUUAGCCUUCCAGAUACAACUAUACCAAUAGAGUGUCAAGAAAAAUUGGUGCCUCCAUCUGUGGACCUAGAUGUGAAAUUGAUUGAAGGUCUUGUUGUUAAAGCUGGCACCACAGUAAGACUUCCUGCAAUUAUGAGAGGUGUGCCAGUUCCCACUGCAAAAUGGGCUACUGAUGGCAUUGAAAUUAAAUCAGAUGGUAGAUACAAGAUUGAGACUGACAAUUAUUCGACUGUACUUACCAUCAAAGACUGUAUAAGGAAAGAUACAGGAGAAUAUCUGCUCACAGUAUCUAAUGCAGCUGGCAGCAAAACUGUUGCACUACAUCUUACAGUUUUGGAUGUUCCUGGCCCACCAACUGGUCCUGUUAAUAUUCUUGAAGUAACACCAGAACAUAUGGUUAUUUCUUGGCGCCCUCCUAAAGAUGAUGGUGGGAGUCCUAUAAUAAAUUAUAUUGUUGAGAAGCGUCAAUCAAAGAAAGAAACUUGGGGAGUGGUUAGCUCUGGAACAAGUCACACAAAAAUUAAGAUUCCACGACUGCAGAAAGGCUGUGAAUAUAUUUUCCGUGUCCGGGCAGAAAAUAAGAUAGGAAUUGGUGCACCCCUUGAUUCAGAACCAACAGUUGCUAAACAUAUGUUUGAUCCACCAUCCCCACCUGGUAAACCAACUGUUUAUGAUAUUACAGAAAAUGCUGCAACAGUGUCUUGGACCCUACCAAAAUCUGAUGGUGGAACUCCAAUAACUGGUUAUAUACUUGAACGUCGGGAAGCGUCUGGGAAAUGGGUGCGUGUCAAUAAGGCACCAAUACUUGAUAUGAAAUACAGAGUCACUGGUCUUUUUGAAGGCAACACGUAUGAAUUCAGAGUUUUUGCAGAAAACAUGGUGGGCUUAAGCAAACCAUCUCCAAGCUCUGAUCCAAUAAAAGCCUCACGUCCUAUCACUCCUCCUGGACCACCUAUUAAUCCAAAACUAAAAGACAAAACCAAAGAAACAGCUGAUCUUGUGUGGACAAAGCCCCUCAAAGAUGGUGGCAGCCCAAUCCUGGGAUACAUUGUGGAAUGUCAGAAAACUGGAACUACGCAGUGGAAUAGGAUUAACAAAGAUGACCUCAUUAGACAAUGUGCUUUCAGAGUACCUGGGUUAAUAGAAGGAAAUGAAUAUAAAUUCCGAAUAAAAGCUGUUAACAUUGUGGGAGAGGGAGAACCAAGAGAACUGGCAGAAACUGUACUUGCAAAGGAUAUUCUUUCUCCUCCAGAAGUAAGCCUAGAUGUGACCUGUCGAGAUAUAAUUACUGUCCGAGUAGGCCAAACAAUCCGUAUUACUGGUAAAGUAAAAGGCAGGCCAGAUCCUGACAUAACAUGGUCUAAAGAUGGCAAAAUAUUAGUCCAAGAAAAACUUGUUGAAAUAGUCCAAGAUCUACCUAAUGUUGAACUGCAAGUGAAAGAAGCCAAAAGAUCUGAUCAUGGCAAAUAUAUAAUAGCAGCUAAGAACAGCUGUGGACAUGCUCAAGCUUUUGCUGUUGUUAAUGUACUUGACAGACCUGGACCAUGUCAGAACCUGAAAAUAAGCUAUGUCACUAAAGAUUCUUGUAUGAUCUCUUGGGAGAGUCCAGUGGAUAAUGGUGGCUCUGAAAUUACAAACUACAUAGUAGAGAGCCGUCAACCAAACCAGAGGGGGUGGUCAAUUGUCUCCUCUGAUAUCACUAAGCGAUUAAUAAAGGCAAACCUGAUAGAGAACCGUGAAUACUUCUUCAGGGUUUGUGCAGAAAACAAAAUAGGUCCAGGUCCUUGCAUUGAGACCAAGACUCCUAUCCUUGCCAUCAAUCCUAUUGACAAGCCUGGAGAACCGGAAAAUCUUCACAUUGCAGAGAAAGGAAAGACAUUUGUAUAUCUGAAAUGGAGAAGGCCAGAUUAUGAUGGUGGAAGUCCCAAUUUAAGUUAUCAUGUUGAGAGAAAACUGAAAGAUUCAGAUGAAUGGGAAAGGGUUCACAAAGGCAGCAUUAAGGAAACACACUACAUGGUAGAUAAAUGUAUUGAAAAUAAGAUUUACGAAUUCAGAGUUCAAACCAAGAAUGAGGCAGGUGAAAGUAACUGGGUAAAAACAGGUGAAGUUACUGUGAAGGAAGAUCUGCAAAAACCAGUUCUAGACUUAAAGUUAAGUGGUGUGCUAACUGUAAAAGCAGGUGACACAAUUAGAAUUGAAGCUGGAGUCAGAGGAAAACCACAGCCUGAAGUUGUAUGGACAAAAGACAAAGAUGCCACAGAUCUAACUAGAUCUCCAAGAGUCAGCAUUGAAACAACUUCUGACACAUCUAAGUUUGUUCUCACAAAAUCAAGACGUAGUGAUGGUGGGAAAUACGUGAUCACUGCAACUAACACAGCUGGUAGUUUUGUAGCAUAUGCUACGGUUAUUGUCUUGGAUAAACCAGGUCCUGUAAGAAACUUGAAAGUCACUGACAUUUCAAGUGAUAGAUGUACUGUUUCUUGGGACCCUCCAGAAGAUGAUGGUGGUUGUGAAAUACAGAACUACAUCCUGGAAAAAUGUGAAAGCAAGCGUAUGGUUUGGUCUACAUACUCUUCCUCUGUUUUAACAAACUAUGCAAAUGUGACACGCCUUAUUGAAGGUAAUGAAUAUAUAUUUAGAGUUCGUGCAGAGAAUAAAAUGGGCACUGGUCCACCAACAGAAACGCACCCAAUUAUUGCAAAAACAAAAUAUGAUAGACCUGGACGCCCUGACCCUCCAGACGUCACAAGAGUUAGCAAAGAAGAGAUGACUGUAGUUUGGAAUCCACCAGAAUAUGAUGGUGGGAAAUCCAUUACAGGAUACAUUUUAGAGAAGAAAGAGAAACGAUCACUGAGAUGGGUUCCUGUUACUAAGACUGCAAUCCCAGAGAGACGCAAGAAGGUUACUAAUCUCAUCCCUGGUCAUGAGUAUCAAUUCCGUGUCAGUGCUGAAAAUGAAAUUGGACUUGGAGAACCAAGUUUGCCAUCAAGACCUGUAGUAGCAAAAGACCCAAUAGAACCACCUGGUCCUCCCACAAACCUGAGAGUGGUUGAUAGCACAAAGAGUUCAAUAACUCUUGGCUGGGGAAAACCGGUGUAUGAUGGUGGUGCUCCAAUUAUUGGAUAUGUUGUAGAAAUUAGACCAAAAGUUGAGGGUGCUGAUCCUGAAGCAGGAUGGAAACGAUGCAAUGUUGCUGCCCAAGUUAUUCACACAGAAUUUACAGCCACCAGCCUGGAUGAAAACCAGUUGUACGAGUUCAGAGUUUCUGCUCAAAACCAGGUUGGUCUUGGCCGACCAGCUGAACUGAAAGAAGCUGUGUCUCCCAAAGAAAUACUUGAACCUCCUGAGAUUGAGUUGGAUGCAAGCAUGAGAAAGUUAGUCACAGUCAGGGCAGGAUGCCCUAUUAGGCUUUUUGCCAUUGUUAGGGGUCGCCCAGCACCAAAAGUCACCUGGAGGAGAAUGGGUAUUGAUAAUGUUAUCAGAAAAGGACAAGUUGAUCUGGUUGACACUAUGGCCUUCUGUGUCAUUCCCAAUUCAACACGUGAUGACUCAGGCAAAUAUUCACUGACACUUGUUAACGCAGCUGGAGAAAAGGCUGUAUUUGUGAACGUCAGAGUCCUGGAUACUCCGGGACCUGUAUCAGACUUCAAGGUUUCAGAUGUCACUAAGAUGUCAUGCCAUCUUUCAUGGGCACCUCCAGAGAAUGACGGUGGUAGCCCAGUGACUCAUUACAUCCUGCAGAAACGUGAGGCUGACAGGAAGACCUGGGGAACAGUCACUGCAGAACUGAAGAAAACUAGUUUCCAAAUAGCUAACCUUGUACCUGGAAAUGAAUAUUACUUUAGAGUAAUAGCAGUAAAUGAAUAUGGGGCAGGUGUUCCAAGUGACAUACCAAAACCAGUUCUAGCAUCAGAUCCACUAAGUGAACCUGAUCCACCACGAAAACUUGAAGUAACUGAAAUCACAAAGAAUAGUGCUACUUUAGGCUGGCUGCCACCCCUGCGUGAUGGAGGCUCUAAAGUUGAUGGGUACAUUGUUAGCUACAAAGAAGAUGACCAACCAGCAGAUCACUGGACAGAAUAUUCAGUCGUCAAAGAUCUCUCCAUUGUUGUAGCUGGUCUGAAAGAGGGAAAGAAGUACAAGUUUAGAGUGGCGGCUAGAAAUGCCGUAGGAGUAGGUUUGCCAAGAGAAACUGAAGGAGUAUUUGAAAUCAAAGAACAACUCAUUCCACCUAAGAUUUUGAUGCCUGACCAUGUUCACAUCAAAGCUGGAAAGAAACUGAGAAUUGAAGCUCAUGUAUAUGGGAAGCCUCAGCCAGUUUGUAAAUGGUUGAAAGGAGAUGAAGAUGUACUUACAUCCAGUCGCCUUGCUGUACAUAAAGCAGAAAAGUCUUCUGUUCUUAUUAUUAAGGAUGUGACUAGAAAAGAUUCUGACUUUUACACUCUUACUGCAGAAAAUAGCUCUGGUACUGAUAGUCAGAAAAUCAGAGUGAUAGUCAUGGAUAAACCAGGUCCACCACAGCCUCCAUUUGAUAUUUCUGAAAUAGAUGCAGAUGCUUGCACUCUUGCAUGGCAUAUACCUCUUGAAGAUGGUGGCAGUAACAUUACAAACUAUGUAGUUGAGAAAUGUGACGUAAGCCGAGGAGACUGGGUAACAGCUUUAGCUUCUGUCACAAAGACAAGCUGCAGAAUUGGAAAACUAAUUCCUGGAGAAGAGUAUAUGUUCCGCGUUCGUGCUGAAAAUCGUUUUGGGAUUUCUGAGCCACUUACUUCUGGAAAGAUGAUUGCAAGAUUCCCAUUUGAUGUUCCUAGUGAACCAAAGAAUGCACGUGUUACCAAGGUCAAUAAAGACUGCAUUUUUGUUGCUUGGGAUAAACCAGAUAGUGAUGGAGGCAGUCCAAUCACAGGUUAUCUCAUUGAGCGCAAAGAAAGGAACAGUUUACUGUGGGUGAAAGCAAAUGAUACAGCUGUGCGCUCCACAGAAUACCCUUGUGUGGGGCUCAUCGAGGGCCUUGAGUAUACUUUCAGAAUUUAUGCACUGAACAGAGCUGGAGCAAGUAAACCUAGUAAACCAACUGAGUUUGUCACAGCAAGAGCACCAGUUGAUCCCCCUGGAAAACCUGAAGUUAUUGAUGUUACUAAGAGUACUGCAUCACUGGUAUGGACAAGACCAAAGCAUGAUGGUGGUAGCAAACUUAUUGGCUACUUUGUUGAAGCUUGCAAAUUACCUGGUGAUAAGUGGGUUCGGUGCAAUACAACUCCACAUCAAAUACCCUUAGAAGAGUAUACAGCUACUGAUUUAGAAGAAAAUGCUCAGUAUCAAUUUAGAGCAAUUGCUAAAACAGCAGUUAACAUUAGCAGACCUUCUGAACCUUCUGAUCCAGUGACCAUUCAUCCAGAAAAUGUUCCCCCUAGAAUAGAAUUGGAUCUGUCUAUGCAAUCACAGCUUACAGUAAAAGCUGGAACUAAUGUGCGUCUGGAGGCGAAUGUAUAUGGCAAGCCAAUGCCAGCAAUUAACUGGAAGAAAGAUGGGGAAGUUUUAAAGCCAUCUGAAGGUGUUAAGAUCACCACUAAGAGAAAUCUUGCUACAGUUGAGUUGUUCAGUGUUAACAGGAAGCAAACAGGAGACUAUACUAUUACCGCUGAAAAUGCAAGUGGAACAAAGUCAGCAACCAUUAAACUUAAAGUGCUUGAUAAGCCUGGUCCUCCAGCCUCUGUUAAAAUCAAACAUAUGUAUGCAGACCGUGCAAUGCUUUCGUGGGAGCCUCCUCUGGAAGAUGGAGGUUCAGAAAUUACUAACUACAUUGUAGACAAACGUGAAACAAGCAGACCAAACUGGGCCCAAGUCAGCGCCAAUGUACCCAUUACAAGCUGCACAGUGGAGAAACUUAUUGAAGGACAUGAGUAUCAGUUCCGCAUAUGUGCUGAAAACAAAUAUGGUGUUGGAGACCCUAUCUUCACUGAACCAGCAAUUGCUAAGAAUCCAUAUGAUGUACCUGGACCUUGCGAUCCACCUGUAAUUAGCAAUGUAACGAAAGACUUCAUGACUGUUAGCUGGAAGCCACCAGCUAAUGAUGGUGGAUCACCAAUAACUGGUUAUAUGCUUGAGAAGCGUGAAACUAAGGCUGUUAACUGGACAAAGGUAACCAGAAAGCCUGUAAUUGAAAGAACUGUUAAGGCUACUGGACUCCAAGAAGGAACAGAAUAUGAGUUCCGGGUGAUAGCGCUGAAUAAGGCUGGACCUGGCAAGCCUAGUGCACCAUCUAAAGCAGUGUAUGCUCGUGAUCCUCAAUAUCCUCCUGGACCACCAGCUUUCCCAAAAGUGGUUGAUACUACUCGUAAUUCAAUAAGCCUGUCAUGGAGUAAACCAGCAUAUGAUGGAGGAAGUCCUAUUAUUGGUUAUCUAGUGGAAGCAAAAAGAGCUGACACAGACAACUGGGUCAGAUGCAAUCUACCUAAGAACUUACAGGCUACACAAUUUGUGGUAACAGGGCUGAUAGAAGAUACAGAGUACCAGUUCCGUGUUUAUGCUGUCAAUAAGAUUGGAUACAGUGACCCAAGUGAUGUUCCUGAUAAACAUACUGCCAAAGACAUUUUAAUUCCUCCUGAAGGAGAACUUGAUGCAGAACUAAGGAAAGUCCUUGUAUUGCGUGCUGGAGUCACAAUGAGACUUUAUGUGCCGGUAAGAGGACGUCCACCUCCAAAGAUUACAUGGUCUAAAGUGGGUGCCAACCUAAGAGACAGACAAGGAUUAGAUAUCAAAUCAACUGAUUUUGAUACCUUCCUGCGCUGUGAAAAUGUAAACAAAUAUGAUGCUGGAAAAUACGUUCUCAGUCUGGAGAAUAGCUGUGGCAAAAAAGCAUAUACUAUUGUUGUAAAAGUCCUUGAUACUCCAGGCCCUCCAGUUAACCUGAUUGUAAAGGAAGCAUCUAAAGAUUCUGCCUUCAUUACAUGGGAACCUCCACUAAUAGAUGGUGGCAGUCCAAUCACAAAUUAUGUGGUUGAAAAACGCGACGCAGAAAGAAAGUCAUGGUCCACAGUAACAACAGAAUGUCCAAAGACAAGCUGCAGGAUAACUAACUUAGAAGAAGGAAAAUCCUACUUCUUCAGGGUUUUUGCUGAAAACGAAUAUGGCAUUGGUGACCCCUGUGAAACUCGUGAUGCUGUUAAAGCUUCUGAAACACCUGGACCAGUUGUGGAUCUAAAAGCUUCAGCAAUAACAAAAUCGUCAUGCAAUUUAGUAUGGAAAAAACCUAUCAGUGAUGGUGGAAGCCGUAUUUUUGCAUAUGUUGUUGAGGUCCUUAUUGGUGAAGAUAAAUGGCAAGAAGUCAUGCGGGCAAAGAACCUCCAUUUUUCAAUGAGAGACCUAAAAGAAGGACAAGAAUACACUUUCCGAGUGAGAGCGCAGAAUGAUGCUGGAUAUGGAACUCCAAGAGAGCUUACAAUUGUGGCAAGAGAUGAUGUUGUGGCACCCGAUCUUGAUUUAAGAGAUCUACCUGAUUUGUGCUAUACAGCUAAAGAGGGUAGCAAUUUCCGUCUUAAAAUCCCAAUUAAAGGCAAGCCUGUCCCAUCUGUAACUUGGAAGAAAGGUGAAGACCAGGCACUUACUGAGAGUGGAAGAGUUGCAUUUGAAUCUACAGCAGUUAACACCACACUUGUAGUACAUGACUGCCAGAAGGCUGAUGCUGGAAAAUACACCAUAACUCUGAAGAAUGUUGCUGGCAGCAAAGAAGGCACUAUUUCUGUGAAAGUUGUUGGCAAACCUGGCAUACCAACAGGUCCAGUGAAAUUUGAAGAAGUCACAGCUGAUGCCAUAACCUUAAAGUGGGGCCCUCCAAAAGAUGAUGGUGGUUCAGAAAUCACUAACUAUGUCCUAGAGAAGAGAGAUAAUGUAAACAAUAAAUGGGUGACUUGUGCCUCCGCAGUGCAGAAAACCACAUUUAGACUUACAAGACUUCAUGAAGGAAAUGAAUAUACAUUCAGGAUCAGGGCUGAAAACAAAUAUGGAGUAGGUGAAGGUCUUAAAUCUGACCCUGUCAUUGCAAAACAUCCAUUUGAUGUUCCAGAUGCUCCUCCACCUCCCAACAUUGUUGCUGUGCGGCAUGACUCUGUAGCUUUAACUUGGACUGAUCCAAGAAGAACUGGAGGCUCACCAAUCACAGGUUAUCACAUUGAAGUCAAAGAAAGAAAUAGUCUUCUGUGGAAGAGAGCAAAUAAAACACCAAUAAGAAUGAAAGAUUUCAGAGUGACAGGAUUAACUGAAGGUCUGGAAUAUGAAUUCAGAGUAAUGGCAAUCAACAUGGCUGGAGUAGGUAAACCAAGUCUGCCAUCUGAACCAGUUGUGGCACUUGAUCCUAUUGAUCCCCCUGGGAAACCUGAAGUUAUCAAUGUAACCAGGAACUCAGUAACACUCAUUUGGACAGAACCAAAAUAUGAUGGUGGACACAAAUUAACUGGUUAUAUUGUUGAAAAGCGCGAUUUACCUUCAAAGAAUUGGACUAAAGCUAAUCAUGUGAAUGUUCCAGACUGCGCAUUUACUGUAACUGACCUCACUGAAGGCUCCAAAUAUGAGUUCAGAAUUAGAGCAAAGAACACUGCUGGAGCUAUCAGUGCCCCAUCUGAACCCACAGAAACCAUAAUAUGCAAGGAUGAGUAUGAGGCACCAAGCAUUGUUAUUGAUCCUACUUUGAAGGAAGGUUUAACAGUAAAAGCAGGCGACACCAUUACAGUGUCUGCUAUUAGUAUCCGUGGCAAACCACCUCCAACUUCAGCAUGGUCAAAAGCUGGAAAAGAUUUUAGACCUUCAGAACUUGUGCACAUUGAAACCACACCCACUUCUUCUACUCUGUCUGUCAAAUACGCAGCCAGAAAAGAUUCUGGAGAAUACACAAUUACUGCAACCAAUCCUUUUGGCACUAAGCAGGAAAGCAUACAUGUGAAAGUUUUAGAUGUUCCAGGACCUCCAGGACCUAUUGAGAUCAGCAAUGUUUCAGCAGAAAAAGCAACUCUUACAUGGUCACCUCCUGCAGAAGAUGGUGGAUCACCAGUCAAAUCAUAUGUUCUUGAAAAGAGAGAAACUAGCAGACUGCUCUGGACUUUGGUUGCUGAAAAUAUUGAAAGCUGCAGGCAUGUUGUUAGCAAGCUCAUUCAAGGAAAUGAGUAUGUUUUCCGUGUCUCAGCAGUAAAUCAAUAUGGCAAGGGUGAACCAGUACAAUCAGAACCAGUUAAAAUGGUGGAUAGAUUUGGUCCCCCAGGCCCUCCUGGAAAACCAGAAGUAACAAAUGUGACGAAAAAUACUGUCACAGUUACCUGGAAAAGGCCAGUAGAUGAUGGUGGAAGUGAAAUCACAGGUUACUAUGUGGAGCGAAGAGAAAAGAAAGGUUUAAGAUGGGUCAGAGCAACAAAGAAACCAGUUUCAGAUCUUAGAUGCAAAGUAACUGGUCUCCUGGAAGGAAAUGAGUAUGAAUUCCGUGUCAGUGCAGAAAACAGAGCAGGAGUUGGACCACCAAGUGACGCUUCAAAAUCAGUCAUGUGCAAGGAUGUUGCAUACCCACCAGGUCCACCUGCAAAUCCAAGAGUGACUGAUACUACAAAGACAAGUGCAUCUUUAGCCUGGAGCAAGCCCCACUAUGAUGGUGGUCUUGACAUCACUGGCUAUAUAGUGGAGCAUCAAAAGGAAGGAGAAGAAGAAUGGGUAAAAGACACAACAGGGACGGCUUUAAGAAUCACUCAGUUUGUUGUUGCUCAUCUGCAAACAGGAGCCAAAUACAAUUUCAGAAUCUCUGCCAUGAAUGCUGCAGGUGUUGGUGAACCAGCAAUAAUUCCAAGUGUGGAAAUCAAAGACCGGGAAGAAAUUCCUGAUUUUGAAUUAGAUGCUGAACUAAGAAGAACACUUGUUGUUAGAGCUGGAUUAACUAUUCGUAUUUUUGUGCCAAUUAAAGGGCGUCCAACUCCAGAAGUUACAUGGACAAAAGAUGAUGUUUCACUCAAAGGACGUGCCAGUAUUGAAAAUACAGAUUCUUUUACUCUCUUGAUUGUCACAGAGUGCACCAGAUAUGAUGCAGGAAAAUAUGUAAUGACUCUUGAAAAUGCUGCUGGUAAGAAAACUGGCUUUGUAAAUGUAAAAGUCUUGGAUACACCAGGUCCACCAAUAAACCUUAAGCCUAGAGAAAUAACCAAAGACAGUAUCACUCUCCAAUGGGAUAUGCCUCUAAUAGACGGUGGUUCACGUAUAACAAACUAUAUUGUUGAGAAACGUGAAUCAACUCGGAAAGCAUAUUCAACAGUCACCACCAACUGCCAGAAGUGCUCCUUCAGGAUUACUAAUUUGGCUGAGGGGUGUGAAUACUAUUUUAGAGUGCUGGCUGAAAAUGAGUACGGUAUUGGUGAACCAGCUGAAACAAAAGAACCCAUAAGAGCUUCUGAGGCACCAUCCCCACCUGAGAGUCUUAAUAUUAUGGAUGUAACACGGAACUCAGUUAGCCUGGCUUGGCCAAAACCAGAACAUGAUGGUGGCAGCAAGAUCACUGGGUAUGUAAUUGAAGCACAGAGGAAAGGAACAAACCAGUGGGCACACAUCACCACUGUAAAAACACUGGACUGUGUAGUAAAGAAUCUAACUGAAAAUGAAGAAUAUACUUUCCAGGUUAUGGCAGUUAACAGUGCUGGAAGAAGUGCCCCAAGAGAAAGCAGGCCAGUUAUUAUCAAAGAGCAAACAAUGCUACCAGAGUUUGAUCUCCGGGGUAUCUACCAGAAAACAGUCAUUGCCAAAGCUGGUGACAAUAUAAAGAUUGAAAUCCCUGUGCUUGGUCGUCCAAGGCCUACUGUGACUUGGAAGAAAGAAGAUGAGAUACUUAAGCAAACACAAAGAAUAAAUUAUGAAAAUACUGCAACUGCUACAAUACUAACCAUCAAUGAAUGUAAACGAAGUGAUAGUGGCCGAUACCCAUUAUCAGCUAAAAAUAUUGUUGGAGAAGUUAGUGAAGUAAUCACAGUUCAGGUUCAUGACAUACCUGGACCACCUACUGGACCAAUCAAAUUCGAUGAAAUUUCAUCUGACUCUCUAUCAUUCUCAUGGGAGCCUCCUUUGAAUGACGGUGGUGUACCAAUAAGCAACUAUGUUGUGGAAAUGCGUCAAACUGACAGUACUACAUGGACUGAACUGGCAACCACAGUGAUACGUACUACAUUUAAAGCCAUUCGUCUCACUACUGGAGUUGAGUAUCAGUUCCGUGUUAAAGCACAAAACAGAUAUGGAAUUGGUCCAGCCAUUACUUCAGAGUCUGUAGUUGCCAACUAUCCAUUUAAGGUACCUGGGCCUCCUGGAACUCCUCAGGUGAUAGCAGUGACCAAAGAAACCAUGACUAUUAGCUGGAAUGAGCCAGUUACUGAUGGUGGAAGCCCGAUUUUGGGAUAUCACAUUGAAAGAAAAGAACGAAAUAGCAUUCUUUGGCAGACUGUAAGUAAAAUGCUGGUAUCAGGCAAUAUCUUUAAAUCAACUGGACUUACUGAUGGCAUUGCAUAUGAAUUCCGUGUUAUAGCAGAAAAUCUGGCUGGGAAGAGUAAGCCAAGCAAGCCAUCUGAGCCUAUGUUUGCCCUAGACCCAAUAGAUCCACCUGGUAAGCCAAUACCUCUGAACAUUACAAGACAUGCUAUUACACUGAAGUGGACUAAACCAGAAUAUAAUGGUGGGUUUAAGAUAACUGGCUACACCGUUGAAAAAAGAGACCUUCCUAAUGGCCGUUGGCUGAAAGCUAAUUUCAGCAAUAUAUUAGAGACUGAAUUCACUGUAAGUGGCUUGACAGAAGAUGCUGCCUAUGAAUUCCGUGUGAUUGCUAGGAAUGCUGGGGGGGCUGUUAGCCAGCCCUCUGAGCCAUCAGAUGCAAUAACUUGUAGAGAUGACAUUGAAGCACCAAAGAUAAAGGUGGAUGCUAAAUAUAAAGACACAUUAGUGCUGAAAGCAGGUGAAGUUUUUAGACUCGAGGCUGAUGUUUCAGGCCGCCCUCCACCAACUAUGACAUGGACAAAAGGAGAAAAAGAACUUGAAGAUACAGCAAAAUUAGAAAUUAAAAUAGCAGAUUUCUCUACUGUUCUCACCAAUAGAGACUCUUCAAGAAGAGAUGGCGGUGCCUACACACUUACUGCAACAAAUCCUGGUGGCUUUGCUAAGCAUAUCUUCAAUGUUAAAGUUCUUGAUAGACCUGGUCCCCCAGAAGGACCUUUAGCUGUGUCUGAGGUCACUGCAGAAAAAUGUGUGCUGUCAUGGCUACCUCCACUAGAUGAUGGAGGAGCAAAGAUUGACCAUUAUGUGGUUGAAAAACGUGAAACCAGUAGACUGGCAUGGACAGCUGUAGCCACAGAAGUUCCAUUAACUAAACUGAAGGUUACUAAGCUGUUGAAGGGCAAUGAGUAUGUGUUCCGUGUUAUGGCCGUUAACAAAUAUGGAAUUGGUGAGCCUCUGGAAUCAGAGCCCAUUCUUGCAGUAAAUCCAUAUGUGCCACCUGAUCCACCUAAAACACCUGAAGUUACAGCAAUUACAAAAGAUUCUAUGGUUGUCUGUUGGGGCCAUCCUGAUUCUGAUGGCGGGAGCCCAAUAACUAAUUAUAUUGUGGAACGUCGAGACAGGGCUGGUCUACGGUGGGUGAAGUGUAAUAAACGGGUUGUUACUGACUUACGUUAUAAAGUGUCUGGACUGACAGAAGGUCAUGAAUAUGAAUACAGAGUCAUGGCUGAAAAUGCUGCUGGUGUCAGUGAGCCAAGCCCAACCAGUCCAUUCUAUAAAGCUUGUGACACUGUAUUUAAGCCUGGUCCCCCAGGUAAUCCUCGUGUUUUGGACAGCAGCAAGUCUUCAAUUACAAUAGCAUGGAACAAACCAAUAUAUGAUGGUGGUUCAGAGAUCACAGGUUACAUGGUUGAGAUAGCACUACCUGAAGAAGACGAGUGGAAGAUUGUAACUCCACCAAUAGGUCUAAAGGCCACGUCUUAUACCAUCACUAACCUAAAAGAAAAUCAAGAGUAUAAAAUACGAAUAUAUGCUAUGAACUCUGAAGGUCUUGGAGAACCCGCUCUUGUUCCUGGUACUCCGAAAGCUGAAGAGAGAAUGCUACCUCCAGAGAUUGAACUUGAUGCAGAGCUGCGUAAAGUUGUCACUAUUAGAGCCUGCUGUACUCUACGGCUCUUUGUCCCAAUUAAAGGAAGACCAGCACCCGAAGUAAAAUGGACAAGAGAACAUGGCGAAUCUUUGGAUAGAGCAAGCAUUGAAUCAACAAGUUCUUAUACUCUACUUAUUGUUGAAAAUGUAAAUAGGUUUGAUAGUGGCAAAUACAUACUGACAAUUGAAAACAGCUCAGGUAGUAAGUCAGCCUUUGUGAACGUCAGAGUUCUUGAUACCCCAGGGGCACCUCAAGAUUUGAAAAUAAAAGAGGUUACAAAGUCAUCAGUUACACUCACAUGGGAACCUCCUCUCAUAGAUGGUGGCUCUAAAAUAAAAAAUUACAUUGUUGAAAAGCGUGAAUCAACAAGAAAAGCUUAUUCAACUGUUAAUGCCAAUUGCCACAAGACCAGCUGGAAAGUCGAUUCACUGCAAGAAGGCUGCAACUACUACUUCAGAGUCCUAGCUGAAAAUGAGUAUGGAAUAGGCCUUCCAGUUGAAACUUCUGAAUCUGUAAAAGUAUCAGAAAGACCACUUCCACCAGGGAAAAUAACUUUGCUGGAUGUGACAAGCAAUAGUGUAUCUUUAUCUUGGGAAAAACCUGAACAUGAUGGUGGUAGCAGAAUUCUGGGCUACAUUGUAGAAAUGCAAAGCAAAGGCAGUGAAAAGUGGUCAACUUGUGCUACAGUAAAAGUUACUGAAGCCACUAUCACAGGAUUGAUCCAAGGCGAAGAAUACACCUUCCGUGUUUCAGCUCAGAAUGAGAAAGGUAUCAGCGAUCCUCGUCAGCUGGGUAUACCAGUUGUUGCAAAAGACCUUGUGAUUCCACCAGCUUUCAAAUUACUGUUUACCACUUUCAGUGUUCUAGCAGGAGAGGACUUAAAUGUUGAUGUUCCUUUUGUUGGUCGACCCAAACCGGCAGUUUUUUGGCAUAAAGAUGAUGUUGCAUUGAAGCAGACUACAAGAGUAAAUGCAGAAAGUUCAGAAAAUAACACAGUGUUAACAAUAAAAGAAGCAUGCAGAGAUGAUGUAGGGACAUACUUAGUUAAACUUACAAACUCUGCAGGUGAGGCAACUGAGACCCUAAAUAUCGUUGUCCUUGACAAACCAGGACCUCCAACUGGACCAGUAAAAGUAGACGAAGUAACAGCAGAUAGUAUCACAAUUUCUUGGGAACCACCUAAGUAUGAUGGUGGUAGCUCUAUCAAUAAUUACAUUGUAGAAAAAAGAGACACCUCGACCACGACUUGGCAGAUGGUGUCAGCUACUGUUGCAAGAACAACUAUAAAGGCAUGUCGAUUAAAGACUGGAUGUGAAUAUCAAUUCAGAAUCGCAGCCGAGAAUAGAUAUGGGAAGAGUACCUACCUUACUUCAGAGUCAAUUGUAGCUCAGUAUCCAUUUAAAGUUCCCGGUCCACCUGGAACACCUUUUGUAACAAACGUCUCAAAAGACAGCAUGGUGGUACAGUGGAAUGAACCAGUCAAUGAUGGUGGCAGCAAGAUCAUUGGGUAUCACUUGGAGCGCAAAGAAAGAAACAGUAUUCUCUGGGCUAAACUGAAUAAAACACCUAUUCCAGAUACCAAAUUUAAGACAACUGGACUUGAGGAAGGUCUUGAAUAUGAGUUCAGAGUUUAUGCAGAAAACAUAGUGGGCAUUGGAAAGGCAAGUAGAGCAUCUGAAUGCUAUACUGCACAUGACCCAUGUGACCCUCCAGGUCGUCCAGAACCUAUAAUUGUCACAAGAAGCUCAGUAACACUUCAAUGGAAGAAACCUGUAUAUGAUGGUGGAAGUAAGAUCACAGGCUAUGUUGUUGAAAAGAAGGAGCUACCUGAUGGUCGUUGGAUGAAAGCAAGCUUUACAAAUGUCAUUGAUACCCAAUUUGAAGUAACUGGUCUAGUUGAAAACCAGAGGUAUGAGUUCCGUGUUAUAGCACGAAAUGCUGCAGGUGUUUUCAGUGAACCAUCUGAGAGCUCGGGGGCAAUUACAGCAAGAGAUGAAGUAGAACCACCUCACAUAAGUAUGGAUCCAAAAUACAAAGACACUAUUGUAGUGAAUGCUGGUGAGUCAUUCAAGCUUGAAGCUGAUGUUCAUGGCAAACCAAUACCUUCCAUUCAGUGGUUAAAAGGUGAUCGUGAGCUGACAAACACUGCUCGUAUGGAAAUAAAAAGUACUGAUUUUGCAACAAGCCUUAGUGUGAAGGAGGCCGUUAGAGUUGACAGUGGUCAGUAUGUACUACUAGCAAAGAAUGUUGCAGGUGAAAAGAAAGUUCCUGUUAAUGUCAAAGUUCUUGAUAGACCUGGACCACCAGAAGGACCCAUAGAGAUUACAGGCGUUACUGCUGAAAAAUGCAUGCUGUCAUGGAAACCUCCACUACAAGAUGGUGGUAGCGAUAUUUCACACUAUGUUGUAGAAAAAAGAGAAACCAGUCGCUUGGUGUGGACAGUUGUUGAUUCAAAUGUGCAAACCCUAAAUUGCAAAGUUACAAAACUUUUAGAAGGAAAUGAGUAUGUUUUCCGCGUCAUGGCAGUCAAUAAAUAUGGUGUUGGUGAGCCUCUCGAGUCUGAACCGAUACUCGCAAAGAACCCAUUUGUAGUGCCACUACCACCGAAAGCACCAGAGGUAACUGCCAUUACCAAGGAUUCUAUGAUAGUUGUAUGGGAAAGGCCAGCCUCAGACGGUGGUAGUGAAAUCCUAGGUUAUGUCCUUGAAAAACGAGAUAAGGAAGGUAUUCGCUGGACAAGAUGUAACAAACGCCUGAUAAGUGAACUGCGAUACAGAGUGACUGGACUUAUAGAAAAUCAUGAUUACGAGUAUAGAGUUUCAGCUGAAAAUGCUGCAGGUCUUAGUGAGCCAAGCCCACCUUCCAUUUACUACAAAGCAUGUGAUCCUAUUUACAAGCCAGGUCCACCCAAUAAUCCUAAAGUUGUGGAUGUUACAAGAUCUUCAGUUUUCCUUUCAUGGGGUAAACCCAUCUAUGAUGGUGGCUCUGAAAUUCAGGGAUACAUUGUGGAAAAAAGUGAUGUAAGUGACGGUGAAUGGGCAAUUUGUACCCCUCCAACUGGAAUUAAGAAUACUCACAUGGAAGUAGAAAAAUUGGUGGAAAAACAUGAAUACAAAUUCCGCAUAUGUGCAGUUAAUAAAGCAGGAGUUGGAGAGCAUGCAGAUGUUCCUGGUACUGUUAUUGUGGAAGAAAAGAUGGAAGCACCAGACCUUGACCUUGACAUGGAAUUAAGGAAGAUUGUAAAUGUGAGGGCGGGAGGUUCCUUAAGACUGUUUGUUCCCAUCAGAGGUCGUCCAACACCUGAAGUAAAAUGGGGUAAAAUGGAUGGUGACAUCAGAGAGGCAGCUAUUAUUGAUACCACUAGCAGCUUUACUUCCCUUGUUCUAGACAAUGUUAACAGAUUUGAUACUGGAAAGUAUACUCUGACUUUAGAAAACAGCAGUGGAACAAAGUCUGCCUUUGUCAGUGUAAGAGUACUGGAUACCCCAAGUGCACCUGUUAAUUUAAAAAUCAGAGAAAUUACUAAAGAUUCUGUUUCACUUUCAUGGGAGCCUCCUCUCUUGGAUGGUGGAGCAAAAAUAAAGAAUUACAUUAUUGAAAAGCGUGAAGCAACACGAAAGGCAUAUGCAGCUGUUGUAACAAACUGCCACAAGACUUCAUGGAAAGUAGAUCAACUUCAGGAGGGCUGCUAUUACUUCUUCAGAAUCUCUGCUGAGAAUGAAUAUGGAAUUGGCCUCCCUGCAGAAACCAGUGACCCAAUUAAAGUUGCUGAAGUUCCACAGCCUCCUGGGAAAAUAACAGUGGAUGAUGUCACGAGAAACAGUGUCUCACUAAGCUGGGAAAAACCUGAACAUGAUGGUGGCAGCAAAAUCAUACAAUACAUUGUUGAAAUGCAAGCAAAGGGUAGUGAGAAGUGGUCAGAGUGUGCUCGUGUGAAAACGCUUGAAGCAGUCAUUACUAACCUCACUCAAGGGGAAGAAUAUCUUUUUAGAGUAAUGGCUGUGAAUGAAAAGGGUAAGAGUGAUCCUAGAGCGCUUGCAGUUCCAAUAGUUGCCAAAGACCUGGUGAUUGAACCUGAUGUAAGACCUGCUUUUCAUAGUUAUAGUAUCCAAGUGGGACAAGAUCUGAAAAUAGAAGUACCAAUUGCGGGUCGACCUAAACCAACUGUAACCUGGGUAAAAGAUGGCCAGCCAUUAAGGCAGACAACAAGAGUCAAUGUUAGUGAUUUGACUGACCUCACUAUACUGAAUAUUAAAGAAACUAGCAAAGAGGACAGUGGCACUUAUGAAAUCACUGUGGCUAAUGUUGUUGGGCAGAAGUCUGCUUCUGUUGAAAUUAUAACUCUAGAUAAACCUGACCCUCCGGUAGGACCUGUGAAGUUUGAUGAAAUAAGUGCAGAAAGUAUUACCCUAUCCUGGAAUCCCCCAGCUUACACAGGUGGCUGCCAGAUCACCAACUAUAUUGUUCACAAGAGAGAUACAACAACCACUGUAUGGGAAACUGUUUCAGCUACUGUCGCAAGAACUACACUGAAGGUGACUAAACUGAAAACUGGUUCAGAAUAUCAGUUCAGAAUAUUUGCUGAGAACAGGUACGGGCAGAGCUUCGCACUGGAUUCUGCACCAGUUGUAGCACAGUACCCCUACAAGGAACCAGGACCUCCUGGCACACCAUUUGUGACAAUUGUUACGAAAGACUCCAUGGUUGUACAGUGGCAUGAACCAAUAAAUGAUGGUGGCAGUAGAGUGCUGGGCUACCAUCUUGAGAGAAAGGAGAAAAACAGUAUUUUAUGGGCUAAAGUGAACAAGACUAUUAUUCAGGACACAAGCUUUAAGACAACUAACCUUGAAGAAGGAAUCGAAUAUGAGUUUCGAGUUUCUGCAGAAAAUAUUGUUGGUGUAGGCAAAACAAGUAAAGUGUCUGAGUGCUAUGUAGCUCGUGAUCCAUGUGAUCCUCCAGGUCGCCCAGAAGCUAUAAUAAUAAAAAGAAGUUCUAUUACUCUACAGUGGACCAAACCAGAAUAUGAUGGUGGAAGUAAGAUUACUGGUUAUAUUGUAGAAAAACGUGACUUACCAGAUGGUCGCUGGAUGAAAGCUAGCUUCACAAAUAUCAUUGAAACUCAGUUCACUGUAACAGGGCUUACUGAAGACCAAAGGUAUGAAUUUAGAGUAAUUGCAAAGAAUGCUGCAGGUGCCAUAAGCAAACCUUCUGACAGUACAGGACCAAUAACCGCAAGGGAUGAAGUUGAACUUCCACGAAUUUCAAUGGAUCCAAAGUACAAAGAUACAAUUGUUGUAAAUGCUGGUGAAACAUUCAGACUUGAGGGUGAUGUUCAUGGAAAACCACUGCCAACUAUUAAGUGGUACAAAGGAGAUAAAGAGCUUGAGGAAACUGCUAGGUAUGAAAUCAAGAACACAGAUUUCAGUGCAUUAAUAAUCGUAAAAGAUGCUAUUAGAGUUGAUGGUGGACAGUACAUUUUAGAAGCCUCUAAUGUUGCAGGAACAAAGACAGCAACAGUAAAUAUAAAAGUCUUGGAUAGGCCAGGACCUCCAGAGGGCCCAGUCCAAGUGACAGGAGUCACAGCUGAAAAAUGUUCAUUAGCAUGGGCUCCUCCUCUUCAUGAUGGUGGCAGUGAUAUUUCUCACUACAUUGUAGAGAAGAGAGAAACUAGUCGCCUAGCAUGGACUGUUGUUGCUUCAGAGGUUUUACCUACAAUGCUGAAAGUAACAAAACUCUUGGAAGGAAAUGAAUAUGUUUUCCGUAUUAUGGCAGUUAAUAAAUACGGGAUUGGUGAGCCAUUAGAAUCUCUGCCAGUAAUGAUGAAAAAUCCAUUUGUGGUUCCUGGACCACCAAAGGCCUUGGAAAUUACUAACAUUACAAAUGAUUCUAUGACUGUCUGCUGGACCCGGCCAGACAAUGAUGGAGGCAGUGAAAUCAUAGGUUACAUUGUAGAAAAGAGAGACCGAGCAGGCAUCAGAUGGAUAAAAUGCAAUAAACGCAGGAUUACAGAUUUGCGAUUAAGAGUUACAGGCUUAACAGAAGAUCAUGAAUAUGAAUUCAGAGUUUCUGCUGAAAAUGCUGCUGGAGUGGGUGAACCAAGUCAAGUUUCUCCUUACUUUAAAGCUUGUGAUCCCAUGUUCAAGCCUGGCCCACCUACAAAUGCCCAUGUUGUGGAUACAACCAAAAGCUCAGUUACACUUGGCUGGAGUAAACCUAUUUAUGAUGGUGGUUGUGAAAUCCAGGGAUACCUUGUAGAAAUCUGUAAAGCUGAUGAAGAUGAAUGGUCACUUGUUACUGCACAGACAGGUAUACGUGCCACUCGAUUCGAAAUCAAAAAGCUUAUUGAACAUCAAGAAUAUAAAUUACGAGUGUGUGCCCUCAACAAGAUUGGUGUAGGAGAGGCUGCAUCAGUUCCUGGUACUGUUAAGCCUGAAGACAAACUUGAAGCUCCAGAACUUGAUAUUGAUUCAGAGCUAAGGAAAGGGAUAGUGGUUAGAGCUGGUGGGUCUGCUAGAAUUCACAUACCAUUCAGGGGACGACCAACACCUGACAUCAUGUGGUCUCGAGAAGAAGGUGAAUUCACAGAAAAAGUUCAGAUUGACAAAGGCAUAAACUACACACAACUUUCAAUAGACAACUGUGAUAGGAAUGAUGCUGGCAAGUACAUUCUUAAGCUGGAGAACAGCAGUGGUUCUAAAUCUGCAUUUGUUACGGUGAAAGUCUUGGACACACCAGGAAGACCUCAAAACUUAGUGGUAAAGGAUAUAAAGAAGGAUUCUGCUGUAUUAUCUUGGGAACCACCCAUUAUUGAUGGUGGUUCAAAGAUAAAGAACUAUGUAAUAGACAAGCGUGAGUCAACCAGGAAGGCAUUUGCAAAUGUAAGUGCUAAGUGUGGCAAGACAAGUUUCAAAGUUGAAAAUCUUACAGAAGGAGCAAUUUAUUACUUCAGAGUUAUGGCUGAAAAUGAAUUUGGAAUUGGUGUUCCAGCUGAAACCAAAGAUGCUGUCAAAGCCUCAGAGCCACCUCUGCCCCCUGGGAAAGUAACACUCACUGAUGUGACUCAGAGAAGUGCAUCUCUUACAUGGGAAAAACCUGAACAUGAUGGAGGUAGCAGAAUUUUGGGAUAUAUUGUUGAAAUGCUGCCUAAAGGAACAGAAAAAUGGAGUGUUGUUAGUGAGACCAAAACAUGCAAUGCAGUUGUGUCUGGUUUGAGUCCAGAACAGGAAUAUCAAUUUCGUGUGAUUGCCUACAAUGAAAAAGGCAAAAGCGAUCCCAGAGCCCUUGGAAUUCCUGUGAUAGCUAAAGACUUGACAAUUGAGCCAAGUUUCAAACUGAUAUUUAAUACCUACAGUGUACAGGCUGGAGAAGAUCUGAAGGUAGAAGUACCAUUUAUAGGUAGACCUAAACCAACUAUUACUUGGACAAAAGAUGAGCAGCCACUGAAACAGACAACCAGAUUACAUAUUCAGGACACAUCAACAUCAACUAUCUUAAAUAUUAAAGAAAGCAACAAGGAAGACUUUGGUAAAUAUACAGUAACAGCAACAAACACAGCAGGUACGGCAACUGAGCAGCUGAGCAUAAUUGUACUGGAAAAGCCUGGCCCACCACGAGGACCUGUCCGCUUUGAUGAAGUUAGCGCAGAUUUUGUUGUUUUAUCAUGGGAUCCACCUGAUUAUACUGGUGGCUGUCAGAUAAGCAACUACAUAGUAGAAAAGCGUGACACAACCACUACCACAUGGAGCAUUGUGUCAGCAACUGUUGCCAGAACAACUAUCAAAGCAACAAAGCUUAAAACAGGUUCUGAAUACCAGUUCAGGAUUUCUGCUGAAAACAGAUAUGGGAAGAGCUCUCCUUUGGAUUCUAAACCAGUUGUUGUGCAAUACCCCUACAAGGUGCCUGGGCCACCUGGAACCCCAUUUGUAACUGCAGCUUCCAAGGACCAUAUGAUCAUAGAAUGGCAUGAACCAGUUAAUGAUGGAGGAAGCAAGGUUCUAGGCUACCAUCUUGAACGUAAAGAUAAGAAUAGCAUUCUUUGGACAAAACAGAACAAGUCACUCAUUGCAGAUACCAAAUAUAAAACAGAUGGCCUUGAAGAAGGUCUUGAAUAUGAAUUCAGAGUUUCUGCUGAAAAUAUUGUUGGCAUUGGCAAAGUCAGUAAAGUAUCAGAAUUGUAUGUUGCCCGAGAUCCUUGUGACCCACCUGGCCGUCCAGAGGCUAUUGUUGUUACAAGAAAUAAUAUCACACUGAAAUGGAAAAAACCAGAGUAUGAUGGUGGAAGCAAAAUAACAGGAUAUAUUGCAGAAAAGAAAGAACUACCAGAUGGUCGCUGGAUGAAAGCCAGCUUUACAAAUGUGUUGGAAACAGAAUUUACAGUAAGUGGUCUUGUUGAAGACCAGCGAUAUGAAUUUAGAGUAAUUGCAAGAAAUGCAGCAGGUUGCUUGAGUGAACCGUCUGAAAGUACAGGGCCCAUUACUGCCAGAGAUGAAAUUGAAGCGCCAGGGGCUUCACUAGAUCCUAAAUACAAAGACGUCAUUGUUGUUCAUGCUGGAGAAACUUUUGUUCUUGAAGCUGAUAUCCAUGGCAAACCUAUUCCUGACAUUACAUGGUCAAAAGAUGGUAAAGACCUUGAAGAAGCAACUGCAAGAAUGGAAAUCAAAUCUACCAUUCAGAAAACAAUUCUUACUGUCAAAGACUGUAUAAGAGUAGAUGGAGGUCACUAUACUCUUAACCUCAAAAAUGUUGGUGGCACAAAAUCCAUACCAAUCACUGUUAAAGUGCUUGACAGGCCAGGACCUCCAGAAGGACCUUUGAAGGUUACAGGUGUCACUGCAGAAAAAUGCUACUUGGCAUGGGCACCACCUUUACAUGAUGGCGGUUCUAGUAUCUCACAUUACAUCAUUGAGAAGAGAGAGACAAGCAGGCUUUCAUGGACACAAGUAGCAACAGAAGUGCAGGCUCUUAACCACAAAGUAACCAGACUCCUUGCUGGCAAUGAGUACAUUUUCCGUGUAAUGGCGGUGAACAAAUAUGGAAUUGGAGAACCCUUGGAAUCUGAGCCAGUUGUGGCUCGUAAUCCAUACAAACCCCCUGGUCCUCCUUCAACGCCUGAAGUUUCAGCAAUCACAAAAGAUUCAAUGGUGGUAACGUGGGGUCGCCCAGAAGACAAUGGGGGAGCUGAAAUUGAAGGUUACAUACUUGAGAAACGAGACAAAGAUGGUAUCCGGUGGACCAAAUGCAAUAAGAAAAGGCUGACAGACUUGCGGUUCAGAGUAACAGGUCUUACUGAUGGGCAUUUCUAUGAAUUUAGAGUUUCUGCUGAAAAUGCUGCAGGGGUAGGGGAACCCAGUGAGCCAUCCAUUUUCUAUCGAGCUUGUGAUGUAUUAUACCCACCAGGUCCACCAAGCAAUCCGAAGGUUACAGACACUUCCAGGUCAUCAGUUUCCCUUGCCUGGAGUAAGCCCAUAUAUGACGGUGGUGCUCCAGUUAAGGGAUACGUAGUAGAAGUAAAAGAAGCUGCUGCUGAUGAAUGGACUACCUGCACCCCACCAACAGGCCUACAAGCAAAACAGUUCACUGUAACAAAACUUAAAGAGAACCAGGAGUAUAACUUCCGCAUCUGUGCCAUCAACUCAGAAGGAGUAGGUGAACCUGCUACUAUACCUGGUACAGUCAUAGCAGCAGACAAGAUUGAACCUCCUGAAAUUGAACUUGAUGCAGAUCUCAGAAAAGUAGUCACUGUACGUGCUAGUGGUACAUUGCGCCUGUUUGUCACCAUCAAAGGAAGACCAGAACCUGAAGUUAAAUGGGAGAAAGCAGAAGGAAGAAUUAGUGAGCGAGCUCAGAUUGAAGUCACCAGUUCCUAUACAAUGCUGGUCAUUGACAAUGUGAAUAGAUUUGAUAGUGGUAGAUACAAUCUUACUUUAGAGAACAACAGUGGAAAAAAAUCAGCCUUUGUUAAUGUCAGGGUGCUUGAUACACCUAGUGCUCCUAUAAACCUGACAAUCAGAGAAGUGAAGAAAGAUUUCGUAACAUUAGCCUGGGAACCACCACUUAUUGAUGGUGGAGCUAAAAUUACCAACUAUGUAGUUGAAAAGCGAGAAUCCACAAGAAAAGCAUAUGCCACUGUUACAAACAACUGCAUUAAGAAUUCCUUCAAAGUUACUCAGCUACAAGAAGGAUGUAGUUAUUACUUCCGUGUUCUAGCAGUAAAUGAAUAUGGGGCUGGUUUACCAGCAGAAACACCUGACCCAGUUAAGGUUUCUGAACCACCUUCACCACCUGCGAAGGUCAUUCUUGUUGAUGUGACUCGAAACUCUGCUUCACUUAAAUGGGAAAAGCCAGAGAGCGAUGGUGGUAGUAAGAUCACUGGUUAUAUAGUAGAAAUGCAAACUAAAGGAAGUAUAAAAUGGAGUGCAUGUACACAGGUGAAAACCUUAGAAGCAACAAUAACAGGCUUGAGUAUGGGAGAAGAGUACAGUUUCAGAGUGAUUGCUGUUAAUGAAAAAGGAAAAAGUGAUCCAAGAGAGCUUGGUGUCCCAGUCAUUGCAAAAGAUAUCGAAAUCCAGCCAUCUGCUGAGCUCCUUUUCAAUACAUUCACUGUGAAAGCCGGAGAUGAUCUUAAGAUUGAUGUGCCAUUCAGAGGGCGACCUCUUCCAACUGUCAGCUGGAAGAAGGAUGGGAAUCCCUUGAAAGAGACAACCAGAGUAAAUAUUCAUACUUCAAAGACUUCAACUUCACUGUCCAUCAAGGAAGCUUCAAAUGAAGAUUUGGGACAUUAUGAAUUACAUCUUUCAAAUACUGCUGGAUCAACAACAGCUUCUUUAACUGUAGUUGUCCUCGACAGACCGGGACCACCAACUGAUGUGCAUAUUGAUGAAGUUAGUGCUGAUAGUGUAACUCUGUCUUGGAAAGCUCCAGUAUAUGACGGUGGGUGCCAUAUUAGCAAUUAUGUUGUGGAGAAGCGAGAAACCACCACAACAACGUGGAGUGUAGUAUCUGCAGCAGUUGCAAGAACAUCAAUUAAAGUAUCUCAACUCACCACUGGGUCUGAAUAUCAGUUCCGUGUUUGUGCAGAAAACCGCUAUGGGAAAAGCACUUACACGAAUUCUUCUUCUGUUGUGGCAGAGUAUCCAUUUAAGCCUCCAGGACCACCAGGAACUCCUCAUGUGGCACAUGCGACUAAAGCUUUCAUGAUUGUAACUUGGCAGGUGCCAGUUAAUGAUGGAGGUAGCAGAGUACUAGGAUAUCACUUGGAGCGUAAAGAAAGAAGCAGCAUUCUUUGGACAAAAGUCAACAAAAGCCUUAUACCUGAUACACAAAUGAAAGUUACGGGACUUGAUGAAGGGCUGUUGUAUGAAUAUCGUGUUUAUGCUGAAAACAUUGCUGGAAUAGGCAAAUGCAGUAAGUCAUGUGAGCCAGUUGCUGCAAGAGAUCCAUGUGAUCCUCCUGGUCAACCAGAAGUUACUAAUAUUACAAGAACAUCUGUCUCACUGAAAUGGACUAAACCAGAAUAUGAUGGUGGAGCUAAAGUAACAGGAUACAUUAUUGAACGCAGAGAGAUACCAGAUGGUCGGUGGCUGAAAUGUAAUUUUACUAAUGUACAAGAAACAUAUUUUGAUGUAGGGGGACUUACAGAAGACCAGAGAUAUGAAUUCCGUGUGAUUGCAAAGAAUGCUGCUGGACUUUUCAGUCAGCCAUCUGAAUCAACUGGACCUGUGACUGUAAAAGAUGAUGUGGAGGCUCCAAGAAUUAUGAUAGAUGCCAAAUUCAGGGAUGUUGUAGUUGUAAAAGCUGGAGAAGUGUUUAAGGUCAAUGCUGACGUUGCAGGACGGCCAAUACCGGUGAUUUCAUGGACAAAGGAUGGCAAGGACCUUGAAGGAAAAGCUAGAGUUGAAAUAGCCUCAACAGAUUACACUACUGCAAUAACUGUUAAGGACUGUAUCCGAGGUGAUUCAGGACAGUAUUUACUAACAUUACAAAAUGUUGCAGGAACAAAAUCUUUGGCAAUUAACUGCAAAGUGCUUGAUAGACCUGGUCCACCUGCAGGCCCAUUAGAAAUACAUGGCCUUACUGCUGAAAAGUGCCACUUAUCAUGGGGCCCCCCUCAAGAAAAUGGUGGUGCAGAUAUUGAUUAUUAUAUUGUAGAAAAACGUGAGACCAGCAGACUUGCAUGGACUCUUUGUGAAGGAGAGCUUAGAACAACAUCCUGUAAAGUGACAAAACUACUGAAGGGUAAUGAGUAUAUUUUCAGAGUGAUGGGAGUUAACAAAUAUGGUGUUGGUGAGCCUCUGGAAAGUGUUGCUGUCAAAGCCUUAGACCCAUUUACAGUUCCAAGUCCACCUACAUCUCUAGAGAUCACCAGUGUGAGCAAAGAUUCAAUAACUCUGUGUUGGGCAAGACCUGAGUCUGAUGGAGGUAAUGAGAUCUCUGGCUAUGUAAUUGAAAGACGUGAGAAAACUAGUUUGAGAUGGAUUCGUGUAAACAAAAAGCCAGUUUAUGAUUUAAGGGUGAAAUCAUCUGGUCUCCGUGAAGGAUGUGAAUACGAAUUCCGGGUUUAUGCGGAAAAUGCUGCUGGCCUCAGUCUUCCAAGUGAAACCACACCUCUGAUUAAGGCAGAAGAUCCAAUCUUCUUGCCAUCUCCCCCAUCUAAGCCUAAGAUUAUGGAUUCUACAAGAUCAAAUAUCACAAUCGGGUGGACAAAGCCACUGUUUGAUGGAGGUGCUCCAGUAACGGGAUACACAGUUGAAUACAAGAAAACUGAUGAAACUGAUUGGACCACUGCUGUUCAGAAUUUAAGAGGCACAGAAUACACUGUAUCUGGAUUAGUGUCAGGCUCUGAGUAUGUCUUUAGAGUGAAAUCCAUUAACAAAAUGGGUGUCAGUGAACCAAGUGAUGUCUCAGAACCUCAGCUGGCAAAAGAAAGAGAAGAAGAACCUGCCUUUGAUAUUGACAGUGAAAUGCGGAAGACUUUAAUUGUAAAGGCGGGUGGAUCAUUCACAAUGACUGUUCCUUUUAGAGGCAAACCAGUCCCAAAUGUGACAUGGAACAAACCGGACACUGAUCUCCGUAUACGAGCAAGCAUUGAUACUUCAGAUAGUUGCACAUCUCUUACUAUUGAAAAAGCAACAAGAAAUGAUUCUGGAAAAUACACCUUAACAUUGCAAAACAUCCUGAACACUGCUACCUUGACUUUAAUUGUCAAAGUCCUUGAUACUCCUGGCCCACCAUCUAAUAUUGCAAUAAAAGAAGUAACUAAAGAAUCUACUGUGUUAUCUUGGGAUGUUCCUGAAAAUGAUGGUGGAGCACCUGUGAGGAACUAUGUUAUUGAAAAACGAGAAGCUAGCAAAAAAGCAUGGGUUACUGUGACAAACAAUUGUCAUCGCCUCUCCUACAAAGUGACUGGCUUGCAAGAAGGUGCCAUUUACUACUUCCGGGUUUCUGGAGAAAAUGAGUAUGGUGUUGGAGCGCCUUCAGAGACCAAGGAAGGCACAAAAAUAACAGAAAAACCCAGCCCACCAGAAAAACUUGGAGUAACAAAUGUCACAAAGGACAGCAUUUCUCUUUCAUGGCUAAAACCAGAACAUGAUGGUGGAAGCAGAAUUGUGAGCUAUCUCAUUGAAGGUCUUGAGAAAGGACAGCAAAAAUGGGUUAAGUUUGCAGUUGUAAAGUCAACUCAUCAUGUUGUUCGUGGUCUUAAGGAGAAUGUUGACUAUUUCUUCAGAGUGUCUGCAGAAAACCAAGCUGGUUUAAGUGAUCCUAAGGAACUAUUGGUCCCUGUUACAGUUAAAGAACAAUUAGAAUCUCCUGAGAUUGACAUGAAGGGCUUCCCUCAUAACACUGUAUAUAUUCGAGCAGGAUCAAACCUGAAAGUUGAAAUUCCAGUUUCUGGAAAACCAGUGCCAAAGGUGACAUUGUCUAGAGAUGGUGCUCCACUGAAACCUACCAUGAGAUUUCACACAGAAACCACUGCAGAAAGUCUCAUCAUUAACCUUAAAGAAAGUGUGGCUGCUGAUGCUGGAAGAUAUGACAUUACUGCUGCCAACUCAAGUGGAACCACAAAAUCAUUUGUUAAUAUUGUUGUGCUGGAUAGACCAGGUCCUCCUGUUGGUCCUGUUGUCCUUAGCGAUAUCACUGAAGAGAGUGUAAUACUCAGAUGGCAGCCUCCAGCUUAUGAUGGUGGUAGUCAAGUUACCAACUAUAUUGUACUGAAAAGAGAAACAAGUACUGCUGCUUGGUCUGAAGUGUCUGCAACUGUUGCUAGAACUGUUAUUAAAGUUAUGAAGCUCAUAACAGGAGAAGAAUACCAAUUCCGCAUCAAAGCUGAGAACCGCUUUGGCAUCAGUGAUCACAUAGACUCACAAUGUGUGGUUGUUAAGCUUCCUUACACUACCCCUGGACCUCCUUCCACACCAUGGGUCACAAAUGUAACCCGAGAGAGUAUUACUGUUGGAUGGCAUGAACCAGUCACUAAUGGUGGCAGUGCAGUCACUGGAUACCACCUGGAAAUGAAAGACAGAAAUAGCAUAUUAUGGCAGAAGGCUAACAAGACCCUCAUUCGCACAACUCACUUCAAAGUUACCACCAUCAGUGCUGGCCUUAUCUAUGAAUUUAGGGUUUAUGCAGAAAAUGCAGCUGGCAUUGGAAAAGCAAGCCAUGCUUCUGAUCCAGUCCUUGCAAUUGAUUCUUGUGAACCACCAAGAAAUGUUCGUGUCUCAGAUAUUUCCAAGACUGCUAUCACUCUAACAUGGCAGAAGCCAGCAUUUGAUGGUGGUAGCAAGAUCACUGGAUACAUCGUAGAAAAACGUGAUCUUCCUGAUGGCAGAUGGACAAAAGCUAGCUUCACUAAUGUUAUUGAGACUCAGUUCACAAUAUCCGGUCUGACACAGAAUUCCCGGUAUGAAUUCCGGAUCUUUGCUAAGAAUGCCAUCGGUUCCAUUAGUAACCCCUCAGAUGUUGUGGGUCCUAUCACAUGUGUGGAUACAUACGGUGCACCUGAAAUUGAUGUGCCACCAGAAUAUACAGAAGUGGUGAAAUAUAAAGCAGGAACUUCAGUUAAAUUAAAACUAGGCAUCUCGGGGAAGCCUAUACCCACAAUUGAGUGGUUCAAAAAUAACAAUGAGGUACAAACCAGUGCACUAGUGUCUAUUGAAAACACAACAGAAUUUGCUUCUAUACUUAUCAAGGAUGCAACUCGACUGAACAGUGGCACCUACGAAUUAAAACUGAAGAAUGCCAUGGGUUCAGCAUCAGCCCAUGUUAGACUACAGAUACUUGACAAGCCAGGACCCCCAAGUGGACCUAUACAGUUUAAGACAGUCACUGCUGAAAAGAUUACAAUAAUGUGGGACCCACCAGUGGAUGAUGGUGGUGCACCUGUAACACACUACGUUGUUGAAAAGCGGGAGACAAGUCGGGUUGUAUGGUCUUUAAUUUCUGAAAAACUGGAGGGAUGUAUCAUAACUACAACAAAACUUAUCAAAGGAAAUGAAUAUGUGUUCCGCAUCCGUGGUGUAAACAAGUUUGGAGUUGGUGAUCCACUGGAGUCUGAACCCGUUAUAGCAAAAAAUUCAUUUGUUACACCUGGACCACCUAGCAUGCCAGAAGUCACAAUGAUAACCAAAAAUUCUAUGACCGUUGUCUGGAAUAGGCCUACUGUUGAUGGAGGCAGUGAAAUAUCAGGAUAUUUUCUUGAGAAGCGUGACAAGAAGAGUCUGAGUUGGUUCAAGGUUACUAAAGAAACCAUUCGGGACACCAGACAAAAAGUAACAGGCUUGACUGAAAACAGUGAAUAUCAUUUCCGAGUUUGUGCUGUCAAUGCUGCUGGACAAGGGCCAUUCUCUGAAGCUUCUGACUUCUACAAAGCUGCAGAUCCUGUUGAUAAGCCAGGCACACCAACAAAGCUGAAGGUUGUGGAUACAACCAAGACAUCUGUCACCCUUGGCUGGGUUAAACCUGCUUAUGAUGGAGGAAGUCAAAUUACCAGCUAUGUGGUGGAGAAAAGAGAAGGUGAAGAGCAAGAAUGGACUGCAGUCAGUACUAAGGGAGAAGUGAGAACAACUGAGUACGUUGUAUCCCACCUUCAGCCAAGUGUUAAUUAUUAUUUCCGCGUGUCUGCUAUAAAUUGUGCUGGACAAGGAGAGCCUAUUGAAAUGAUGGAACCCGUUCAAGCUAAAGAUAUUCUCGUGGCAGCAGAGAUUGAUCUAGAUGUUGCUCUCCAGACCUCUAUUAUUGCUAAAGCAGGUGAAGAUGUGCAAACAAUGAUUCCAUUCAAAGGAAGACCUCCUCCAACAGUCACAUGGAGAAAGGGUGACAAGAAUCUUGGGAUCGAUGAAAGAUAUAUCAUCCAGAACACAGAAUCAUCUACACUACUUACUAUUCCUCAAGUUACCCGAAAUGAUACAGGAAAAUAUGUUCUUACAAUAGAAAAUGGAGUUGGAGAAGCAAAAUCCACAUUUGUGAAUGUAAAAGUACUUGACACGCCAUCUGCCUGCCAGAAGCUGCAACUUAAGCAUGUUUCUCGUGGCACAGUUACACUGGUAUGGGAACCACCUCUCAUCAAUGGUGGUUCUGAAAUAACAAAUUAUGUUGUGGAAAAAAGGGAUGCUACAAAGAGGGCCUGGUCAACUGUAACAACAAAGUGUUCUCAUACUACCUUUAAGCUAACUAACCUGUCAGAGAAGACUGCAUUCUUUUUCCGUGUUCUUGCUGAAAAUGAAAUUGGACUGGGUGAACCUUGUGAGACAUCUGAACCAGUGAAAGCUGCAGACAUACCUGGACCAGUAAAAGACCUAGCCAUGAAAGAUUCUACAAAGACUUCUGUUAAACUGCAGUGGAGCAAACCUGACUAUGAUGGUGGUAGCAUUAUAUCAGACUAUGUUAUUGAAAAGAAACUGCAGGAAGAAAAAGAAUGGACAUAUGCAGGCACAAGCAAAAGCUGUGAAUUUGAAGCUGAAAAACUUAAGGAGCUCUCUGUAGUGGAAUUCAGGGUCUUUGCUAGAAAUGAAAAAGGCAAGAGUGACGGUGUUACUGUUGGACCCAUUACAGUGAAAGAACAUAUAAUACCACCUGAAGCUGAUCUUUCUGAUAUUCCUGGAGGUCAAAUAUCAGUGAGAAUUGGACAUAACCUGCUUAUUGAAUUGCCCUAUAAAGGUAAACCUAAGCCAUCAAUGAGCUGGCUGAAGGACAACCUCCCUCUUAAAGAAACUGAACAUCUUCGUUUCAAGAAAACUGAAAACAAAAUAAGCUUAAGCAUCAAGAAUGUGAAAAAGGAGCAUGGUGGCAAAUAUACUUUAAUUCUUGAUAAUGUAGUCUGCAGAAAAACAUUCACAAUCACUGUCAUCACUCUUGGGCCUCCAUCUAAGCCAAAAGCACCUUUAAGACUAGAUGAAAUCAAAGCAGAUAGUGUAGUUUUGUCAUGGGAAGCUCCUGAUGAUGAUGGUGGAGGAGAAAUUACUGGCUACAGUAUUGAGAAGAGAGAAACUUCACAAAUGAACUGGAAAUUGGUGUGCUCAAGUGCUGCAAGAACAACCUUCAAAGUACCAAACCUUGUUAAAGAUACUGAAUAUCAGUUUAGAGUUCGUGCAGAAAAUAGAUAUGGAGUGAGUCCACCUCUUGUCUCAGCAGAUGUUGUGGCAAAGCAUCAGUUUAGACCACCGGGUGCCCCAGGCAAGCCUGUUGUAUACAACAUAACCGCUGAUGGAAUGACUAUAUCUUGGGAUGCUCCUGUUUAUGAUGGUGGCUCAGAGAUUAUUGGAUACCAUGUUGAAAAGAAGGAAAGAAACAGUAUUUUGUGGCAAAAGGUUAAUGUUGCAUUAAUAUCUAGCAGAGAAUACAGGAUUACUGGACUGCUUGAGGGCCUGGAUUACCAGUUCCAAGUAUAUGCUGAAAAUGCUGCAGGCCUAAGCCGAGCUAGUGAGCCAAGCAAAUUUACUUUGGCAGUCUCUCCAGUGGACCCACCUGGUACUCCUGAUUACAUUGACGUCACCAGGGAAACAGUCACCCUUAAAUGGACCCCACCACUACGUGAUGGAGGCAGUAAGAUUGUGGCUUACAGCAUUGAGAAACGGCAAGGAAGUGAAGACCGUUGGCUCAGAUGUAACUUUACUGAUGUCAGUGAAUGCCAAUAUACAGUUACAGGACUCAGUUCAGGUGACCGAUAUGAAUUCAGAGUGCUUGCAAGAAAUGCUGUUGGUACAAUCAGCCCACCUUCACAGUCUUCAGGCUAUAUCAUGACCAGAGAUGAAAAUGUUGCUCCAACAAUUGAAUUUGGCCCUGAGCACUUUGAAGGCCUUACUGUUAAAGCUGGAGAGAGCAUUAGACUUAAAGCUCUAAUCAAAGGACGUCCAGUACCUAAAGUGACAUGGUUUAAAGAUGGUAAGGAGAUUGAGAAAAUAAUGAAUAUAGAAAUAACUACAGCUAUUGGAUAUAGCACAAUCUUCAUCAGAGAUGCUAUCCGGGAACAUCGUGGAGUGUACACAGUAGAAGCCAAAAAUGCAUCAGGCACUAAACGAGAAGAUAUUACCAUCAGAGUACAAGACACACCAGGAAAAGUUGGUGGACCAAUACGAUUCACAAACAUUACUGGAGAGAAAGUCACAUUAUGGUGGGAGCCUCCAGCUAAUGAUGGUUGCGCUUCUGUCUCCCACUACAUAAUUGAAAAACGUGAAACCAGCAGGAUUGCUUGGGCAUUAGUUGAAGAUAAAUGUGAAGCUUGCAGCUACACAGCACUUAAAUUAAUUAAAGGAAAUGAGUACCAGUUCCGUGUCUCUGCAGUGAACAAAUUUGGAGUUGGCAGACCAUUGGAGUCUGAUCCAGUUACUGCACAAAUACCUUAUACUAUCCCAGAUGCACCAGGAACUCCAGAGCCUACCAACGUAACAGGAGACAGUAUCACACUCACGUGGGCAAGACCAGCAUCAGAUGGCGGAAGCGAAAUAAAUGAAUAUAUUCUAGAAAGGAGAGAAAAGAAGAGCAUGCGCUGGGUUAAAGUAUCCAGUAAGAGGCCUAUUACUGAGAACAGAUACAGAGUAACUGGCCUAAUUGAAGGCAAUGAGUAUGAGUUCCAUGUCAUGGCUGAAAAUGCUGCAGGAGUUGGACCUCCAAGUGAUGUUUCAAAACUUAUUAAAUGUAGAGAACCAGUCAGCCCACCAAGUGCUCCUAAUGUUGUCAAGGUGACAGAUACAUCGAAGACUAGUGUAAGCUUGGAGUGGACCAAGCCAGUUUUUGAUGGAGGCAUGGAAAUAAUUGGAUACAUCAUUGAGAUGUGCAAAGCUGAUCUCGAAUCAUGGCAGAAGGUCAAUGCAGAGACUGUUCUUGCUACUAAAUAUACUGUUGUUGAUUUGGAGGCAGGAGAACACUAUAAAUUCAGAGUUAGUGCUGUCAAUGGUGCUGGCAAAGGAGAAAGUUGUGAAAUUCCUGCUUCAGUCCAAACUGUGGACAGGCUUUCUGCACCUGAAAUUGAUAUUGAUGCAAACUUCAAGCAGACUCAUAUUGUAAGAGCAGGUGCAAGCAUUCGUCUAUUUAUUGCCUUCUCUGGAAGACCUGUUCCUACUGCUGUGUGGUCCAAAGCAGAUGCUAAUCUCAGCUUGCGUGCUGACAUUCAAACAACUGAUUCAUUCAGUACAUUGACUGUGGAGGAAUGCAAUAGAAAUGAUUCUGGCAAGUAUGUCUUUACUGUGGAAAACAACAGUGGAAGUAAGUCUAUUACAUUUACUGUCAAGGUUUUGGACACACCUGGUCCACCAGGUCCUAUUACAUUUAAAGAUGUGACUCGAGGAUCUAUAACUUUAAUGUGGGAUGCUCCUGUUCUGGAUGGAGGUUCACGGAUUCAUCACUACAUUGUGGAAAAACGAGAAGCAAGCCGCCGUAGUUGGCAAGUGGUGAGUUCAAAAUGCACUCGACAAAUCUUUAAGGUCACCGAUCUGUCAGAAGGCGUGCCAUAUUACUACCGAGUGUCAGCAGAAAAUGAAUAUGGUGUAGGUGAACCCUGUGAAUUAACAGAACCAGUUGUAGCCACAGAAGAACCUGCUCCACCUAAGAGACUAGAUAUUGUUGAUACAACCAAAUCUUCUGUAGUUUUAGCUUGGCUUAAACCUGAUCAUGAUGGUGGUAGCCGUGUUACUGGAUACCUUCUUGAAAUGAAACAAAAAGGAUCUGACUCCUGGAUUGCAGCUGGGCAAACCAAACAACUUACUUUCACUGUUGAAGGCCUUGUGGAGAACACCGAAUAUGAGUUCCGGGUCAAGGCAAGAAAUGAUGCUGGUUACAGUGCACCGAGAGAAGCUUUCUCUUCUGUUAUUAUUAAGGAGCCACAGAUUGAACCAACAGCAGAUCUCAGUGAAAUAAGCAGACAGCUCAUAACAUGCAAGGCUGGAAGCACCUUUACUAUUGACAUACCCAUCAGUGGGCGCCCAGCUCCAAAAGUGACAUGGAAACUUGAGGAGAUGUGGUUGAAGGAAACUGAGAGAGUGACUAUCAAGACAACAAAAGACAGAACCACACUGACUGUAAAGGACAGUAUGAGAGGUGACUCUGGUAAAUACUACCUCACACUUGAAAACACUGCUGGUGUGAAAACAUUUGCUGUCACAGUGGUAGUCAUAGGAAGGCCAGGUCCCAUCACUGGCCCAAUUGAAAUAUCAUCUGUCUCUGCUGAAUCCUGUGUGUUGACCUGGAAAGAACCUGAAGAUGAUGGUGGCAGUGAGAUUACAAACUACAUUGUGGAAAAACGUGAAUCUGGUACAACAGCAUGGCAGCUGGUAAAUUCCAGUGUGAAACGUACACAAGUCAAAGUUGCUCAUCUCACAAAAUACCAGGAGUACAGUUUCCGAGUAAGCUCAGAAAACAGAUUUGGUGUUAGCAAACCCCUUGAAUCAAAAACAAUAGUCGCUGAGCAUCCAUUUGUCCCACCAAGCCCACCUUCUAGACCAGAAGUCUAUUCUGUGUCUGCAACUGCCAUGGCCAUUCGCUGGGAGGAGCCCUAUCAUGACGGUGGCAGCAAAGUCAUUGGAUAUUGGGUUGAAAAGAAGGAACGCAACACCAUCCUUUGGGUGAAGGAGAACAAAGUGCCAUGCUGUGAAUGCAACUACAAAGUCAUGGGAUUGGUGGAAGGCCUAGAAUAUCAAUUCAGAACAUACGCUUUAAAUGCUGCAGGUGUUAGCAAAGCUAGUGAAGCUUCCAGACCUGUAGUGGCUCAAAAUCCAGUUGAUCCACCAGGGAGACCAGAAGUAACAGACGUCACCAGAUCUACAGUGUCACUGAGCUGGUCACCACCCCUUUAUGAUGGUGGAAGCAAAAUUAUCGGAUAUAUUAUAGAGCGCAAACCAUAUAAUGAAUCUGGUGAUGGACGCUGGCUGAAAUGCAAUUAUACCAUUGUCUCAGAAAACUCUUUUACUGUGACAGCUCUUAGUGAAGAUGAAGCAUACGAAUUCCGUGUACUAGCAAAGAAUGCUGCUGGUGUGAUUAGCAAAGGAUCCGAAUCGACUGGUGCUGUCAUUUGCAGAGAUGAAUACUCACCACCAAAGGCUGAACUUGAUGCCAGAUUGCAGGGAGAAAUUGUGACCAUCAGAGCUGGAUCAGAUCUUGUUCUCGAUGCAGCCAUUGGUGGAAAACCAGAACCAAAAGUCUUCUGGUCCAAAGGUGACAGGGAAUUGGAUCUAUGUGAAAAGAUAUCUCUGCAAUAUACCAGCAAACGAGCCAUCGCAAUUAUCAAGUUCUGUGACAGAAGUGACAGUGGAAAAUAUACUCUAACAGUUAAAAAUGCCAGUGGGAUGAAACAAAUUUCUGUAAUUGUCAAAGUGCUUGAUUCACCAGGUCCAUGCGCAGGCAAAAUUACAGUUAGCAGAGUAACGGAAGAGAAAUGUACUCUGGCAUGGAACAUUCCUGAGGAAGACGGAGGAGCACAAAUCACUCACUAUAUUGUAGAAAGGCGUGAAACCAGCAGACUUCAUUGGGUUAUUGUUGAGGCUGAAUGCCAGACUUUAUCAUAUGUGGUAACAAAACUUAUUAAAAAUAAUGAAUACAUCUUCCGUGUGAGAGCUGUCAAUAAAUAUGGACCAGGUGUUCCACUUGAAACAGAACCUGUGAUUGCCAGGAAUGCUUUCACUAUCCCGUCACAGCCUGGUGCUCCUGAAGAAGUGAGUGUUGGCAAGGAACAUAUUAUUAUUCAGUGGACAAAACCAGAAUCUGAUGGUGGCAAUGAGAUUAAGGACUAUCUUGUUGACAAACGUGAAAGGAAAAGUCUGCGCUGGACACGGGUGAACAGAGAUUACACGGUUUAUGAUACCAGACUGAAAGUCACUGGUCUCAUGGAAGGCAGCCAGUACCAGUUCCGUGUCACUGCAGUGAAUGCUGCUGGGAACAGUGAGCCUAGUGAAGCUUCGCAGUACAUGUUAUGUAAAGAACCAUCAUAUACUCCUGCACAACCUUCAGCUCCAAGAGUUGUCGAUACUACGAAGCACAGCAUAAGUUUAGCAUGGUCAAAGCCCACAUAUGACGGUGGUGCUGAUAUCUUAGGCUAUGUUCUUGAAAUGAAAGAAGAAGGUACUGAACAGUGGUAUCGACCGCAUACAACUGCCACUCUGAGGAAUGCUGAGUUCACCGUGACUGGUCUUAAAACAAGCCAGAAAUAUCAAUUUAGAGUUGCUGCUACAAAUGUGAAUGGUAUGAGUGAAUUUAGUGAAUCAUCAGCAGAAAUAGAACCUGUGGAAAGAAUAGAAAUACCAGAACUUGAACUUUCUGAGGACCUGAAGAAGACAGUUACAGUCAGAGCUGGUGGUUCCCUGCGUCUAAUGGUCUCUGUAUCUGGCAGACCUGCUCCUGUAAUCACAUGGAGCAAGCAGGGUGUUGACCUUGUAAGUCGAGCUAUUAUUGAUACUACAGACAGCUACACUCUUCUUGUUGUGGAUAAAGUUAAUCGGUAUGAUGCUGGAAAGUACAUCAUUGAGGCUGAAAACCAAUCAGGAAAAAAAUCUGCAACUAUUUCUGUAAGAGUGUAUGAUACACCUGGCCCACCAGCUGCAGUGAGAAUUAAGGAAGUAUCAAAAGAUUCUGUGACACUUACUUGGGAUAUUCCAACCAUUGACGGUGGAGCCCCAGUCAACAAUUACAUAAUUGAGAAACGUGAAGCUUCCAUGAGAGCUUACAAGACUGUCACUACCAAAUGCAGCAAGACAUUUUAUAGAGUUACUGGACUUCUAGAAGGAGCUUUGUAUUAUUUCAGAGUACUAUCAGAAAAUAUUUAUGGCAUUGGUGAAGCUUGUGAAACAUCUGAUGCAGUACUAGUAUCCGAUGUCCCCAUGGUACCACAAAAACUUGAAGUGAUUGACACCACUAAAUCAACUGUUACUCUUGCAUGGGAGAAACCAGCCCAUGAUGGUGGCAGCAGGUUGACUGGCUAUGUUAUUGAGGCCAGCAAAGCUGGAACAGAAAGAUGGUUGAAGGUAGUGACACUGAAGCCUACUGUCUACGAGCACACAAUUAUCUCUCUCAAUGAAGGUGAACAGUAUUUGUUCAGGGUCAGAGCACAGAAUCAGAAGGGCGUGUCAGAACCACGAGAGAUUGUCACAGCAGUGACAGUACAAGACCAAAAAGUUCUACCAACAAUUGACUUCUCUGGAAUACCUCAGAAGACAAUUCAUGUACCUGCUGGCAAGCCCAUUGAAUUAGCUAUUCCAAUUGAAGGACGACCACCUCCAGCUGCAUCUUGGUUCUUUGCUGGUUCUAAAUUAAAAGAAUCGGAACGCAUCAAAGUGGAAACUGUUGCAAAAAUGACUAAACUAACUGUGCGUGAGACCACUAUACAUGACACUGGAGAGUAUACACUUGAACUAAAGAACACAACUGGGACAGUUACUGAUACAAUAAAGGUUAUAAUCCUCGACAAACCUGGACCACCUGUUGGACCUAUCCGAAUUGAUGAAGUUGAUGCAAAUUAUGUAACCAUUUCCUGGGAGCCACCUGAACUGGAUGGUGGAGCUACCCUGAGUGGCUAUGUGGUAGAGCAGCGUGAUGCUCACCGUCCUGGAUGGCUGCCAGUUUCAGAGUCAGUAACCAGGACAACGUUUAAGUUCACCAGACUUGUUGAAGGUGCAGAAUAUGUAUUCCGCGUGGCUGCUACAAACCGCUUUGGAAUUGGAUCGUACCUGCAGUCUGAAAUUAUAGAAUGCAAGAGCAGAAUCCGUAUUCCUGGUCCUCCUGGCACUCCAGAAGUGUUUGAUAUCUCUAGAGAUGGCAUGACAUUAACUUGGUAUCCUCCAGAAGAUGAUGGUGACUCACAGAUUACUGGCUAUAUUGUGGAACGCAAGGAAGUUAGAGCAGACAGAUGGAUCCGUGUAAAUAAAGUUCCAGUCACUAUGACUCGUUACCGUUCCACUGGCUUGGUUGAAGGAUUAGAAUAUGAACAUCGAGUCACUGCAAUCAAUGCCAGAGGCACUGGGAAACCCAGCCGUCCUUCCAAGUCUGCUGUUGCCAGAGAUCCAAUUGCUCCUCCAGGUAAACCACAGAAUCCAAGAGUAACUGAUACUACAAGAACAUCUGUCUCCCUGGCUUGGAGUCCACCAGAAGAUGAAGGUGGUUCUAAAGUUACUGGCUACUUAAUUGAGAUGCAGAAGGUCGAUCAAUUUGAAUGGACCAAAUGCAAUACCACACCAACCAAGAUUCGUGAAUACACCUUGACACAUCUACCCCAGGGUGCAGAGUACAGAUUCCGUGUACUAGCCUGUAAUGCUGGUGGACCAGGAGAACCUGCUGAUGUGCCAGGAACUGUCAAAGUAACAGAAAUGCUUGAAUAUCCUGACUACGAACUUGAUGAAAAAUACCAGGAAGGUCUCAUGGUGAGACAAGGUGGAGUUAUCAGGCUUACAAUACCCAUUAAGGGUAAACCCAUCCCAAUAUGCAAAUGGACCAAAGAAGGACAUGACAUCAGCAAGAGGGCCAUGAUUGCAACUUCUGACACUCACACAGAAAUUGUGAUCAAAGAUGCAGAAAGAGAAGAUUCAGGCACCUAUGAUUUGGCACUCGAAAACAAGUGUGGCAAAAAAGCUGUGUAUAUUAAAGUCAGAGUGAUUGGCAUUCCAAAUCCACCAGAAGGGCCACUUGAGUAUGAUGAUAUACAAGCUCGUUCCGUCAGAGUUAGCUGGAGACCUCCCAUAGAUGAUGGUGGUGCUGAUAUCCUAGGUUACAUUGUAGAGAGACGAGAAGUACCGAAGACUGCCUGGUACACUGUUGACUCUAGAGUGAAAGGGACAUCACUAGUGGUGAAAGGGCUAAAAGAAAAUGUGGAAUAUCACUUCCGUGUUUCUGCUGAAAACCAUUUCGGUAUCAGCAAAUCUCUCAAAUCCGAAGAACCAGCAGUGCCAAAGACACCUCUAAAUCCUCCAGAGCCUCCGAACAACCCACCUGAAGUGCUUGAUGUUACAAAGAGUUCUGUCAACUUGUCCUGGGCCAGACCUAAAGAUGAUGGUGGUUCCCGUGUAACUGGCUACUACAUUGAACGUAAAGAGACAUCUACAGAAAAAUGGGUCCGGCAUAAUAAGACACAGAUUACCACUACAAUGUACACAGUCACAGGACUUGUUCCAGAUGCUGAAUAUCAAUUCCGUAUCAUUGCUCAAAAUGACAUUGGUGAAAGUGAAGCAAGUCCUCCUUCUGAACCAGUUGUAUGCAAGGAUCCAUUUGACAAACCAAGCCAACCUGGAGAAAUUGAGAUCACUUCUAUAUUUAAGGACAGCAUUACAUUAGAAUGGGAACGACCUGAAAGUGAUGGUGGCAAAGAGAUCCUUGGCUAUUGGGUUGAAUAUCGCCAGUCUGGAGAAAGCACCUGGAAAAAAUGCAAUAAAGAACGCAUCAAGGACAGGCAGUUUACAGUAGGAGGUUUACUCGAGGCUACAGAAUAUGAGUUCCGUGUUUUUGCAGAAAAUCAGACUGGCCUCAGCAGACCUCGAAGGACUGCUAUGGCAGUGAAAACUAAGUUAACAUCUGGAGAAGCACCCGCCAUCAGAAAAGAAAUGCAGGAUGUUACAACUAAACUGGGUGAAACGGCUCAGCUGACAUGCCACAUUGUUGGGAGACCUUUGCCUGAUAUUAAAUGGUAUCGCUUUGGCAAAGAACUGGUGCAAAGCCGAAAAUACAAAAUGUCAUCUGAUGGUCGCAAUCAUACUCUGACAGUAAUGACAGAUGAACAGGAGGAUGAAGGUCUCUACACGUGUAUGGCUACUAAUGAUGUUGGGGAAAUUGAAACUAGUGGCAAGCUAUUAUUGCAGGCUCCUCCUCAGUUCCACCCUGGCUUCCCAUUGAAAGAGAAGUACUACGCAGGUGCAGGUGGCACCCUCCGCCUUCAUGUUGUGUAUAUUGGCCGACCAGUACCAGCAAUAACUUGGUUCCAUGGCAACAAACCUCUGAGAGGAUCAGAAACAGUUACUAUUGAGAACACAGAACAUUAUACUCAUCUUGCUAUUAAGAAUGUCCAGCACAAGGCUCAUGCUGGGAAAUACAAAGUGCAACUCAGUAACACAUUUGGAACGGUUGACACAGUACUUAAUGUGGAAAUACAAGAUAAGCCAGAUAAACCAGUAGGGCCAAUUGUCAUAGAGUCCAUACUGAAGAAUUCUGUGGUGAUAAGCUGGCAACCACCGGAGGAUGAUGGCGGUGCUAUGAUAACCAGUUAUAUCAUAGAGAAACGUGAAGCCAAGGAAGGAGCAGAAUGGCAACUUGUAUCUUCAAGCAUUUCAGGCACAACCUGUAGAAUUGUUAACCUAACUGAAAAUGCAGGCUAUUAUUUCCGUGUUUCUGCUCAGAACACAUAUGGCAUUAGUGAAGCACUGGAGGUUUCAUCAGUUGUUGUUAUGAAGCCUCCAUUUGAAAAACCAGGACCACCUGGUCAGCCAGCAGUAAGUGCUGUCACAAAGGAUUCUUGUGUUGUCUCAUGGAAGCCACCUGCAAGUGAUGGCGGUGCAAAGAUUAGAACUUAUUAUCUUGAGAAGCGUGAGAAAAAACAGAACAAGUGGAUUUCUGUUACAACAGAUGAAAUUCGUGAAACAGUCUAUUCUGUGAAAGAUCUUAUUGAAGGUCUUGAAUACGAGUUCCGUGUCAAAUGUGAAAAUCUUGGUGGUGAAAGUGAGUGGAGUGAGGUGUCACAACCAGUCACUCCAAAAUCUGAUGUACCAAUUAAAGCUCCACAUUUCAAGGAAGAACUAAGGAAUUUGAAUGUGAAAUUCCAAGCUAAUGCCACAUUUGUCUGCAAAGUCACUGGUCAUCCUAAACCAAUUGUCAAGUGGUACAGACAGGGCAAAGAAAUCAUGCCAGAUGGUGAAAAGAUCAAGAUACAGGAAUACAAGGGUGGAUAUCACCAGCUGGUCAUCACAAAUGUAACAGAUGAUGAUGCCACAGUAUAUCAAGUUAGAGCUACCAACCAAGGAGGAUCUGUGUCUGGGACUGCCUCUUUGGAUGUUGAAGUUCCUGCAAAGAUUCACUUGCCCAAAAAUCUGGAAGGCAUGGGAGCUGUUCAUGCCCUCCGAGGGGAAGUAGUGAGCAUCAAGAUCCCAUUCAGUGGCAAGCCAACCCCUGUGAUCACAUGGCAGAAGGGACAAGACCUCAUUGAUACUAAUGGACACUACCAAGUCAUUGUUACGCGAUCAUUCACAUCUCUUGUUUUCCCAAAUGGUGUUGACAGAAAAGAUGCAGGUUUUUACAUUGUUUGUGCCAAAAAUAGAUUUGGAAUUGACCAAAAAACAGUUGAACUAGAUGUAGCUGAUGUGCCUGAUCCACCAAGAGGUUUGACGGUAACUGACAUUUCAAGGGAUUCAGUUAAUUUAACCUGGAAUGAACCAGCUACUGAUGGUGGAAGCAGAAUCAUAAACUACAUUAUUGAGAAACGUGCUACAACAGCAGAGCAAUGGAUUCGUGUUGCACAGGCUCGUGAUACACGGUACACAGUGGUGAAUCUGUUUGGCAAAACCACCUACCAGUUCCGUGUAAUUGCAGAAAACAAGUUUGGCCAAAGCCAGCCUUCUGAACCUACUGAUCCAAUUAUAACAAAAGAAGAUAAGACCAGGGUAAUGAAUUACGAUGAAGAAGUUGAUGAGGCAAGAGAAGUCACCACAGAUAAAGCAGCUCACUAUUCUACAAAGGAACUCUAUAACAGGUACAUGAUUGCAGAAGAGCUUGGACGUGGGCAGUUUGGCAUUGUACACCGCUGUGUUGAAGCAGUUUCAAAGAAGACUUACCUGGCUAAAUUUGUCAAAGUAAAGGGUGCUGACCAAGUUUUGGUAAAGAAAGAAAUUUCCAUUCUUAACAUUGCUAGGCACCGAAAUAUCCUGUAUCUUCAUGAAUCUUUUGAGAGCCUAGAAGAAUUGGUCAUGAUCUUUGAAUUCAUUUCUGGAGUUGACAUCUUUGAAAGAAUCAGCACAGCUUCAUUUGAACUUAAUGAAAGAGAAAUAGUAAGUUAUGUACGCCAAGUCUGUGAUGCACUAGAAUUUUUGCAUCGCCAUAGCAUUGGACAUUUUGAUAUUAAGCCAGACAAUAUUAUUUAUGUCACAAGAAGAAGCUCUGCAGUUAAAAUUGUUGAAUUUGGUCAAGCCAGACAACUGAAGCCUGGAGACAGCUUUAGGCUCCAGUUCACCUCUCCUGAAUAUUAUGCACCUGAAGUACAUCAUCAUGAUUUAGUCAGUACAGCUACUGACAUGUGGUCAGUUGGUGCUCUAACAUACAUACUUCUCAGUGGCAUCAAUCCUUUCAUUGCCGAAACAAACCAACAAGUUAUUGAAAAUAUUCUGAAUGCUGAAUACAACUUUGAUGAUGAAGCAUUCAAAGACUUAAGCAUUGAGGCCAUGGACUUCAUUGAUCGCCUACUAGUAAAGGAAAGAAAAGCUCGGAUGACAGCUGCUGAAGCACUUAACCACGUAUGGCUAAAACAGCAAACAGAAAAGACCAGCACUAAAGUCAUCAAGACCUUGAGGCACAGGCGUUACUACCAAACUCUAGUAAAGAAGGAAUGGAACACAGUUGUUUCAGUAGCCCGUAUUUCCUGUGGAGGCGCGAUUAGAUCUCAGAAAGGCAUAACAGUGGCUAAAGUUAAAGUUGCGCCAAUAGACAUUGGUCCCAUUACUGGGCAGAUAAAGCAUGCUGUUGUGGAAGAAGGAGGGCAUGCCAAAUAUGUAUGUAGGAUUGAAAACUAUGAUCAGUCCACACAAGUCACAUGGUACUUUGGUAUGAGGCAAUUAGAAAGCAAUGAGAAAUAUGAAAUCAAAUAUGAAGAAGGUGUGGCAACUAUGUAUGUUAAAGAUGUUUCUAAAUCUGAUGAUGGAACCUACAGAUGCAAGGUAGUAAAUGACUAUGGAGAAGACAGCUCUUAUGCAGAACUUUUUGUUAAAGAUGUGAGAGAAAUUUCUGAGCACUACAGAUGCAGAACUGUUAGGAAAGUGAAACGACGGGUUGAUACUAUGAGACUAUUAGAACGUCCACCAGAAUUCACCUUGCCUUUGUACAACCGCACUGCAUACAUUGGAGAAAAUGUCAGGUUUGGAGUAACUAUAACAGUUCACCCAGAACCUCGCGUAACCUGGUUCAAAUCAGGCCAGAAAAUCAAACCUGGUGAUGAUGAUAGGAAGUAUACUUUUGAAUCAGAUAAAGGUCUUUAUCAACUCUUGAUCAAUAAUGUCACUGAAGAGGAUGAUGCUGAAUACAGUAUUGUGGCACGCAAUAAAUAUGGUGAAGACAGCUGCAAAGCUAAGCUGACUGUGAUUCCACAUCCCCCUCCAUCAGAUGCCACACUAAGGCCAAUGUUUAAAAGGCUGCUGGCAAAUGCUGAAUGUCAAGAAGGCCAAAAUGUCAGUUUUGAGAUCAGGGUAUCUGGUGUACCAAAACCAACGCUGAAAUGGGAGAAAGAUGGUCAACCUCUGUCCUUUGGUCCUAACUUUGAUAUAAUUCAUGAAGGUUUAGAUUAUUAUGCUUUGCAUAUCAGAGAUACGUUACCUGAAGACAGUGGUUAUUACAGAGUUACUGCCACAAACAGUGCUGGAUCUACAAGCUGCCAGGCUUAUCUAAAAGUUGAACGCUUGAAAUAUGUCAAGCGUGAGUACAAGUCUGAAGAAGAGCGGGAAAAGCAUGUACAAAGGCAAAUUGACAAGACCUUACGAAUGGCAGAGAUCCUUUCUGGUGCUGAAGCUGUUCCACUGACACAAACUGCACAAGAGGCUCUCAGAGAAGCUGCUAUUUUAUAUAAACCAGCUGUUAGCACUAAGACUGUCAAAGGUGAAUAUGAAAUUAAGAAAGAAGAAAAGAAGGAAGAAAGAAAACUUCGUAUGCCCUAUGAGGUCCCAGAGCCUCGCAAACAUGUGCGCACUACUCUUGAAGAAGAUCAGAACAUUAAACACUUUGUGCCUCUGUCAGACAUGAAGUGGUACAAGAGGCUGCGAGACCAGUAUGAAAUGCCAGGGAAAAUUGAGAGAACUGUUCAGAAACGCCAGAAACGCAUACGUCUUUCCAGGUGGGAGCAAUUUUAUGUGAUGCCACUGCCACGUGUUUCUGAUCAAUAUAAGCCUAAAUGGCGCAUACCAAAGCUAACACAAGAUGAUCUGGAAACUGUGAGACCAGCACGUCGGCGUAUCCCAUCUCCAGACUACGAGUAUUACUACAGACCAAGAAGGCGAUCACUUGGUGACUUGUCUGAUGAGGAAUUACUCCUGCCUAUUGAUGACUAUUUAGCCAUGAAAAGAACUGAAGAGGAAAGACUGCGCCUUGAAGAAGAGCUAGAGUUAGGUUUUUCUGCUUCCCCUCCAAGCAGAAGCCCUCCACGCUUUGAACUUUCUGCCCUUCGGUACUCUACUGAAGCAGCACAGGUCAGUUCAGAGGAAGAAAGAAAAAGACAGCUGAGGUAUUCAAGCUAUCACAUCCCAACCAAAGCUGAGACCAGUGCUAGCUACGCAGAGCUUCGUCAACGUCAUGACAGGGCUGCCUAUAGACCACCUAAACAAAAACAAAGGAUAAUGGCUGAAAGAGAGGAUGAAGAAUUGCUCCGUCCUGUUGGCACUGCUCAACGACUCUCUGAAUACAGGAGUGAGCUCGAAUACAUGGCAGAGGAGGAAAAGAGCAGACUCAGAAGAAGGAGGGAAAGAGAAAUAACUGAGAUUACAUCAGAAGAAGAAGAAGAAAUAGAAAUGGUGCAACAGGUUCACAGGGAAUUUUCACCUCCCUCUAGAUUACUAAGGAGGAGAAGAUCUCUUUCUCCAACUUACAUUGAAUUGAUGCGUCCUGUAUCUGAAUUAAUACGGCCUCACUCACGGCCUGCUGAAGAAAGUGAGAGAAGAUCCCCAACACCAGAGAGAACUCGACCGCGUUCACCUAGCCCAGUUUCUAGUGAAAGAUCACUCUCUCGGUUUGAGAGGAUGGCACGAUUUGAUAUCUUUUCCAGAUAUGAGUCCAUGAAAUCUGCUUUGAAAACUCAGAAAACUAUGGAAAGGAAAUACGAAGUACUUACUCAACAGCCUUUCACCCUUGACCAUGCUCCUCGCAUUACCCUGAGAAUGCGCUCACACCGGGUACCCUGUGGCCAUAAUACCAGGUUUAUUCUAAAUGUCCAGUCAAAACCAACUGCUGAAGUGAAGUGGUACCAUAAUGGUAUUGAGCUCCAGGAGAGUAGUAAGAUACAUUUUACUAAUACCAGUGGUGUAUUAACUCUGGAGAUUCUUGACUGCCAUAUUGAUGACAGUGGAACAUACCGGGCUGUAUGCACAAACUACAAAGGUGAAUGCUCUGAUUAUGCAACACUAGAUGUUACUGGAGGAGAUUACAUUACAUACUCUUCCCAACGGAGAGAUGAGGAAGUACCAAGGUCAAUUUUACCUGACUUGACAAAAACAGAGGCAUAUGCAGUCUCCUCAUUUAAGAAAGCAUCUGCUACAGAAGCAAGUUCCUCAGUAAGAGAGGUUAAAUCAGAAAUGUCAGCAACAAGAGAAUCAGUCCUAUCAUAUGAACACUAUGCUGCUUCUGAAGAAAAACUCACGGCAGCUGAAGAAAAGUCAUUGGAGGAAAGGACUGUACACAAGGCAUUUAAAAGCACUCUACCUGCAACAAUCCUUACAAAGCCACGAUCAAUCACAGUUUCUGAAGGGGAGACUGCAAGAUUUUCCUGUGAUGUCGAUGGUGAACCAGCACCAAUAAUAACAUGGUUCCGUGCAGGUCAACCCAUUGUUUCUUCAAGGCGCUUCCAAGUAACACGAACACAGUACAAGUCUACUUUUGAAAUUACUUCUGUCCAGAUGUCCGACGAGGGAAGUUACACUGUUGUGGUGGAAAACUCCGAAGGAAGGCAGGAAGCACAUUUCACUUUGACCAUUCAAAGAACAAAAAUUCCUGAAAAAACUAUUACAGCACCUCCAACAGUCAAAUCUCCUGAGCCUCGUGUAAAGUCUCCAGAGCCAGUUAAGUCUCCAAAACGAGUAAAAUCUCCUGAACCCAUCAGCAGCCCCCCAAAAGCAAAGUCACCACCUGCAGACAAAACAGUACCAGCAGAGAAAGUACAAUUACCAACUGCUUCUCCACCAAAGAUAAAACAGCAUCUGAAAGCAGAAACUCUUGGAGAUAAGGUGAAGUUAUCCUGUGCAGUUGAAAGCAGUGUUUUAAGUGUCAGAGAAGUGGCUUGGUAUAAAGAUGGCAAAAAACUAAAAGAAAACCAUCAUUUCAAGUUUCAUUAUGCAGCAGAUGGCACCUAUGAGCUCAAAAUCCAUGAUCUCAUGGAAUCUGAUAAAGGAGAAUACACCUGUGAAAUCACUGGGGAAGGAGGUGUUUCAAAAACUAACUUCCAGUUUACUGGCCAAGUAUUUAAAAAUAUCCACUCCCAAGUAAGCGGUGUAUCUGAAACUCACAAAUCAGUUCAGAAAGAAGAUGAGUUGCUUACAGUUUCUUCGCAGAAGAAAUCAGCAGUGGCAACUGAAGAAAAAGCAGCCAUUGAAGAAGUCAUUAAGAAGUCAAUUGUUACUGAAGAUGUCAAACAAUUGAAAGCAGAAAUUAAAACAUCUUCAACUAAAAUGACAGUGUCCGAAGGGCAGAAAGUGACACUGAAAGCCAACAUUCCUGGUGCCUCUGAAGUAAAAUGGGUGCUGAAUGGAAUGGAGCUGAGAAAUUCAGAUGAUUACAGAUACGGUGUUUCUGGAAGUGAUCACACACUAACUAUCAAAAAGGCUAGUAGUAAAGAUGAAGGUAUCCUCACCUGUGAGGGUAAGACUGAUGAAGGCAUUAUUAAAUGCCAAUACAUUCUGACCUUCUCUAAGGAGCAAUCCAAUGAGCCAACAUUUAUCAUGCAGCCGAAGUCUCAAAAUGUCAAUGAAGGACAAGAUGUAUUGUUCACCUGUGAAGUGUCUGGGGAUCCUUCUCCUGAAAUUGAGUGGUUUAAGAAUAAUCAACCUAUUGCUGUUUCAUCACACAUCAGAGUAACACGCUCUAAAAACAUAUACUCUCUUGAGAUUCAAAAUGCAGCAGUAAGUGACACCGGAAAAUACACAGUCAAAGCAAAAAAUUACCACGGGCAGUGUUCUGCUACAGCAUCUUUGACUGUAAUCCCUCUAAUUGAAGAACCACCAAAAGAGGUAGUAUUGAAGACAAGUGGCGACGCAAGCAUGCACGAAAGUUUUUCUUCUCAGUCCUUUCAAAUGGCUUCUUCUAAACAAGAGGCUUCAUUCAGCAGUUUCAGCAGUAGCAGCAUGACUGAAAUGAAAUUUGCCAGCAUGUCUGCCAAAAGCAUGUCCUCCAUGAAAGAAUCCUUUGUAGAGAUGAGCUCCAGCAGUAUUAUGGGGAAAUCUAGCAUGGCUCAACUGGAGAGUUCAACUAGUAAAAUGCUUAAAUCGGGUCUGAGAGGAGUACCACCCAAAAUUGAAGCUCUUCCAUCUGAUAUCAGCAUUGAUGAAGGAAAAGUUCUCACAGUAUCUUGUGCCUUUUCGGGUGAACCAGCUCCUGAAAUAACAUGGUACUGCGGAGGGAGAAAAAUUACUAGUCAGGACCAGCAAGGCAGAUUCCACAUUGAAACCAGUGAAGAUCUAACCACCCUGAUCAUCAUGGAUGUCCAGAAGAACGACGGUGGACUUUAUACCCUGAAUUUAGCAAAUGAAUUUGGUACCGAUUCUGCCACUGUGAAUAUUAAUAUUCGAUCAAUUUAGAGAGCUUGAUCUGUAUAAUUUACACUUGUAUUUUUACAAGUGAUUCAUAUAUGGACUGAAAUAUCUGAUCUGUAAAUAUAAAAAAAAGAUAUUUUUGUACCUACCUGAAUGAGACAAAGUCCGGAGCUAUACAUUAUGAUUUAUAGUCAUUAUUGACCUAAGAAUUUUAAACACUUUUUUUCACUGACAUGUACAUACUGUAUAUAGCCGAAGUUAACGGUUAUGAAGUUUUGUACCAUUUAUUUUAUGGCAUUUUGAAAUGUAACUUUUGGAACUAACAGUUGGCAGGAGAAAGUUUCCUAGCAAGCGACUACCCUGCUCAACAUUUAACUAAUUUUUGUGCCUCAACUCAUUGUUGAUGUCUAAGAAUGCCUCAACAGGUAGAGAGGCUCCCUGUUGAAGAUUACCUACACCUAAGAGAUGAUACUGUGCAUUGUAUUUCAUACAUGCACAAAUAUUUAUGUUGAAUCAGAAAUGUAAGGCAUUGGUGGUGUUUGCAAUUACCCUCCUGUAAGCAUUGCUUUAAUGUUUUACGUUGGAUCUGAUUAUGUCAUAAUUCCCAUACCUGACUGACUAUUUUUGGACAAAGUGCAAGCGGCCAGCACUUCGUUCACCCACCAUCUGUGUACUGUUUCUGACACACUGACUGCCUGCAUAGCUUUAAAAAAGUAACACCACCUGGCCAUCCCCUUAAUCAACAAAGCUAUUGAGGUACUCAAGUGCAGCAGCAGUACCCCCUCUCGGAGGUUCGUAGGAUGCAGUGAUUGAGUGUGUGGUAGUAUUAGACAUCCAGUAGUCACUCCCGGGCAACUAAGCGAUGAACCACAGUUUGAAAACAAACUGUUGUUACAACAACAAAUAUCCUGAGCACUUCAAUUUGCUUUAGUUUUCCUAAUGUAGUAAAAAAAUCUUGUUAGCUGUUGAACCUCCUUGAGAUAGAAUUGUUCAUUUGAAAUAAAGCAUGCUUUCUUGCACC